CACGUUUUUAGUUUGUUUAGUAAAUCGAUCUGAUGGUAGGCAGCUCUGUCGCCAUUAAGUAAAGGUAAUAUUCUAUAGCAUAUGGCAGCGUCUCUUCCACUGAAUGCUAGAAAAUACAGAAAGAGAAAGCAGCUUCGUUAGUAAGGAACUUAAUUUUUCAGCAUUGAAUCGACCUGGUGAUACUUUACUAUCAAAGGAAUGAAACUGUGAUCUGAGGAUUCAGAAGCAGACCUGAAAAAGGUAAGUUACAAUGAAACAAUGUUAUACUAAAUAAAAUAUAAACUAUCCACUUUGCUCUGGAAUUUAUUAUAAUUCCUAAUUUGAUACAGAAAAAGCAGCAUGGAUAUUUGCAAGUGUUACACUGAAACGAUUCCGUACAAAGCUUGUUUUCAGACAGUUUCGUAUUGUGUUCGGUCACAUGACAUCCCUAUCACUGAGUUCUAAAUCCCCGAGUUUGUGGUCAGUUGUGUUCCCAGUGCUUACUGCUUGCAUUGUAUAUAUAGAACAAAAAAAUUUGUGAUAUUUAUUACAAUAAAAUGCAACACAAACUCUGUUAAAUUAAAUGAAUGAAUUAAAUAAGGAAAUUAAAUUAUUAUAAUAAUAUGAGACAUUAAUACAGAGCAAAACUCAAUAUGAAAGGUGGGUGAAAUGAUUCUGUAAUGCAUACCUGCAAAAUACAUGUUUGAUAAUUGAUUUACUAUGUCUACGUGAUUUCAACUAUUUAUCUAUGGUUGAAUACUUAAAAAUGUGUUCCAAGAUUUCUGCAUUUUAUUCUGAACAAACUGGGAUUUGACUGGGUGAGUGGUAGGUCUUCCGGAUUCUGUAACUCUGAAGUGCCAAAGGGACAUAUUAUGAACAAACAAGCCAGACUACAACUAAGCACAUUCAUUUGUUUUGUGAUUCAGAGCUCUGUCCAUGGUGCCAAAUAAAGAGAUAAUUGAUGGGGAUUAAAAUAUGGUUGAUGGCUAGGAGACAGCCACUAAAUGUUGAUUUUAUUCACAUAUCAUGUGAGAAGUGACCACUAGAAGGAAAAUAGGAGGAGCAGCAAAACAUAUCUUUAUAUAUGAUAUAUUUAAAAAAUUGUAAAUAUAGCUUUAUUUGUUUACUACUACUCCUCUUUUCUCAUCUAUUGGUUAAUUUUUCUCAUUUGAUCUGUCAAUCAGUAUACAUGAAAAUAUAUACAUAUUAUUUAUAUUUUUCAGCACACUGACUGGCCCACUUUCAUGCCUUUUUGAUUUGUCCGAAUCAUUUUCAAAUAUUUUGCAUGGACAUUAUUGUGGACUAUAUGGAUAACUAACGGACAAAGUGAUUAAGCAAAAACAUAUUUUUACUGUGCACAAGUCAUAUGCUUUCAAAGAUUUGUCAUAUAUUGUGAAGCUCCUUAGUUUUCUAUAAAAAUGUUUGUCAUUGAAGCAAGAAAAUCUCUGUCUCUCUGUCUCUCUCUCUCUGUCUCCCUGUCUAUAUAUUUGUCUGCCUUUAUGUCUCUCUGUAAAAUAGAAAAUUGACCAUGUCCCCACUGGUUCUUACUGUUUUUCCUCUGGUGUUAGAGAAACAAAUGUCUAUAUCUACAUUUAAAUUUGCUAUCGCAGUGCAGUAAAAUUAAUUUUUUUUUCUUAAAGUGGGUGUAUGUUACUGACUUUAGCACUUUGGGGUCACAUUUGGAGCGGUUGAUUAUUAGAUUGAAGAUUUAAAAGGUGUUGACAUUUUGUAUGUGUUAUUAGUGAUGUUCCGAACGGUUCGCCGAACGGUUCGCGACAAACAGUUCGCCGCGGACUCAUCAUUGAGUAAACUUUCACCCUGUACCUCACAGUCAGUAGACACAUUCCAGCCAAUCAGCAGCAGACCCUCCCACCUCCUGGACAGCUCACUAAGAAUGCAGCUUCACAAUGAAUGUAAAAUGGAUGCUGUCCAGGAGGUGGGAGGGUCUGGGAGGGUGGGUCUGCUGCUGAUUGGCUGGAAUGUGUCUGCUGACUGUGAGGUACAGGGUUAAAGUUUACUUAAUGAUGAGUCCGCUACGAACUGUUCGUGGUGAACUGUUCGGCGAACCGUUCGGGACAUCACUAUCCCCUAACUAUCAAUCACAUUUUUUUCAAGUCUCAUAAUUGGACAGGAGAUCCAGCUCACAUAAUUGGGCAAAUCUCUUGUCCUUCAUGGGAAACUAAGCUGCUUAUUUGCUCCCCACUUUAACCCCUUAAGGACCAAACUUCUGGAAUAAAAGGGAAUCAUGACAUGUCACACAUGUCAUGUGUCCUUAAGGGGUUAAAAAGCAAAAAAUAGCUUCUUCUUUGUUCCAUCACACUGUUUCUGGUGCCUGGAACAGUACUGCAAAUAAGGAACCGAAAAUAGCAUGUUCAGGCUUGUGCAAAUUGGUUUCCCUGAGAUUCUGGCACAUUUCCAAAAAAUGUGAAUUUUUGGUCAAUCACUCGACCGCUCAGAAUUCACUAAAUUGCAGUUUGACAUAAAACUAAUCUCUAAGAGUACCAGUAACCCAUACAGUAUGUAAAUGACGAUAUAUAUAUUUCAGCUAAAUAUCCAGAAAAUACACCUGUGCAAACCUGCUGCUGAUCAACUAUCAAAAAUGUAUACAAUAUCAAUUCCAACCCAGGGACUGCUUUGUCUCCGUAUUAUUCCUCUGCCUGACAAUGCUUGAACCUAGAUGCUCUGCCACCAAGUCUUGUCAAUCCCUCAGCCAUCUCCAAUGAUAGCUGCAGAGAAAUUAGCACUUUCUAAAAACAUUUUUAAAGCUUAAUUGAACAUGUUUCAGCAUUACAAAGAAAUAUGUUAGGCACAGUAUGUUAACACAGUGAUGUAUCAGAAGAGUAUAUUAUUACAAUUGACUGGAUUUGCUGUACAACCGAUACAUUAGAUUGGACACAUUGGCCUAGGUAUUUGUAACAUUAAACAUGCUUGUUUUCGGUAUCAUCCAGCUUUGUAAUUGUUGUUUCUCUGAAAAACCAGUCAGUGCUAUGUAUAGUACUGUGUGGAAAUUAGCACUUUCUAUGGCGAAUCCUGUAGUUUCACAGGAUCCUCAAUAGAUCUCAAUGUUGUACUCUUGGGCAUGCGCAGCCGAAGCACCAGGAGUUACAACACAAAGCCACAAGCAAUACCAAGAAGAGCUGAGCUCUGGUUAUUUCAAGAAUCAGAUAAUACAUUUCAGGUGUAAUCAAUGUGCAUAAAUACAGAUUGAUAAAGUCUAUUGUUCACCUGAAAAUAAGGAUAGGUUUAUGGAAAUACCAUAAGAUAACACCAUAAAUAGGAAAAAAGUUUGCAUGAACCAGCCUUGGAUUCUGUCCAGAGGCAGUUUUUCAACAAAUACGUAAUAUUUCAUUCAAACAUAUUUUUUCUCAUUAAAUAAGACCUAUCAGAUAUUCUAUGAAAUUGAACAAUUUGUGUCAAGAAAAGGUUGUAAAUAUGUGUGUGUGUUUGUGUGUGUGUAUGUGUAUGUGUGUGCGUGAUGUUGUGUAUAUACACUAUGUCCCACAGUAGUUUUUUUGUCUUUAUGUGUUGCCUAGUCUAUGGUCCUGAUCUGAUGCUUGCUAAUACAUUCCCCCAUCUCCUCCAUAGUUCCUCACUGUCACUUUCUAUUAUGCAGUACUGUAUCAAAUUCUUCUACUAGAUAGCUGGCUUGUUAAAAGAAGGCUGGAUGUGGAUUUGUUUUUGUAAAUAUUUGAACAAAAUUAUGCAUUGUUAUCAUGAUACUGUUCUUAAUCAGAAAUUAAGCCUGUCAGUAGUUGUCAGAAGACACCAUUCUGGGUAAACAUGAGUUGGCAUAGAAGAAGUUAAUACACCAGUUUUUUGUUUUGUUUUUGUUUUUUUGUUUUAUUUUUAUUUUCAGGCAACAAGUCAUUUGAAUUUUCCUUCUAGCGACAGAUUUCUUCUUGCAGUAAGUUAUUAUAUUUUACUGCCAAUCUGCUGGCUUUGUACAUCAAUGGGGUUAAGAUUUUACUGCACGUGCAACUAUGUUUCUUCUAUGUUCAAUAAGGUCAUAAUUUUUCUAUAUAGCUAUGCUCUUUAUGAGUUAAUUGCAUGAAAGUUAGAAAGAAAGUCACAUAUACAUGAGGAACAAAAACUAACUAGAGUAGCUUAAUAUUAACAGUAUUCAAAUGUAAAACAAACAAAAUGUAGUAAAGAUCAAAUUUUCAGCAGUAAUUUUGGUCUAACUUACAAGAUAAAAAAAAUCAUUUAUUUUAUUUAGGUUUAAUUCUCUAUAUUAUUUAUAUUAUGCAAUGAUGAAACAGAAGAUUUAAAGUAGUUUUUCCCCAAAGUAGCUCAUUAAUUCUUGAGUCAAUAAUUCACCAACAAACGUCAAUCUAUUCAAAUUGGUCUGCAGUCUACCAUACAAGUGUAAAUAGAUUGAAGAGUGCAGGUGUGACCAGGAUCCAUAAUAACCUGAAGAAAGAGAGAACAUCUGAUUUUCUUCAUUUAAGGUUUAUAUAGAAAGUAAAUUACAAUAGGAGUGAACUUAUUGGAGAACAAUAACAAUACAGGAGAACAAUAGGAGUGAACUUAUUGUUCAGGACAAUUGUUAAAAACGUAAACCAUUUUUUUAUCUUGCAACAAACUCUACCUACAGGAAUUAUCUUUUAAUUUAACCUACAGAGCCUUUCUAGGUUUUCUGUUUCAAUUUCAUACAAUAAUAAAUCUUGCCACAUUAGAAUUGUCAAUGUAAAGUGGGCUGUACCUACAAAAAGAUACACCAGUGUUUCACUUAUAGAACCAAAUACGCACCCAAUGAACACCUUUUCUUGGAAAUUAAAGUUUCCAAAAUGUGAUUGGGCGUUAGAUUUGAUUGCCCAUUACAUUUGAAAAUUUUCCUGCGAAUUGCAUUUUGGCAAAUUCACACAGGUGAAUUCACACAGACAAAUUCACGAAGGCAAAUUUCGUUCCUGAAAGAAAGCUUAAGAAAUAAUAGACUUAACAUGUAACACUACAAUUUAAAUACCAUCGAUGUUACCAUGGUAUAUGGCAAUAAACAUUUUCAUUGUAGCACAAUGUUGUAUAGUAGUAUCUUCUUGUAUAAAUGUGCAUUACAUUCACCAGCAAAAACAUUUUUCAGCUUCCAGUUUUCAAAAAUUGGGGUGUGCAUUAGAUUAGAGUAAAUACGGUAUGUUUUAAAUAAACGUAAUUUCAUUUGCAAUUGUUCCACUUAUGCUUGUAGGCUCCCUGUACGGAUUGUGCAGUUUAUCAAUUUAUCCAUGAGAGGUUUUGUUUUAGUUUUGAUAAUACAAUUUCAUUCUAACAAUUACCCAUGUUUCCAGUUUUAAGAUAAACAAAAUGUGGAUAUUAUGACUCGAGUUGACUUACUAAAGUGUUUCAAGUGUGGUAUCCAUCAUUGAUUAACAAAUAUAAGUAACACAAAAGUUCUGCUCUACUUGAGUUAAGAGCAUGUUUGGGUGUGAAGUUUGCAGAUCAAGUGCUGUAUGCAAUGUCACCGGCUCUUCAAACAAAAGAAAAAUAUGGUUCACAAAUUCCAAAUAUGUAGAUCACUUGACAACCACCUUGUUGAGAGAGGUUUGCCGUGAAUGUGCAUAUUGCAGACAUAUUCACUGUUUAUUUUCUAAAAAGCUAAUUGUGUUAAGGUAAAACACAAAUUUAAAAUUGAAUUACAGGUUGAUAUUUGUUUUGCAUCUUAUCAAAUACCAGAAUGCUGAAGACAUCAGUCUAUUGUGAGGAUGAUUUAAAAUGUUUUAUUUUAUUUUUUCUUAACGAAGCAAAAGAAUACAUUUUAAAAUAUUUUUACCUUUACUACAUUACUUUGAUUCAUUCUCUUAAAUGAAAUGUACCCACUUGCAAUUAACGAAUAUCGUAUCCAAGAAACAAUACCAGGGAACAGGAUUUAUGCUUGUCUUGAAGGGACACUCCAGGCACCCAGACCACUUCUGCCCAUUGCAGUGGUCUGGGUGCCAACUCCUACUACCCUUAACCCUGCAAGUAUAAUUAUUGCAGUGUUUUUAUAAACUGCAAUAAUUACCUUGCAGGGUUAACUCCACCUCUAGUGGCUGUCUAGUAGACAGCCACUACAGGGCACUUCCUGCUCUAUAGCACAGAAAACUUGUGCUAGCGCGUCGCUGGACAUCCUCACGCUGUGUGAGGACCUCCAGCUUUGCUCAGUUCCCCAUAGGAAAGCAUUGAAAAGCAUUAGGUCUCCCCGGCGGGUGGGCGGGAUCUGCCUCGCCCACCGGCCGACGUGAUGACUGGGAGGAGCGGCGGCGAGAAGAAACCACCACCGAGGGACAUCGGCGGGGUCUCAGGUAAGUGACCUGAAGGGGUUUUCAUCCCUUCAGCUACCGGGGAUUGGGAGGGGGGAGGAAGAGGGGACCUGCAGUGCCAGGAAAAUGGAUUGUUUUCCUGGCAAUGGAGUUUCUCUUUAAUCUUAAUAAAGCUCUAGAUUUUUAAGAUAUAUAUUUUUUCAAACUCCACAGAUUCCUUACUACAACAAGUAAAAAUGUAGUAUUUGAUCAUAACCAUUGUUACAUAUUACAUAGCUCUCAAAUUAGCGGGACAGUUCCAGCCAAUCAGAUGGCACUUCAGGGUUAAAGUUUGCACUGUCGUAUUGCCAGGACUGAUUUUCGUAUGAUACAUGUUUAUAGUGGAUAACUAUCUGUAGUUGACAUUUAAUUGGGUAACACUAACAAGGAAAGGUUAAGGAAAACUCCCAGUUGUAUGCUUCCGAAUAAUAUGGUGAGAGCUUUGUCGUAGGCAGAUUUGAGGGCAAAUAUAACCAUCCCACUAAUUUCCUGACCCAUUUUUUUAUUUCAUUAGAUGGAUGGUGUGCAAGUAAUGUGCCUGUUUUUUUUUUUUUUAAACAAGCCACCCGGAAUACUGUGACUCCCCCACAUGUCUCUGUAUCACCAUCUGCUCUGUAACAAAGCAUCAGAGAAAAAGAUGCUUUUGACAAAAUAUUAAAGCAGAAUAUGACAAUUAUGUGACAUAAACACCUUCCAUAUUUUCAUUACACUAGAGUUUGUAGGUAGCAGGUGCCUGGAUGUGAGCAUGCAUACAAUGACAGUGUGUUAGUUGUGUGCAUGAUCAAUGUUUUGCAGAGUAAUGGAAGCUAGGUGUGCAGAAGAUGUUUAACUAAGUAUAGGAGUUAUGUGUGGGGCAACAUGUGUGCUGUGAGAAUUGUGUGUUUGUGAAUGCAUGUUGGAUGUGAGUUGGGGUUGUAUGUGUAUCAUUGUAUGAAAUAUACAUGUUUGCAAAAAGAUCAUAUAUGUAGGGAUUUAUACAGUGGCAUAGUUUUAUCACCGUCCUGACCCUAUCAAUUACUAUCUUUUUCUUGCCUAAUGUUCAAGUUGGGUUAGUAUAUGGUCUGCACUUCUGGAUGAUGCAAUGGUGCUUGUCCUGGUCCUGCUACCUACGUGAAUCAGGAUGCUGGUUGAUAGACUGACAGCCAGCAGUGCUAUGAUUUACUCAGAAGCUCUGGAUCACAAUGUUGUACUGGCAGAGAUAAACAAUUGGUGCACACCACAUGCAUCAGUAAGGAGCACUUUGCUAGUCAAGGGGAUUGAAUGAGUAUUUGCUACCCUAUGAAAGUGAAACUCCUACCCUUCAAGUCGAUACACCAAGCAAAUGACUAGACAAAGGGUUCUGCAAAGUCUGACCCUCCAGAUGUUGCUGAACUACACCUCUCAUGGUUCGUUGAAUAAAACAGAAAGCCAGAGAAUCAUCAGGGUUGUAGUUCAGCAACACCUGGAGGGAUAGUGUUUGGAGCAUCCUGCACUAGAGAUUAGUCAGCUUGCAAUUAUAGAAAGCUGGCUAGAGUUCCAACAAAACUGAGGUGAAUUAUUGUUAUACUGUGUAAUUUGGUUAGUAUAAUCAUAUUUAGAAUAGUAAAUUUGGAGUUUUUUUUCCAAGUCAGAUGUUUCACCCAAUGUAAAAAAAAAAUUAAUUAGACAAGUCAAUGUAAAUUUGAAUAAUGAAUUAUUUAUGUUAGGGUGCCAGUAGAAAUUCCAGACACAAAGGGGUUGAAGACUAUCUAUGUUGUGCCUUUGAAAAAAAAAAAGAAAAAAAAUAUAUUUCUAGCAUACCGUGAAUUAAAAAUUACAGUAUGUAUUAUUACCCAUAACUCUGCAAAAAAAGUAGACUGGGAAAUUCACAUAAUAUUAUUUUUUAGCUAACUAUAAUAGUGUAUACUAUAUUUUGCAGCUGCAAUGCUUUGUUUAAAGUAUUUGCUUUUCCUGGCUAAUCAUGGCAUCAUUUAACAUAUGGGUUUAGCUCCUCCCUCUAACCCUCAGGACAGGAAACACAAUCAAUUAAACAAUUAAGCAUAUCUUCCCCUAGUAUAAUAGGGACCCCAGUAGCAUCCACACCUCAGUCUUUUCCUCUCCUCCUAGCCCUAGGACAGUUAUUUUUUUCAGUUUGUCUGAAUAAUUCUUUUUUUUUUUUUGCUCACCUGACCAUGUCUGAUAUGGUCUUGUCCCUGUGGAGGUCAGCCUCCCUCCUCAGGAAGCCCAGACAUAUGUAGCCCAAUCUCUGAGGAGUUGGGAACCCCUGGGAGCCUUGGUGGUUAGUUCCACAGGCUGUUGGAACCCACUGGUAUCCAGAAUGUGAACUGCAGACCUCGAUCAGACGAUCGGCAUGACGGUAAGACGCCCGCGCAUGUGCAAUGCGCACGACCAGAAUCAGAGUGAUUUUGCCCUUUUCCAAAAUGGCGGUUUCGCGAUCUCGCGACCAAUGAGCGCAUGUGUACCUUUAAAGGUACAGAGCGGGAAAUUUGAAAUGGCGGUAUUACAGUAUAAAAAACGCUCGUUUCUUUUUCCUUUAAAGAUACAGUGCUCUAUUAGACUGUUUCUUAAGCUCUGCAGGUAAGAAAUUUACUUUAUCAUUUAUAAUAAUCCAAAUGUUUAGGCUUGGAAUGCAUUACCUGUUUUAAUGUUCUUAGCCCUACAGUCAGUAUGGAUCCAUCAUCCCCUUCUGCAAAAUCAACGAGAUCUGCUAUAGGUCAUAGGUGAGCAACAUUUUUUCUUUGAAUUUUCACGUUACUAAAAAGAGUGCAUGGAGGGUACAGUCUUAUGACUUCUGUGUCUUAAAGCCCUCAAGACUGGUCCUGUUCAAGAUCCCCAUCGGGGAGAAGGGAAAAACCGUCAGCCUGCCCUGGAUGUAGUGCAAGUCCAAUGGAUAACUGCAGGCUCUGCAGAAGAUGCUUAGCCAUGGUUGCAGGAGAGUCUGAUUGCCAGAAGUCACCGCAAGCCUCUACCUCUUCAGCCAAGGAUAUUGCUUACUGGAUUAAGCAGGCAGUGGUGGAGGGAAUUGCAGAAUCCAAUAAAGGUAAAAGAACAAGAGGUGAGACCUUUGGCAUGGACUCAGAUCAGUCUGACGAUGACUACAGACAGACUUCGGCUUACCUGGAUUUAGAGCCAAUCUCAUCCAGCGAAGAGGAGUAUAUGGAACAACCUUGCUCCUUGGACUCCAAAGCUAUGGAGCAUUUGAUUAUGGCAGUCAGGAGAACAUUGGAUUUGCCUGAAGAGGCUAAGGAAUGUUCAGCUUCUGACAGACAUUUUGGUGAUUUACACAAGAGAAGACCUUCCUUUCCAGUUCACAGCUCUAUUAAAGACCUGAUGCGGAGCUAGUGGCAAAAUCCAAGUAAAAGGAUUACUAGUCAAGGAAGGCUUUCUAAAUUAUACCCGAUUAAGGAGGAGGAUUCUAGAAUGUGGACAACUGUCCCAAAGGUUGAUGCUCCUAUCAUUAAGGUUGCAAAAAGAUCCACGCUUCCAAUUGAUAGCAAUGCUUCCCUAAAGGAACCAAUGGAUAAAAGAAUUGAUGCUGAUAUAUCUAAAGUAUUCAUGAAAGCGGGAUUAGGAUGUCAUCCGGCUGUAUCCAUUUCUGCUUUGUCAAAAGCCUUGCGUUCCUGGAUACUUGAUUUGGAGGAAGACCUAGAUAAAGGUGUAAGCAGACGUUAGAUGGUGGAAUCCUUGAGGGAUAUAAAACUCGCCAGUGACUGGCUUUUGGAAUCCUCUACUGACCUUAUUAGAAUUCUUUCUAAGGUUAUGGCUCAUUCAGUCAUCGCCAGAAAGGCACUUUGGCUGAGAUCCUGGGGAGCAGACCUUUCCUCUAAGAAUAAUUUGUGCACCCUUCCUUUUAUGGGAGAAGUACUCUUUGGGAAGCCGCUGGAUGAAGCUAUUAGAAAAGCGGCCGAGGUUAAACAGGUCAUGUUGCCACAAGAUAAACAUCCCAAGAUACCUCAUCUGGACCGUAGACCUUUCAGGGAUCAAGGCUAUUUUAGGGAAAGUAAGACCUACAGACCGGGCAGAGAAUUUGCUAGGAAUUCCAAUUGGAAGAGCGGUCAGAAUGUCAAAUCUUCUAGGGGCAAGACGCAAAACUCUUCCUUUCGCCCCAACAAGCAAUUCUGAAGGUGGCUUACUCCAGGUUCCUCGAGUAGGAGCAUGUCUGUCAUUCUUUCAGAGGGCCUGGGAAAUCAUUCCAGAUGCUUGGGUAAGGUCCAUUAUCACCAGAGGUUAUCAUCUGGAAUUCGAAGAAUUUCCUCCUCCUCCAAGGUUUUAUUCGAACAAGGCUUCCUACCAACAGCCAAAAACAAGAGAUUUUGACUCUUUAUGUCAACAAUCUUCUUAUAGAAGAAGCCAUCAUACCUGUACCCAUGAGAGAAAGAUUCCAGGGAUAUUAUUCUCCCCUGUUUUUGGUCAAGAAACCCGAAGGAAAAUGGAGACCUAUAUUAGACCUUCACCAGCUCAACCUUUACCUGAGAGUCAGGAGAUUUCGCAUGGAAUCCAUUCAUUCCAUCGUUCCUGUUGUUCAUCACAAAGAUUGGUUGAUCUCGGUAGACCUCAGGGAUGCAUAUUUUCAUGUCCCUAUCACGGUCAAGCACCAGAAGUUUCUCAGGUUUUGUGUCCGGAAGGAACGCUUUCAAUUUCAGGCUCUUCCCUUUGGGAUAAGUACAGCCCCGAUUACCUUCUCGAAGAUUUUGGUCACCAUCAUUGCUCUGCUCAGAAAAAAAGGUGUAGCUGUGUUUCACUACCUGGAUGACAUCCUGGUAGGGGCCCCAGACUUAAAAUCCAUGUUCCAACACAGACAACUAGUCCUCGACACUCUCUCUCAUUUCGGUUGGCUCAUCAAUCACAAAAAGAGUCAUUUGCAUCCAUCAAGAGAACUGGUAUUCCUGGGAGCAAAUUUCAAUACCGACACAGAGAUUGUAUCCCUUGCACACGACAGAAAGCUCAUACUUCAAGAUCGUAUAAGGAGCUUCAGACUGAAAAUUUCAGCCUCGGUGAGAGAGUUUAUGAGACUUCUGGGGACUCUUUCCUCCACAAUAGAGCUUGUCAGAUUGGCACAGUGGAACCUUCACGCUCUUCAACAAUUUUUUCUGAAGAAUUUCAGGACCAGCUCGAGGGAUUGGGAGAGAUUGAUCCGCAUUCCUUUUGUUCUAAAACAGAAGCUCCUUUGGUGGAUGUCAUGGGAAAACAUCUCCCGAGGGUUUCCCUUGAUGGAAAUAGAUUGGAUGGUCAUUACGACAGACGCCAGUCAGACCGGAUGGGGGACACAUUUAGGGAAUCUAUUUUUUCAAGCAAAAUGGCCUCCAAGAACCCAAUACUUGCCUUCCAAAAUCAGGGAACUGAGAGCUACCUUUCUGGCACUUCUUCAUUUUCAACACAUCAUCCGGCAUUCCUGGAUCAAGUUGAGAGUGGACAACAAAGCGGCUGCUGACUACAUAAAUCAUCAAGGUGGGACAAGGAGUGUAGCCCUGAUGGGGGAAAUCGUUCCCAUUAUGACCUGGGCUCAGACUCAUGUGGAGGGCCUGAGUGCCACCUAUCUCCCAGGAAAGGAGAAUGUGUUAGCGGACUUCCUCAGCAGACACCUGAUAGAAGCAUCAGAAUGGCAACUUUCCAGGAGGAUCUUUGCUUGCUUGGUCCAGUGGUGGGGUCUUCCCCAAGUGGACCUCAUGGCAACUAUUCAGAACACCCAGGUCCCAUGCUUUGUUUCAAGCCGAUACCAUCCAAAGGCGGUUGCUCAGGAUGCUCUAUCCAUCAAAUGGGAAUUCGAUCUAGCCUACGUCUUUCCUCCAAUUCCCUCGUCGCCCUUGCUUUCCCCUGUUACAGAGGUUAUCAAAGGACCUGCCUUGGGAGCUUCCGGUCUCGGAAGAUCUGCUGAUUCAGGGUCCAGUGUUUCAUCCGGAGCCUCACAAGUUCAGGCUCCAUGCAUGGCUAUUGAGAGGCAAUCUCUAGUUGACCAUGGCCUUUUGGACCAGGUAAUCUCAACCCUGUUAUGUUCUAGGAAUUCAUCUACUUCUUCUACCUACCAUAAGAUAUGGGAAGCCUUUGCAAGAUGGAGUAAUUCCACGGUUCAAGAUUUAGGUUCCCCUUCAGUAUCUCAGGUUUUUGGGUUUCCUGGAAGCAGGCCUGGAGAGGGGCCUUCAACUUAACACUCUUAAAGUACACUGCUCAGCUCUUUCGGCUCUUUCUGGUAUUCGUUGGGCGUUAAAUCCCAUUGUGAUUUGCUUCUUCAAAGCUGUCAUUAGGAUUAUACCUCCUAUCAAGAAAUUCUCGGGUCCUUGGAAUUUGCCUCUGGUUCUGCAGGCCUUAUCGGAACAUCCCUUUGAACCUAUUGAUGAGGUCCAGAUGCAGGUUCCUUUUCUAAAGACCCUGUUGUUACUGGCCUUAGUCUCUGCUAGGAGAAUGUCGGACAUUAGAGCACUGUCAUCUGAGGAACCGUUCACUACCUUCUUCGAUGAUAGAGUUGUACUACGGCCUAGACCUGAGUUCCUUCCAAAGGCUGUUACAUCCUUCCAUCUGAAUCAAGAGAUUGUCCUGCAGGGGUAUUUUCAAGAACCUUUUUCUCCUGAGGAAGAAAGAUGUCAUACACUAGACCUAAGGAGUUGUCUUUCCACAUAUAUUUCACGCUCAGCUACUUGGAGAAAGUCUCCCCAAUUGUUUGUGAUACCUUGGGGUUCUCGUAAAGGUGAAGCUGCUUCUGUCGCAACCCUUCGAUCCUGGACAGUUCAGGCUAUUUCUAGAGCAUACAGGACAAAACAGGUACCGGUUCCCAAGGACAUCAAGGCACAUUCCACAAGGUCCAUUGCUACUUCAUGUGCUGCAGAGUCAGAAGUCCCUGCAGAGAGCAUCUGUAAAGCUGCCAAUUGGUCAUCUUUGAAAACCUUUGUGCAUCACUACAGAGUGGAUGUCUCAUCUCGUUCUGAUUCAGAGUUCGGCCUAUCGGUCUUGAACUCUUAUAAGCCUUAAGUUAAUAUUAAACAAUUUUUGUAGCAUGAAUUACCCUCCCUGAGUGGUUAUUGCUUUGGGAAUCCCAUAUGUUAAAAGCUGCCAUGAUUAGCCAGUAAUAGAGAAAAUGUAUUGAUACUUAACGUAAAUCUCUUUUCCUGGCUAUUAUUCAUGGCAGCAUUUGGUUUCCCACCCUCUCUUGGUAUAUUCGUCUUGUUACUGGACUCAGUUGUGGAUGCUACUGGUGUCCCUAUUAUACUAGGGGAAGGUAUGUUUAAUUGUUUAAUUGAUUGUGUUUCCUGUCCUGAGGGCUAGAGGGAGGAGCUAAACCCAUAUGUUAAAUGCUGCCAUGAAUAAUAGCCAGGAAAAGAAAAUGACGGUAAGUAUCAAUACAUUUUCUCUAAUAAUUAAACAUGUUUAUGUAUGUGUAUAUAAUUUAUCUUUUUUUAAUCUGGUUUGAUUCAGGCAUGUGUAAUUUAUUUGGUAAUGAUACAUUAAUAGCUGUUGCUACUUAGAAAUUGUACUAGACAACAGAUACACGUUAAGAUCACAGGGUUCCAUUUAGUGCAUAUUGCCAGCAAAAAAGACUUUGAAUACAUUUUGUUGUUUAGUGCUAUCCACUCCAGCAGCUUUUAUACUGGUUAAAUAUAUCCACCAUCUGCUAAAAUGUUCUCCUUAGAAAAAUAUGCAAGAAAAAUCUAAAAUCCAUUCAAUGCACUACUGAGGUCUAGCACCAAAAAAUAUUUUCUAUGUUCUGAACUCAAAACAUAUGCAAACUGUUCGCUGUCAUUCAUCCAGAGCUACAAAAAUAUUGAAAAGGCGCAGACAUGUGCUACUCUCUACUGCAACAUUAGAACAAACAAACAAAAUACAAACUGUAGUAUAUUAUAUUAGACCCCAAUUGGUACUUUAUGCACUAAAUGGCAUGUUAUACCCUUAAGGAUGGAGCCAAUUGUACAAGUUCUGAACAAAACAAAACCUAGAUUUUUUUUGAUUUUUUUUUGUGAUGUUAACAUACAGUUAUAUAAUAAAUGCCACAACAAAAUAAAACAAAUAAUCACAAAAUAUAUGCGAUCCAAAAACAUAUUAGUAUCAUUUCAAAUUCCAAAAACUUCUCUACAUUAUAUCUUAGUUAUAUAACCGUAGUGAGCCUUUUUUAAACUCAUUUAAAAAAAGAAAGAAAAGAAAAAUAAGAAGCAUAGCGUUUAUUUGGGUUCAUGGUUUAAUAGGUAACCUGUACAGUAUGUAUAUAUCUUUUCUUCAGAGUCUAUAAUUCCUACGUUAAAUAUAUCAAGCUUUAAGCGGCACUGUCACACCAAACUUAACUUUUUUCUGUUGUUUCCUCUUCUCUUCCUCUCUUAGAAUCUGUUCUUCUAUUUUUUAUUCCUGAUCUAGUUUUCAUUAAAACAUAAGACAAAGUAGGAACUACUGACUUUCUAUGACCAAAGAAGGAGCUUAAGUCAGCUCCAUUUCUUGUGGUCAAAGGAACUUCCCACAAUACUUGCAAUGCUUCAUUCACUGUUCCCGAACAUCCUGUAAUACAGACACGGCUUCAGCAAAUUGACUGAAUUUCAUGCAAACCGAAUGCUCACAGUUUGUUCAUUUGCGUUCGCAUUAAAUUCAGUGAUUAUGUUUGGUUUGGAAUUUCAUUUGGAAAAUGAAAUUCCGAUCUGAUUAGUGCAUCUUGCAGCCGUUUAGUAGAUAACUCCCUACUUUCCACAAUAUUAGGUAGUUAUCUACUAAAAAGCUGAAAGUUGUAGCUGGUCACUGAUGUUAAAAAAAGAUCCCCAAAUCUAAUCAAGUGCCCCAUGGUGGAGCACCUAUUAAAAUAAUUAACAAAGGGGACAUAGUGUCCCCCCUGUCUCCCAACCGGGCCCCUUAAAUGAGCGCUAUUAGGCUAAACUGGGAACCUAGUGUCCCACCCUCAUCCCCCACCCAUUAGUAAUGGGUGGGGGCCUUAAGUGACAAAAGGGGGAGUAGGGGCAGGAGGGAUAUUUUAAUCUCCCUUAUACUAAUAUGGGGGUCAUAUUGGCCCCCAUAGAGUAAGGGGAGAAUCGGAGGGGGAAAGGAAGUAGCAGUGAGCACAGCUCCCCAUCGCUUCUAUUUUUACAUAUCAGAAGGAGGCAGCCAUGAGCCGGUAGCUCCCUUCUUGUAGUAAAUGAAAGGAACGUAGACUGAAUUUAACUUGUCAUUCAUUAAAUAAACGAAUAGCUGAAAUCCCCAUCCGAAUUUUGAAUUUAGCAAAUGUCCAAGCAUUCCAAUAGGCAUGCGCGGGAAUUUCACAGUGAUAUCUGGGCAGACAUCUGGGCAGAUCAUGUGUGCUGCAGUACCUCCACCUGCCCACACUAAGAUAGCUGCGCCUAGGACCUAGUGCCGGCACACAAAAAAAAAGAGUUAAAAAAAAAGGUAAAUUAAGGGACAUAGGGGCAUUUGGUGGUAACUAGGCGGAGAAUAAAAUGUAGUGGAGUCGGGAAGGGGUUAAAAAAAAUAGAUGCGGCCAUGACAGUGCCGCUUUAAAUUUAUACCAAAUAGAUCAACAAAACCGGAGAAAAAUAGUGAACACUAAUUUAUAGGGUUAAAAAAAGUCUCCACUAUUAAUUUAAAUAAGUCAUGAGCUAUUGAUUUAUCUAAUAACUUUGAAAUUUCAAAUGUUCACUAAUAUGAGCUCAAAAUAUAUAAUAAGAAAAAGAAAAGAAAAAGUGAAAAAACAGCAAAUAACAAAUUGUCAAAAUUAUUUAAUAGUCAAAAAUAAUUAAUCAAUAGUUAAAAAUUAUCUUAUCUAAAUUUCCCUUUUGAGAAAUAAGAAUACUUAGCAGUGCUUUCCCCCAUCUUAUCCCCCAUUCCUCCUGUUUUAAAAAAUAAGGAUUGAGGCAAAUGUACAAGUUCUAAAAAACAAAACCUAGAAUUUGAGCUAUAUGUCUGUUCAACCAUAAUUGACUUUCUUCAUAUUAAGUGUAUCAAUACUUAUUAUAUAUAAUUUUGUUCAGGAGAAUCAGGGCUUUUUAUUUAAAAUAUUUAUAUAUGAAACAUAAUUAAAUAUGAAUAAAAUCUAAAAAAGUUUGAGAAAUUAAGAAAUCUUGUUUUUCAAGUUCUGCAUGGCAUUUUAACUGUGAAUGUCAUGAUACUGUUGCCUUUCACUUCAAUAAAAUACACAUAUUUGUGUUCAUUAAUGUCUCACAAGUACAACAGCACUACCCAUAUAUAGGUUUUGUGGUGUUUUGGAAACUUACAGGGUCAAAUUUAGUGAUUUUCCCUUUUCAGUUUUUACACAUUGAAAUUAGCCAGAUUGAUUUGCUAGGUCUUUUUUGCCUUUGUUGCCUUUGUUGCCUUUGUUGCCUUUGAGAAAGCAGCCAGUUAUCGCAUACCAUUUGAAAAAGUAGACAACCCAGAGUAUUCAAAAUAGGGUAUUAAUGUUCAUAUUUUAAUUUUUCACACAAAACUGCACUUUCACUGAUUAUAUCAUCAUGGGAGGGACUAGUUAACGCUAUUUAAAGUACUCACUUUCUCUAGCCAAUAACCGUAUCCAACCCUCCACUCCUCACUUUCUGAACUAAUUCUUCAACCAACUUAUGUAUAUUACCUAUGUUAUGCUUCUUAUGCUAUGUUUACACACAUAUAUAUAUAUACAUAUAUAUAUAUAUAUAAAAAGUAUAAUAAUUAUGUCAUCACGAGGACCCAGGCAGGCCCCCUUGCAGCAAAUAUUGCCUGUGUCAUCAAGCAGUUCCCCUGAUCGUGAUUGCCGGGUAAGGUAACGUAAGGCUAAAGGGUCCUAUAAUUCUUAAGGGGAUCUGCUAACUUUUACUUUUUUACUGGUUAGUGACCCUUUGCAUUAUCGUCUGCCACUAACAUAUAAAGAUUAACACCAGCACAUCGCAGCAAAGAGGUUAAGAAUGAUUACAUCUCUAUUCCUUCACUUAAAACUAUUUUUUUUUCUUAUUGGCCAGUUGCUAUAUGCGUGUUACUACUUACCCACAGAGUGACGUGCAUGCUCGUAUGUGUCUUUUUUUUGCUUUUCCAGCUAGACACUAAUAUGAGAUUGGCUGGUAUCUGUAGCAACAGCUGUUAUUAGUGAUAAGCUACAAACGUAUAACUACACGGUUGUAAACCUGGUGGUAUUUUCUAACCACUACAAGCUACCGGCUGUUGUUAAUACUGACAGCUUACAACUUCUAUUUAACAAAAAGACUCUAAACAAACCUUUAGAAUGAAAAUUAUCCUCAUAUCUUCUAGUGGAGCAAUCUCUGGUGCUCUGUUGCUUUGAGAGCAAAUAUGAUUGGUCCAUUACAAAAAAAGGAGGAUUGAAUUCAAAGUGAAUUUCAAAUUUAUAGCCAACAUAGCUGAAAUGAAAAAUAAUUCUCUUAGUCAGCUAUGCUUUCAGUUUGGCUAUUCUAGUCUUUGAAAUUUACUUUGAAUUCACCUUGAAUCCUCACUUUAGUAAAUAACUUUGCUUGUGAAAGGCAGUCCGAUUUACUAAAGUGAGAUUUCAAAGUGAAUUCAAGGUGCAAUUUAAAUUAAAAUCCACAGUAACCAAACUAUAAACAUAUCUGCCUUAGAGAAUAUUUUUUGUUUGACUAUUUUGACAUUACAUGCAAAAUUCAUGUUGAGUUUUCACUUUAGCAAAAAGUGGUAGAUGAUUUGAUUCAUGUGUGGAUUUGUCAGUGCAAGAGGUUACAUUCAAAUCUCUCUCUCUCUCUCUCUCUAUAUAUAUAUUUUAUAUAUACUUAUAAACGUAUAUAUAAAAAAAAAAACGUAAAUAGAGAAAGAUAUUUAUCAAAAUAAAGAGCUACUUUGUACUUUAUGCCUGGUUCCUGUAUUACCAUCCAGAGGAACACUGUUACUUUCUGGGGGACCUGCAUCUUUUCCAGUACCAACAUUGGAUGUAUGAACACGCCAUCAUAGUUUAGAGCCGACUUACAUGGCUCUUCAUAUUGUGAGUGUUCCAAGUUAUCUCUCAUUUUAUAUUUUGUGUAUACAUAUUGUCCUAUGAUGGUCUUUUACACUUGUAACUUGCAGAUAUAAAUUCAGAAACUACUAUAUACCAUUGUGUGCGCAAACCACCUUUUUCCUUGUACCCAAAAAUCUUUCUCUAGUUACGUUUUUAUUUUUACAGAAAUUGUAAAAGACAACAUUCUCUCAUUCAUCCACAAAAGUUUUGUGUUGUUUAAGUAACUAGUACAAAAGAUUUCCCUUUGUUUAAGUAGUUUAAGUCUAUUUCCCUCUAAUUCUACUGUGAUGACGUGUUCAGAAUGAUUUGCAUAUUUUAUAUCCUUUGAGUGAAACAACCGCAGAUAAAACUGACAUUGUCCUUGUAAAAUACAAUGAGCUGUUUUUUUUUUUUUAAUUUACAUAUAUUACAUUAUGGCACAUUUUUUACUCAGUGAAGUAUUCAAGUGAUUGUAUUUAAUAAUGUAUCUCCCUAGAAUCUAACCAUGUUAAACAAGUGAGAGGUCCUAUAUAGGGUAUCAGUAGGACAGCAACAAUGAUUGAUAGUGUGCAGUGAAACUCUGCAUAAUAGACACGGAGGGAGUGUCACUGUUACUGUACUGCAAGUAAAAGGCAGCUUGUCAAAAUUAUUUACCUAGUAACAUAUGCCUGAGAAUUCUCAUCAUAUGACUGCACAAGACAAGGCACUCAAAGAAUGAGCAGAAGAAUAUAAAUAUUCCAUAUCUCAACCUAACUACAGGCUUUAUAAAGGCUCUGCUGAUCUGAAAUGUUGUCAGUUAAAUCUUUCACUCUUUCAACAUGUAUAGAAGACCGAAUCCUUAAUCCAGUAAGAAAUACAUGCUUUAGUUAAAGGGAACCCAUAAUCCCCAAAAUAACAAUUGUUAUUUGAAUAUAUAGGGUCCCUUCUUUCCAACCCUCUACUAACAUUUAAAAUAACUAAGUUAAAUAAAGAUUAAUCACAUGUUCCCAGUAGGGGGACAUCUCUGUUGAAGCCACCUGUUCGCCUUCAAAGUUGUCAGCAUUCCUGUUAACAUCUUCAUGAUCUCUUCCAAUUCAUUGCUUCUCAAAGAGAAUUCAAGCAAUGGAUUGGAGGUACACAUGUGUGGCCAAAUACUGCUCUUCUCUAAUCAAAUGCUGAUAGCAGCAUUUUAUUCCCAGACCAUUUUUUUUUUUCAGUCUGGAGAAGGAAGUGCCUUUAGAGGCAGUCAGCAAAACAGCCACUAGAGGUGGAUUGAACCCUAAAAAAACUAAACUAAAAAACUGCAGUGUUUUGCAAUGAUGGGACCACUGCACCCAGAUCACUUAAUUGAGACAAAGUAGUCUGAGUGAUUAUAGUGUCCCUUUAAAUCAAACACAUUGCAUAGUAUUUUGUGAUAAACUGUUUGUUGCCAGACAUGUAGCCCACUUCCCAUCAAGAAGACCCUGUACAAUCUGAAAUAUUUAAUUAAAAAAAUAAAUAAAUAAAAAAUUAAAUAAAAUUUAAUUCAAUUUAAGGCUGUUCUAAAACCCUUCAAAAAGAAUUUUAAAAAAUGCAAUCAACAAAGAAACUGCAUAAACCAUCUUCUAUUCAGGUCAUACUAAAGCCUCAAACGUGAAUUUGAACGAUCACCUGAUCGGCCCACUUUUGGAUGAAUUUCAGUUUGUAACUAAACAAAUCUCCAAGAUUAAAAUCCAAUAUAGAAAGUAAAAAAAAAUCAAAAACAAACACCCCUUUGAAAUCGAAGCUCAACAAAUCUUGCUUUGAGUUUGUAUAUUCAGUCAUGCCACUCCCAUAAUCCUUAUUUGCAAUUAGAUUUUUGGUGGAAAAGAAAAAAAAAUGCUUUUGUAUGUGUUCUGAAAAUGAGAUAAAAUGCAAAAGCAUUUUCUUUUCUUUGCUUUGUAAACAAAGCAUGUAAUUCAGCCUCCUGCACAUGACCUGAUUCCCUGUGACAUACGGAUAAUGUGAACAUUUUCUUCAUCUCCUGCCUGACCUUCAAUGGAAAUAAGUGGCCUUCUAUUUUAUGUCCUUCCAUAAUUACUGUAUUGAUUUUCUGUCCCUUAAAGCAAUGUUGUUUAACUUGCACGUUAUGAAUGUUCUUGAAAAUAAUUGCUUAUAAUUAUUAUUUUUUUUUUUUAAACAUCCAGUUUAAUUAUUAUUAUUAAGAUUAAUAUUAUGAUUUUGAGAAUAUGUAAGUAUACAGAUGUUUAUAUGUUUGUGCAUGCAUUUGUAAGAAACUGACUUGGUCUGUUUAUCAUCUAUAUGAAAGAUUGUAUGAUAGGGAAGCAAUAUAUGUUUUAUUUAACUAAUAUAUUCAAUGCCACGAACAUGAAUUGAUUCUUAGCAGUCUCCAGUUUAUUAUGUGCUUGAGUUCAUUGAUCUUGGAGGAUCUUAAACAAUAUCUUAUCGGUUUUCAUUUACUAUCCAGUUACAUAUUUGUGACUAACAUUUGAAUCACCUGUACUCCUAAGAGAGCAAUCUAGUGCUAAGAAAGAGCAAUCCGACAUGAGCUGCAGCAGUGGAAAUAGAACAUUUGUUGUAAUAUAUUUGACAAUAAAAUAUAUGGGAAACGUACUAUCAGAAAUAAAUGUUUCCACUUUAUCUCAAAAUACUUACGAUACAGAAUUGUGUUUGUUCACUUCGUUUAUGCAAGCAUAGCUGUACAUUGGACCUAACCAGAUAAAUAUAACAUGAAACUGAAAGUGUGUUUCAUAGAGGUAAAAGGCCAGGUCUUAAUUCUAAAGGUAGAGUUAUGUUAAUUCAUGAAUGUUAUGGCCAAUUAGCACAGGCGUAGCUAAUGUUGCCAUCUCAGAUUUUUUAAACUGCAUUUCCCUUGAUGCAGAGCCAGAAAUAAAGGAAUUCUUUCCUAGAAAUUUCAAUGUUUCCUUAUCCCAUAUUUUAUGAAAAAUAUGUCAGUGAGGUCUAAAAAAAACCCAAUCAAAUAUAGUGAUCCAAGCCAUUGUAUUUACCUCUAUCUUGGAACUAAGCAACUCAAUCUUGGCUCCCGGUUAAUCAUUGUUAUAAGUACAGAGAGGAGAAAGUGAAACACCGUUUCUCCUCCUCCAAUGCAAUGUGUGCUUUGGCUGUCCCUGGACUGAACUUGAUUAUGAUGUCAGUAGCUACAUUUCUAAUAUACAUUUAAUAUAAUUGAUCUAUUAUUGGCAAAAAGAAAAAAAAAGUAUUGUGCAUCAUGAAUAAAUUGUGUAUUUUAUUGUAUGUGUAUGUUGUGUAUUUUGGAAAAGUUAAGGGUUGCUUGUCUAUAAGGUUUCCUGCCAUAGUGUACACUGGUACCUUAUCUAUGGCUAUUAUAACACAAUCUUUAGCUCAUUUUCAAAGUUUUAUUCAGCAGUGCCAUUUUAAGAGAACUUAAGAUAAGGUCAAAAUAAACUGAAGCAUGUCCUGAGCUAGAAAAGGCCAGGCCAUACUCAGGGUGACUUUAUAUCUCAGGUACUUGUAGGAACAGAAUUCCGAGGUACCCCAUACUGGUCCCAAAAAGUUCUAUGUCAUUUGUUCCACAUCUAUUUUAAACUCAGAAAAUAACCAUAAUGCCCUACCUUUACAUAUACCUUUAAUACAUUACAGAAUAAUGAGAUGUUAAGGUGAGAAAAAUGGGCAUCAUAGGUACAGAAUUUAUAACCCAAAAAAGAAAAGACAAGAUUAAGGGAUAUGAAUAAAAAAAGUAUUGGGUAUAGUAAUCAAAAGGUGAAAUAACUGGUUUCAUGUAGUUCGAGUCUUACUAACUAUUUAACUGAUUAGCUACAAGCUACAGCUACAGUUACAAAAACAAUUGCAGGAUGCAGAAAAUAGCCUUGCAUUCUCUUUCCCUCCACAUUCUCUGUGGUAGACUUAAACUAUGCAAAGUGGAGAAACAGUUAUUCAAAAAUGGUAACACAUGAGGUAUUAUUAGUUUCCAGUGACUGCUGAUUUUAUCAUUCUGAUUGGUUCACAGCCUCUUGAUGUUAAGGUAGAGUGUUGGCCAAGAUAAAUUGGACAUUACUACUACAGAUAGGUUGUAAAUGCUAUUUAGGGUCUGGUCCAUAGUGUUGUAAGAAACUGACAAAUGACCAGCUGACCACCUUAGGUUGAAACUUACCUAAUGUUCUGGCUGACAUUACAUCUAUCAAGAGGAAAAGCAAUUAUGCUGAGUUUGUGACAGGUGAGGCCCUACUAGUUGGCAAGCAGCAUUAUGAGACGGGGUUUAUCAUUUAAGGCCAUGGGCAAGAUCACUAUAAUUUGUUGCUGGGUGUUGGCAACUUCAUGAUAUUUACAAGAUAGGUGAGCUGUGACAAGUAACGCCCUGACUACUUUGCCACGGGCCAGUAUUUGGAGGUGCUAACUAUGUUUUUGGCCACAGGGAAAUACCUUUGUGACUGAGUAUAGGAACUGGAUUCUUGGGACCAGUAUACAUUUGCAAAAUAAUUUGAAAUAGUUUGGCUACAGACAUCCUAAGAUAGACCAACCUAUGUGAGAUGAUCUGAGUGCGGUAAUUGUUGUUGGUCCAAUGAAUGACCUUUAUAUUUAACCUUUUGCCUAACUGUGAAAUAUCUUCUGCUAUAGAGUAAAAUAUGACACAUUGUAUUAGUGGAGCACAUCACUAAUAAGAUUGUGGAGCUUAGUAAUACUGAAUAACAAUAAUAGUGAACAUGACCUGUUAGUAACUUAGUAACGUAUAUACAGUAACCUUCAUAAAAGAGGAAGCUCAGGCACUUACAACAAUAUUAGACUAACAGAGUGUUUGACUUUUGCAAUGUAUAUUAUGUAUAUUAUAUAUAUGUAUAGUAUAGUAAAAAGUAACCAAAAAUUACCAAAUAUCAAGUGUGAUAUCAGGUUUAGGAGGCUCAGCAACAUAUAGCAGAACCGGACUAAUAGAUUGUGGCACUUCUAAAAAAGAGGAAGUAAAGUGAAGAAUAACCAAAUUUUAUGUGACAUCUGUGUUAGAGGAAGCUCAGCAACAUACGACCAUAUUAGAAUGGAAUGUAUGACGUCUGCAAUAGAGGAAGCUUUAAUAAUGUAUGACCAAAUUUGAGUAAGAGGGUAUUUUCACUGUAUGAGAGUAAUUUAUUGUAUGUAUAUAUAACUCUCGAUAAUAGUGUACAAAACCAAAAAGUGGUGCAUUAUUCUAUGACAAUUUUAUAGGAUACUACCAUGAUAACAACUAUAUGCAUGGUUAUAGAAGUUCAGUCUAUUCAUAAUGACAGAGUCUGAACAUUCGGUUAAUAAACUAGUGAAAAAUCAAAUCCAUGGAACUUAUUAUGAAAGUGUUGCAAAAAUUAUUGUAAGAAAUACAAGUAAUAGCAGCUAAUAAUGGUAAAAUAAUUGAAAAGCAGAAAAACAUAUAGUAAUAACAGAAAGAGACUAGAUAGAAAUGUAGGGACACUAUAGUCACCAAAACAACUUUAGCUUAAUGUAGCGAUUAUGAUUUAUAGAUCAUGUCCCUGCAGUCUCACUGCUCAAUUCUCUGCAAUUUAGGAAUUAAAUCACUUUGCAUAUGCACCCUAGCCAUUCCUCAGCUAUGUGUGACUCAAGCAUCCUUCCUAAACACUUCCUGUAAUAAGAUAUUUAAUGUUUAAACUUCCUUUACUGUUCAGACGGCUUACUUUAGAAUUUAUUUUAUCCUCUGCUCUUUUAAUAGUCCACCAGGCCCUGCAGUAGCCCCUUGUUUAUGAUUAAAGUUCAUUUUACAGAGCAGGAAUGAAAUACUCAGUUAAGAUCUGAUUGAAAAUGAAACAAUUUAUUUUAUAUGCAGGCUGUGUCAGUCAUAGCCAAGUGAAGUGUAUCAAGGGCUUCACAUCAAGGGUUUAAAAUCCUAAAUGAUAGAGAAUAGAGCAGUAAGAUUGCAUGUGCAUUAUCUACACAUCAAAAUCACUUAAAGGAACACUAUAGGGUCAGGAACACAGGCAUGUAUUCCUGACCCUAUAGUGCAAAACCGACCAUUAAGGUUGCUUGCCCCUCCCCCCCCUUACCUCCCUUAAAAGCAUGAGAAACUCACCUUAUUUCCAGCGCCGUGCGGGUCUGCUGGCACAGGCCCCGCCCCUUGGUGACAUCAUCAAAAUUGUCGAUUUUUAGCCAAUACAAUGCUUUCCCACGGCAUUGGAGUGGCUAAAUUCGGCAAGGGGCGGGGCCAAACACUGUUUUGGCCAAUCAGCACCUCCUCAUAGAGAUGCAUUGAAUCAAUUCAUCUCUAUGAGGAAAAUUCAGCAUCCCCAUGCAGAGCGCUCUCCUAGUCACUGAAUAAAUAAAGGUAAUAAUUGCCUAGGUGCUACCUGCAUUAAGUAUAUUUCCAAAUAAUAUCAGGGGUGCACUCACAGGUCUUGUGAAAAAAAUCGUGGUUUAAUAGAACAAAAAAACUUUGGUUACAUCUGAUAUUAUUUGGAUAUAUAUAUAUAUAUAUAUAUAUAUAGAGAGAGAGAGAGAGAGAGAGAAAGAGAGAGAGAUGUGUAUAUAUAUAUAUAUAUAUAUAUAUAUAUAUAUACAUAUAUAUAUUUUAUACUUCUGUGCUCUACUCAACAGACAUAGAAAUCGAUAGUGACUGCUUGUAUUAUACACAGUCAGUGUAGCUAAUAAUGCCAAAUGGUAAUGGAAGGAGUGUUAUUGAUGAGUACUUAAAGGAGCAUUGUGUAUAAAAACAGUAAAAACAUUAAAAAUAGUAAAACAACACUGAAUGAGCUGGAAACCAUACAUUUAAAAGAGUAAGUAUAUUUUUUUGGCCAAACUUUUGUCUUCACAUAUUGAUAAGCCUAGAGAUAUGGCUGGUUUACAGAUAUUUUGUUAAUAGGGUAGUGUUUACUCCACACAAUUACUAUCUUUAUAUCCUCAGCUAAAACAAAGAAAGAAAAGGACAUCUUGACACUGUAAUACUUAAAGGACCACCUUAGGCACCCAGACCACUUCAGCUUAAUGAAGUGGUCUGGGUGCCAGGUCCAGCUAGGGUUAACCCUUUUUUCUAUAAACAUAGCAGUUUCAGAGAAACUGCUAUGUUUAUGUUAGGGUUAAUCCAGCCUCUAGUGGCUGUCUCUUGACAGCCGCUAGAGGUGCUUGCGUGCUUCUCACUGUGAUUUUCACAGUGAGAAGACGCCAGCGUCCAUAGGAAAGCAUUGUAAAUACUUUCCUAUGAGACUGGCUGAAUGCACGCGCGGCUCUUCCCACGCAUGCGCAUUCAGCCGAAGAGGAGGAGAGGAGGCGGAGAGGAGAAAGAGGUAAGUUUAACCCCUUAAGCCCGGCGCUGGAGAAAGAGGUAAGUUUAACCCAUUCCUCUCCAUCCAGCCCGGCGGGGGUGGAGGGGACCCUGAGGGUGGGGGCACCCUCAGGGCACUAUAGUGCCAGGAAAACGAGUAUGUUUUCCUGGCACUAUAGUGGUCCUUUAACAUACAUACUAUAGUCUCUAUUUUUAGUCUUUACCAAUGCCUGUUUUCCCCUUGCAGUAAACUAUUCAAAUGUCUUUCAGUAUAAACAUAUCAAAAUAUAUAAUGAAACAAGACAGUGAACAUUUAUUUCUACUGGGAAAGAGCAUUUUCACUUUACCAUUUCUAGCUUAUGUCAGCCCAGAAAUUAAUUGACUUUUGUAUUUUGUGUUAUUAUGAACCAAUCCAGCCUUUUUUCACACCAAUCUCUUCUCACAUAGAUCAUACAUAUUUUAUUAUUAGCUUCCCGAUACUUAUUUGGAUGUGUUAUAUAUAUUUUCUUAUUAUUCUCAUGUCAUUUACAAGGCUGUCAAUCUAUCAAAAUAGGUCACCUUUAUAUUUCAGAGAAACAAAAUUGCAGAACUGUGUAUGUAUUUCACAACUCUAUCAAAAAGAAUAAUUUAAUAAAUGCACAUAAUACUUAUUUUCCAAAAAUAUUAAAUGUAUUAUUUUGUGUAGUGUAGAUCUACAUUAACCCCUUCCCGACCGUGGACGUUUCAGGACCGUCAUCGGCAUUUUUGGCUUGCCGACCGAUGACGGUCCUGAACCGUCCUAACGGUCUGAGCUACUUACCUGAUCGCCGUCAUUCCCCCGGCGGCGAUCAACGUGGCUCUGGUUGUGGGGAGACUGCCUGCAGCCCAGACAGUCUCCCCACACUGAAUUAGGACCCCUGUGGCCAUGUGAUCGCUCAACAGAGCGAUCACAUGGUCACAAUAGGUGUCCAUGUGUCUGCCUGCAAGGGGACUGUCUGUGCUGACAGGCAGUCUCCCUGCUAGUGUAAAAUCAAAAAAAUAAAAUAAAGUUAGUGUUAAUUAAAAAAAUAAUAAUAAUUAUAUAUGUGUAUAUAUGAUAUAUAGACAUAUAUUAUAACUAUAUAUGUCUAUAUAUCAUAUAUAUAUAAUGCCAUACUAAGUGUAUUUUUAUAUUAAUAUGUACUUAUAUUAAUAUAAAAAUACACUUAUAAUUAAAUUACACACGUAUAUAUAUAUAAUAUAUAUAUAUAAUAACUAUAUAUAUUGUAUAUAUAUAUUAUUAUAAAAUAUAAAUAAUAAGUAAUUUAAAUUAAAUAAUUUUUUUUAAAUAAUAAUAAAAAUUUAAAAAAAAUAUAUAUCUAUAUGAAAUUUUAUUCUAACUGUAUUUUAAAAUUAAUAUAUAUAUAUUUAUAUCAAAAUACACUUAGAAUGAAUUUGUAUAUAUAUCUAUGUAUAUAUAAAUAAAUAAAAAUAAUACGAAAUAUACAUAUGUCCAUAUACAAAAUUACAUAAAUAAUUAUAUAAAUAUACACGUAGACUUCAAAUAUAUAAAUAUGCAUAUAUAUUUAAAUUCUACGUGCGUAUUUAUGUAAUAUUUUUACAUAAUUCAGUAAUUUUAUUGAUUGCAAUUUGAGGGACCUGCCUGCCAACCCAGGCCGAAAUUCCAGAGAAUUUAAUUUGCUAGCACUGUAUUUUACCCUGUAACGUUCUACGACACCCUAAAACCUGUACAUGGGGGGUACUGUUUUACUCGGGAGACUUCGCUGAACACAAAUAUUAGUGAUUCAAAACAGUAAAACAUAUCACAGCGAUGAUAUUGUCAGUGAAAGUUACUUUUUUUGCAUUUUUCACACACAAACAGCACUUUUACUGAUGAUAUAAUUGUUGUGAUACGUUUUCCAGUUUUUAAACACUAAUAUUUGUGUUCAGCGAUGUCUCCCGAGUAAAACAGUACCCCCCAUGUACAGGUUUUAUAGCAUUUUUGAAAGUUACAAGGUCAAAUAUAUGGGUCAAAUAUUUUUACAUUGAAAAUGGCCAGGUUGGUUACGUUGCCUUUGAGAGCGUAUGGUAGCCCAGGAAUGAGAAUUACCCCCAUGAUGGCAUACCAUUUGCAAAAGAAGACAACCCAAGGUAUUGCAAAUGGGGUAUGUCCAGUCUUUUUUAGUAACCACUUGGUCACAAACACUGGCCAAAAUUAGCGUUCAAUUUAGUUUUUUUACUUUUUUCACACACAAACAAAUAUGAAUGCUUACUUUGGCCAGUGUUUUCGACUAAGUGGCUACUAAAAAAGACUGGACAUACCCCAUAUUGAAUACCCUGGGUUGUCUACUUUAAAAAAAAUAUGUACAUGUGUGGUGUUAUUCAGAGAUUUAUGACAGAUAAUAGUGUUACAAUGUCACUAUUGAUAAAUUUUAAAAAUGUAUGUUUUGAAACCGCAAUAUCCUACUUGUACCUAUAGCCCUAUAACAUGCAAAAAAAAGCAAAAAAGCACGUAAACACUAGGUAUUUUUAAACUCAGGACAAAAUUUUGAAUGUAUUUAGCAGUUUUUUUCAUUCGCUUUUGUAGAUGAGUAAAAGAUUUUUCAAGUAAAAGUCAAAAAACUUAUUUUUUUUAAAUUUUUCAUCAUAUUUUUUUAUUUUUUUUAAAUUAAAAUACAUGAGAUUAUAUAAUAAUGGUAUGUAAAGAAAGCCCCUUUUGUCCUGAAAAAAACAAUAUAUAAUUUGUAUGGGAACAGUAAAUGAGAAAGCGGAAAAUUACAGCUAAACACAAACACCACAAAAGUGUAAAAAUAUGCCUGGUCGCAAAUGUACAACAGCGCAAAAACAGUCCAGUCCUUAAGGGGUUAAUCGCAAUACCAGGAGCUAUUAAAAUUUAUUUAUUUACAUAUACAUUGGAUUAAAAAAAAUCUAUUGUAUUUACUUUAAAAAAAAAUGCCAUUAUGAUUUGUGACAUAGGUUUUUAAACUGACACUCAAAGAUUUGCACCCUGCUAUCCUGUACAUUAUUUUGGCUUGACAUAAACGGGAUGGAACAAACUCUUACAAUCAGGUGAAGUGGUUAUGGUACAAAAAAUAUACAAAUAUAAUAAAGCAUAUACUUACCAAUACCUGCCCUUGAGUCCCAUUUAUAAUAGGGCUAGUCCCUCUAGUUCAUUGGUGCUCCAAUUGGUAUCUUCCUUUCUGUUCUUUUCAUUGGAGUAAUCCAUCUCCACUUCACCUGUUCCUUGGUGAAGUUUGACAAGCAGCCCUUCUCUCAGCUGAUCGCAAUUCUGUGGUCAGCGAAAAACGGAAGUGAUGUUUUCGAAACACUUCCGUGCGUUUUAGCAUGCAUUCCAAAGAUCAUAAUUCCAAAAUGACUGUGCAUUCCAUUAUGGAUCUGGGGAGAAUAUAAAUCGAUCUCCUCAUGGUGUUCUCCAUGAACAUCAAUAUUCACUAAACAGAUAAGUAUAAACUUCAAAAGUUAUGUUCUAGUGAAGAGAAAACAUUAUGUAAGGAGAGUAUGCAAUACAUUCAAAGUGUCAAUUCCCCUCAUGGCCAAUGGCGUACCAACCACGAUCGCAGGGGUCGCACUGCAGGGGGCCCGGCUGCAGCCAUGACCCCUGCGACCGUGGGAGCCUAGAUACCGCCUCCAGAUUCCCCUGUCAUAGGGGAGCCCAAGAGUUGGCCUGCUGGUCACCGGCUUGCGACUGAGUUUCUGUCAGAGGCGGCGAGGGAGCUUCCUGCACUGCUCCCUUGCGCGCCCUUUGAUGAUGCAGGGAGCCAGAAUAUGACGUCAUAUUCCGGAUCCCGGCAUCAGUAGACAGCCCUCAAGGGAGCAGAGCAGAGAGAACACGGCUCCCUCUCCACCUCUGACAGGAACUCUGCCGCCCGCCGCACUGAAGCCCCACUGGACCCCAGGGACAGAUCCACGCCAGCUCUCCAGGUAGGGAGGCUGGUUGGACAUAUUAUAUGAAUAGUUUGUGUGUGUCUGAAUGUGUGUGUGUCUGUGAGUAUGUGUGUUUGUCUGUAAGUGUAUGUGUGUGUGUGUGUCUGUAAGUGUAUGUGUGUGUCUGUGUGUGUGUGUGUGUGUGUGUGUCUGAAUGGGUGUGUGUAUGAGUGUAUGUGUGAGUGUGUGUGUCUGAAUCUGUGUGUGUCUGUGAGUGUAUGUGUGUGUCUGAAUGUGUGUGUGUCUGUAAGUGUAUGUAUAUGUUGUCUUUAAGUGUAUGUGUGUCUGUGAGUGUAUGUGUGUGUCUGUGAGUGUAUGUGUGUCUGAGUUUAUGUGUGAGUGUGUGUAUGUAUGUGAGUAUAUGUGUGUGUCUGAAUGAGUUUGUGUCUAAGUGUAUGUAUGUGUGUGUCUGAGUGUAUGUGUGAGUGUGUGUGUGUGUCUGUGAGUGUAUGUGUGUGUCUGAAUGUGUGUGUCUGUAAGUGUAUGUAUAUGUUGUCUGUAAGUGUAUGUGUGUCUGUGAGUGUGUGUGUGUGUCUGUGAGUGUGUGUGUGCCUGAGUGUAUGUGUGAGUGUGUGUGUGUCUGAAUGUGUGUAUGUGAGUAUAUGUGUGUGCCUGAACGAGUGUGUGUCUGUAAGUGUAUGUAUGUGUCUGAGUGUAUGUGUAAGUGUGUGUGUCUGUGAGUGUGUGUGUGUGCCUGUAAGUGUAUGUGUGUGUUUGUGUGUCUGUGAAUGUAUGUGUGUGUCUGUGAGUGUGUGUCUGAAUGUGUGUGUCUGAGUGUUUGUGUGUGUCUGAAUGUAUGUGUGUCUGUGAGUGUGUGUGAGUAUGUGUGUGUGAAUGUGUGUGUGUCUGUGAGUGUGUGUGUGUCUGAAUGUAUGUGUCUGCAUGUGUAUUUGUUUGUCUGCAUGUGGGGGGAGCAGGGACAUAUGGGGUGGGAAGUAGAUGUAUGGGGGGCACCAGGGCAAUUUUAUUACCGGGGCCCCAUGGUUUCUAGUUACGCCUCUGCUCAUGGCAUUACAAGGAUAGGUGGGAUGUUUUUUAUGAAUAAGCAUUUUAAAGUGCAAAAUAUAUGUAUAGUUAAAUGCAACCUAUUAAAUAAUUUGUUAUGAUUUUAUCUAAUGGACAUAAACAUAUUAGUCUAUCAAAGUGUACAUAAACUUCAUAAAUUCAACAUAAUAAAAAACCAAUGAACAAAUGUUGGUGCCACACAUACUCACCCAGGAGUAAUGGGAGUUUGAGCACAGGACUAGUUUAUUUGUAUUCACUUUUGCAUCACACAGCUAGGUUGCAAUGCUGCUGCCCAUCCCAUGUGUUCCCUAUCAAGGUUUAAUAAGCAUGUUGGGAUGUAUAUAAAAAAUACCCCUUUCUGUCUCAUUAGAGAUAUUUUUGCCACAAGCUCAAGGAAGCAAGGUGAAUGGUUAGCGUUAGGACUCCAUUUGUUUAAAAAUACAUAGGGAUGUUUAAAGAGCACAGGCAACUUUUUUCCUUUGGUUUUUACUAUAUGUAUUUUAGCUGAUGUGUACUAUGGUCACUGCUGCCGCCCAGGAGUAAUGAGAGUUUGAGCGCAGGACUAGUUCCUUUGUAUUUGUAUACACAUACCCAUUUGUUUAUCAAAACGAGUUCAAAGGUUCUCUACCUUAAAUUUUAUAAUUAUGUUAUCAAUGUAAAGUAUUCCAUCUCUAUUCUUAUUUUGGGUUUUAGAGCAUAACUUUGGGCUAAAAGAUUUUUGAUGUUACGAUUCUUCCUAUAAAUUAGGUUGGGGUGUUCUGGCAAUGAAUUCCUCAGUAAAGUGUCCCGUAGCAAAAUUGACCAAUGUAUCUGUAGACUUCUUUUAAUUUGUUGGUGAUCAACAUUGUAUUGUGUGGCCAAAGCAUAUUGAAAGUGUCUCCAGAUUGUUUAACCUUUUUGCUUGUACAUUAACAACCAAUUUCUUUCCAUCCUCUUUGUUACCCUAAUUUCCUUCUCUAAACAAGUUUUACUAUAUCCUUUUUCCAUAAGUUUAUUUUUUGAUGUAUAAUUACUGGGUUUCGAAGUGAGAACAAUUGCGUCUCUGACCUUUUGCUAUUCCCCUCAACCAGGUCUAGUGAUGGCAGCUAUUUUUAUGAACAUAUUCAUUGCCAUCUGGUGGUUUAAAAAAACAUUUGGUCUCAAUAUUGUCAUCCUUACAUAAAGGUGUUAAAUCUCAAAGGUUUAUUGUGAAUUUGUCCCAUACUGGUGUGAAUUUCAGAUGUUGUUGGUUCUCAUUGAGAUAAUCCACAAAUCCUUGAAAAAAAGAAAAAGACCCCUUCCAAAUAUUAAUUACAUCAUCGAUGCACCAGGUUCUCUCCCCAGCCAUGAUCAGACCAAACAAAAAGAUCUAGGUGUUGGCAUAGCUGGGGGCGAACCUGCUGCCCAUGGUGGUCCGCAGGAUUUGUAAAUAAAAAUCUUCAUUAAAGAAAAAAUAAUUAUGUUAUGCUAAAAUAAAUUUAACAGAAGUGACAACAAAAUCAAGUUUUUGGGGUAUAUUAGCAUUCCGACUCAUGAAGUAAAAAAUAGCUUUAAGUCCCAAACUGUGUUCAAUAACCGUGUAUAAUGAUGUAACGUCGAGUGUUGCCCAGCUGUAGUCUGGUCUCCACUCGAGGUUUUCUAUUUCCUGCAAAAAACGACUUAGUGUCUUUUAUGUAAGAUGGGCCUAUCUGUGCAUAUGUUUGUAAAGAGGAAUUCACAAGUGCCGAUAAAUUAGCGGUAAGAGAAUCUAUCCCGCUAAUUAUCGGACAUCCAAGGGGUUGUAAUACAUUUUUUUGAAUUACGAUCUUUGGAAUGCAUGCUAAAAGACAUCACUUCUGGUUUUUGUCGACCACAGAAUUGCGAUCAGCUGAAAGAAGGGCUGCUUGUCAAACUUCACCAAGGUACAGGUGAAGUGGAGAUAAAUUCCUCCAAUGAAAAGAGAAGAAAGGAAGACACCCAUUGGAGCAUCAAUGAACUGGAGUGACUAGCCCUAUUUAAAUGGGACUCGACAGCAUGUAGAAAUAGGCUGCUUUUUUGGGAGCAUUACUGCUAUUAUUGUUUUUAUUGAUAUUGGUCUCUGACGAAACGCGUAAAACCAAACUAAUUUUUUUGGUUACUUUUUAUAUUUCCAACAAAUGAAUUUAUUUUAUACCUAUCUACCUAUCGGAGUCCUGCAUGGUUCCUGAUGCUUUGGUGAUACUAGGUGAUAUAAGAUGAUAUUAUCCCCCACCUACUUUUUGGGAGACACUUUUAGAGCAAAUUUACUUCAACUUCUUGUGAGUGCAAUCUAUAGCAGGGAAUAUUAUUUUCCCUAUAAACUGUGUUACACUAUGCAGUGGUUAUGGUGCCUGGAGAGUCCAUUUAAAAUGUAAAGAAUUGUUCAAAUGUUUCUAAACUGUAAUGACAAAAUUGAGAAAUAAACAUAUAUUGCUAAAAUUAAGUAUGAUGUAGAGGUUGUAGUAAAAUAAAAAAAUAUCCUAAUAUUUUUAACUGAUCACGUUAUUUAAAAUCAGCCAUUUUUUAUUACCAACCAGUUGUAAACAGAGUGAUUAAGCUCUGUAAUUUCAUAUGUAUGAAUAAGACUGAUACAGACAACUACAUGCAUGAUGUCUGCUCUCUCCUCAAACCAGAAAUUACACUAUAAUUUGAUCAGAGUUCUCAGAGAUUUAUCUUUUUUUUCUAAUCAGAACAUCAGCAGAUAUAAUGGUUGAUGAAGACUCCAAUUUCUUAUGUGCAUAAAUAAAUAUUGUAAAUAUAUUCCAAGGAACAUUAUGCACCAACACAAGUUAGGUGCAUUUGGUAAGAUUUGGCCUUAUGUGCAUGUCAUGGUUUUCUCAGAGUUUCCUUUAGCAAAAAAUAAAUAAAAAUAAUAAUUGCAUGUUUCCCCUUUUUAUAAAAUGUCUUCCUCAUCGAAUGGGAAAUAAUGAAUAAUGUUGCCUAGCCAAUGACAGAUCAGUGUUAGCUAAAAUGUUGUCUUGACUCCGCCCCACAGCCAACCACUGUCUUUUUUUUAUCAUACUUGCAGAGAAUGCUCACUAGUCUAAAACUGAAUGAAGAAGUAAAAAAAAACAUGAGCAGAUGAUCAAUACAUUUUUAAUUUAGUAGUGUAUUUAACUCCUGACCACUGAUGGAUAACAAAUGCGGUGACUGCUUUCGGGUAGUGCAGGUGACUGCAAAAUAUAACUUUUGAGAGUUCAACAACAGGAGCCGGCUUGCAAGAGGUACUGGAGCAAUGCCAUACAUACACAAUAAAAUUAUGAAUUAGCAGCAACAAUUAAUUAACAGUAUAAAUGAAUUAAGAUAUAAAUUAAAUGGGAGAUAUAAAAUUAUCUAUCAAUUAUAUCAAACUAUUUUGCCCCGAGAGACCAUAAUAAUGGUGAAUUAAUGCAAUACAAGGAUAACUGUACAUCAAAUCACUUUAUUGAUAAUCUUUAGAUAAGUAUGUGACGCAGACAACACAAUAGUGAAUGGAUACAAUAUUAGGAAACAAUUUACUGAUAAUUGUUCAUCAAAUCACAUUAUUAAUGAUCUCUAGGAAAGUAUGUGAUGCAAACAACAGGUCCCAAUAUUUCUGAUUUAAAAGCAAAAAUCACUGCAAGUGAUAUAGAUUUAAUAUUAAGAGACACAUAAUAGCAUGUCAAGAACUAUUGGCAAGUAUUGGAUGAUCUAAUUGUAUGGUUCCAGGUAAUACCAGGUACAAAGGUCUUUGUCAUUAAGAAGCAUGACUGAAUAAACAUUCUGCAAUAUGAGCAUUUUAUGGCUUUAUGUUCAAUUUAGGCUCUUUUAUUGCACUACUAAUGGGUGUAGGAUUAGCUAUGAAAGAGAAUAGAGAAUAUAAAAAAAAUGUUAAUAAAAAUAUUUGUCAAUAUAUACUAAGGGUUGGUGUUUUUUUUUUUUUUUUACUGAAACAUUACCGCGUACACUAUAAUAAUACACUUUAUCUAAUAAUUAAUAUUAUUAUUCCUGCAAUUCAGCCAAAUUCAAGCCAAUUGGGUAAUAGGCCAAAAUUGCACUUUCCACUUGCCAGAUGCUCAUUUUCAUUCUUUUUUCUCAAAACCAUUCCUGGCACCAGAAAAAGGGUAAAUGGAAUAGAGUAGAGGUUGUUUUUUUGGCCGUGACAAAUAAGCAGCUUAGAUUGCAAUAAUGGAGAGGUGAGCCCAAGAGGUGAGUUGUAUCUCCGGUCUGAUCAAGAGAUCAAAAACUAAAGAUGGUUAGGGGUUAGCCAGUAAAUAUUGAUUUCAUUCAGAGAUCAGACUACAACUGACCGAUAGAUGCAAAAAAGGAGGUGCAGUAAAAUGGUCUAUACUUCCAAGCAGGAGUUUUACAGACACUCUGACUGAGGGAGGCAGACCAACACUAAUACUGUGUGUUUUAGCCUUUGUGUGCCUGUAUGUGAGUGGGAGGUAGCCUGGGUCAUUGAUUCUAGAGUGAGAAAGGUUUAGCUUGCUGCUUUGUGGAGCUAGAUAGCUACCUCCAGGAGUACUUGAAACAACUUUGAGUAGAAGAUAGGAGAUUACCAUUUUGUCUUUGAGAAAAUAGUUACUCUUUCCUAGCUACUCCCAUAUUGAUUGUCAGACAAACUCUGCAAACUCUGCAUGGUAGAGAUAGCCUGCUUUAAUUAUCCUCAUGUGACAAUGUUGUUCUGGAGGUCUUUGAUCACCCAAUAAAGCUUACUGAUACUAAACAACAUAUCAAAGUCACUAUAAGGCUUUUAAUGGACCUCUGGUUUAGGACAUUUCUUUCAGGUUUGCCCUAAAUUUAGAGACCAUGGCUAAAUUGACCAGCUGUGUUUUCUAAAGGGCUUGAAGGACAUUGGCAAUAAUCAUGACUUUAUAUACGGAGUUAACAUAAUCAUAUUAGACAAACUAAAUGUGUAUUUUAAACUACCUAAUUUUAAUGCAUAUGAAAAGCUCAAGCAAGCCUCCUGCCUACAGACUAUUGGCCUGGCACCAAGAGCCCUUAAAAGGUGCUAUUGUCACAGUGGGGAGUAUUAUGGGGACACCGGAUGCUUGUUGUGGUUCCCAGCUGGACUCGAAGAUCUCUGGGGAUCACCUGGAAUGGGUUUACACUUCCAGUGCCUGACAGGAAGAUAAACUGAAACACUCUGGAACUGUUCCUCAGAUCCAGACUGUGCCGAGGUCCAGUCAAUCGUUAAGCAGGUAUUACUUGAUCCCUGACCACCAAAUAGAGCGCUCUUUUGAGGGUAGAUCAACAAGACAAGGAGGCAUUAGAGGAUACCUGGGGCUUAAGAGUGUUUUCCUCCCCAAAGGUCCGGGAAUCCCAUUCUGAAUCCCUGACCAAGACGCCGCAUGUAUGAAACUCGUCACCUGAUCGAAGAAAAGCUGCGAUCCGGUAAACCUUUAACAUGCUGUAACUUGAGUGCAGAUUCUCCAAUCAGGACACUGUUUGUACAGCGAGAGCACUUAGUGACAAGCUUUCCAGAGAUAAAUAUUACGGUUGAGGGAAAGAGUGUACUGGCAUAUACUUUCUAUGCUGUGCCUUUAGGACUGUGAGGGUGUGCAGAAGAAAGCCAAUUGUGUUACCUGGGGAUAAUAUAAUGAAAUGACAGAGUAGCACUGCGGAGGGACAAUUGUACUGUUCAUUGCUUUGUAUGGAGGACCCCCUGCAGUCAACACAGUUCACUGGCUUUGCAUCUCUUUCUGAGUUGCGUUUUAAAGAUGUUGUAUACAACAAACAUAAAUUCCAAGAAAUCCAUGUUUAAAGUGGACUAAUGAGGCAAAAGGGUGAUUCUUUGAACUAAUCUGCAUUUGCCAACCCAGAAUCCCUUGAAGUAAUAACAUCACUGCAAAUUUGAGAUUUCUGUGGAAAAAGCAAGUCUUAUGACUUGACAGGUGUGUGCAGAUCUGUGUUUAACAAUGUAUGCAAUAUACAUUGUAUAUAUAUAUAUAUAUAUAUAUAUAUAUGUGGUGUGUAUUACUGUUAUUGCUUAAUUUAUUUAUAAAAUAUUUUAUCAGGAAAGAUACAUUGAGAUUUCUCUCGUUUUCAAGUAUGUCCUGGGCCCACAAAUCAUUGCAUUGUUACAUUAGGUACAACAAAAUACAAAAACCAUAUUAUUGCACAAUAUAUACAAAAUUUAUCAUAGAACAGGCAGGAAAUAUCUAAUCAACCAUGACACGUGCAUUCUGUUUUGAGGUAUGUAGAGAGGGAUCUCUUAAAUUACUUUAGGCUUAGGGAAGAUUUUAAAUUGUGCGGGAGGUCGUUCCACAAUUGCGGUGCUCUGUAGGAGAAGGAGGAUCGGGCCGCUUUCUUUUUGUAUUGAGGUAAACUAAGUAAAGUGCUUGUACUGGAUCGGAGCUUAUAGAAAGUGGGAACAGCUGGGGAAAGCAUUUUGUUCAGGCAGGGUGGGAGUUUUCCAGAAAAGCUCUUAAACACAAGGCUGGAAAGAUGAAGGGUGUGUCUGGAUUCCAGCGAUAGCCAGUUUAGUUCCUUUAGCAUGUCACAAUGAUGGGUCCUGUAAUUACAUUGUAGCACAAAUCGGCAGAACGAGUUAUACAAUGUGUUGAGUUUAUUAAUGUGGGAUUGCGAUGCAGACGCAUAUACUACAUCCCCAUAAUCAAUGAUUGGCAUCAGCAUUUGCUGUACAAUCUUUUCCUUUACUGUAGGGCUUAGGCAGGCUUUGUUUCUGUACAGGGCACCUAAUUUUGGAUAAAGUUUAGAUGCAAGCUUUUCUAUGUGCAGGCCAAAAGAUAGAUUGGGGUCUAAUAUCAUACCCAAGUAUUUGAAAGAGUGGACUGCGGUCAGUGUGCCAUUUGAAUUUGUUUUGAUGGAUAGGUGGGAAUUGUGUAAUUUGUGUAAUUUAGGUACUGUUCCAAAGAUCAUUGUGACAGUUUUGUCAGUGUUCAGGAAGAGUUUGUUUUUAGCGAUCCACUUUUCUACCUCUGUAAACUGGUCUUGGAGCAAAGCCUCAAGUUGCGGUAGAUCGGAAUUGCUUGCAUAGAUUACCGUGUCAUAUGCAUACAUGUGUACAUUUGAGGAUUGGCAGACAUUAGGCAGAUCAUGUAUAAAUAAUGUAAAUAGUAGGGGGCCGAGAAUGGAACCCUGGGGAACACCACAUGUGACUGGGAGAGGGAGGGAGUCACUGUCAGAAAUGGACACAUAUUGCAAGCGAUCCGAUACAUACGAUCAAAACCAGUCUAGAGAACGAUCACCAAUACUUGAGUUUUCGAGUUUGUGCAGUAGAAUGUCGUGGUCUACUGUGUCAAAUGCCUUGCAAAAUCAAGGAAAAUAGCUCCAGUUAGGGCUCCUUGUUCCAUGCCAGUUUGGAUGUCAUUGCAAACUUUUAGGAGGGCAGUUGUAGUGGAGUGAUUCUGGCGAAGGCCUGAUUGAUCAGGGGUCAGAUAGUUUAAUUGUUGGUAGUACUCACAAAGUUGCGUAUGGACACAUUUUUCUAAGAUUUUUGACAAUACCGGGAGCAAUGAUAUUGGGCGAUAGUUAGAAACCAAAGUAGUGUCACCACUUUUAUGGAUAGGCACUACUCUCGCAGUCUUCCAAAGUUUGGGUAUGUAUCCAGACACCAAGGAUUCAUUAAUUAGAGCUGAGACGAGUUUAGCAAUUGCCGGCGCACUGAGCUUCAACAGCAUUGCUGGGAUUUGAUCAGGUCCGGACUGGUUUUUAAUUUUUAGAUUAUUAAGAUGUUUUUUAAUGACACUAACAGGUACAGGUCUAAAAUUAAACUUAUCUAUAUUGGGCCUUUGCAAAUUUAGUGGGGCCUGAUGCCGGGGAAGUGAGGGAUUUUGGGCGAUUUGGGUGUCGGCGAACGGGUUAUCGAAGGGGGAGGGCGUGCUCGUUAAAGUGAUUACUAGACAUAGGCCCAGGUUCUGUAUACGAACACCGUCAUCACUCUUUAUUAUUUGUCUACUAUUGCAAUUAGGCCCUUCUCUUUCUAUUAAAGUCAAAGUCAAAACACUCGCUUGAGAAGAACUCAUAACCGGUUUCCUGUGUCUCAGCCAUCUUCGUGUAGCGUUAUGAAUUCAAACGUUGAGAACUUGCCACCACAUAUAAUUCGCCAGGUUUACAAAGAAGUUUCCACGUUGACAUCUGAUCCCCCAGAAGGAAUAAAGAUCUUUCCUAAUGAAGAGGAUAUAACAGAUGUACAAGUCAGCAUUGAAGGACCAGAAGGCACCCCUUAUGCUGGAGGGAUUUUCAGAAUGAAGCUAAUCCUGGGCAAAGAUUUCCCAGCAGCACCUCCAAAAGGAUACUUCCUAACAAAGAUAUUUCACCCAAAUAUUAGUUCCAAUGGAGAGAUAUGUGUCAAUGUAUUGAAGAAAGAUUGGAAGGCUGAGUUAGGCAUAAGACACGUUUUGCUUACAAUAAAGUGUUUGUUGAUUCACCCGAACCCAGAGUCAGCACUGAAUGAAGAGGCCGGGCGCCUCUUACUGGAGAACUACGAAGAGUAUGCAUCCCGCGCUAAACUCAUGACGGAAAUCCAUGCUCAGGCUUCCAACUUUAGGGGCAAGGAUCCUAGUAAGUGGUAGAGGUUAACACAGUAAAGGAGUUUAAGCAUGCGUGGGAUAGGCAUAAGGCUAUCCUAACUAUAAGAUAAGGCUAGGGACUAAUGAAAGUAUUUAGAAAAUUGGGCAGACUAGAUGGGCCGAAUGGUUCUUAUCUGCCGUCACAUUCUAUGUUUCUAUGUUUCUAUUUGUAGUUUCAGGAUGCGUGUAAUUUAUUAGCUUGGCAAUCAGGGCAGUAGAGCAUCCGACAAAAUAAUUGUUAAAGGCAUUUGCUACGUCUAAGGGAAGUUGCAGGGUUUGGUUACCCACUUUGACAGUGGAGGGUUGGGAGUGGAUUUGGGGAGUUUGUAGUUUAUUUAUGACUUUCCAAAAGUUUCUAGGGUUUGAGAUGUUACUGUUCAGAUUUUCAUAGAAAUAUUGGGCCUUGGCCAGUUUUGUCUGUUUUGUGCAUAUAUUUUGCCAUUGUCUAUAUGCACCGUGAUCAUUCAUAGACCCAGUACGCUUAAACUUUGACCACAAAGAAUCCCGAAACUGGUACAUUUGGAUGAGGCCAGCUGUGAUCCAGUUCAUAUCUGCUCCUUUUACCCUCACCUUACGCAGCGGGGCAUGCAAAUUCCAAAUUUGUAGGAGUUUAGACUGAAAGUAUUUAACAGCACAGUCUAGAUCUGGGAUAAUGUUUAAUCUGUGCCAUGAGAGAUUCUUGAUGUAAUUUAAAAAGGAUUCAAGAUUAAAUUUUUUGAAGGACCUAGUUUUUUUAACCUUGGGAGAGGAUUUAAUAGCCUUUAUUUUGCGCACGCAGUACACUAAACAGUGAUCACUGAACAUGUUUGGGAGAACACCAACCUCCUGGAUUCUAUCAGGAGAAGUGGAGAGAAUCCAAUCUAGCAGGGUAUGGUUAUGGCUUUUAAUGUUUAUGCGAGUUGGGGAGGAGAUUAAUUGCGUUAGCUGCAAAGUCUUAAACAGCGUGCAAGAACUAUUAUUUUUAGGGUUCAGCCAAUCAAUAUUAAAAUCUCCAAAGACCAACAGUUCACUUUUUGGGUUUUGAGCUAUGGUUUCACUAAGGAGAUGGGCUAUGUCAGAAAGGGAAUGCACAGGGGAGCUAGGUGGGUGGUAGAUUCCUGCAACAAUGAUUGAUUUACUGCACGGGAUCUCAAUUCUGCCAGAAAGGAAAUCAAAGAUGGCAGGAGGACUAAGGUUUUGUAAAGGGGUAAACUUUAUGGAAUUGUCAACAUAAAUAACAAUGCCUCCUCCUCUCUUUGCUCUGUCAUUUCUAAAACAUGAAUAACCCUGUAUUGCAAUGGCGGUGUCUGGUAUUUUAGCCGUUAACCAUGAUUCUGAGAGCACAAUGAUUUUUGGUUUGUAAUGGGAACACCAGGCUUGCAGUGCAUCCAGUUUAGGGAGUAAACUAUGGAUGUUGCAGUGCACAAAAGAGAGGCCUUUUUUAGUGGGGAGAUUAGGACUAGAAUUAGCUGGGGGACCAGGGUUAGACUCCACAUAAUUUGCAAGGGCAAGUAACAUAAGGAGUAGGAAUUUGGACAUCAUCUUUGUUUGGCCAUAUAGUGAAUGGGAUAAUUUAUAAUUUUGUGAGUUUGGGGUAGGAGGGCUAUUUUUUAUAACUCUCCACCAGCACUCAGCAGAUAAGGUAAAGGAACAGAGCAGGCCAUGGUGUAUUAUAAUUUGUGUUCCAGUUUGAGGUGUGUGCUUAUGCUGGUAGUGGUGUGAACAAAAUUGGAUUGAGAAAAGGAUUAUUAAGAAUAACAGUAUGGUUAUAUUAGGAUUCAUGUUAGUGGUAUGAGGUGUGUAGUUGAAAAUGAAACAGAAAUUGCGAGAAAAAAAAUUAAAUAGAAGUAUAUGGUUUUGGUGUGUGAUAUAUCUAUUUGUAGUGAGAGAGGGUAUGUGUUCUAUAAGGUUAAGAGAUUAAAGGGUGUGCUGAUCAGUGGUUGCACCUGUCAUUUCAGUAGAUUGAAAGUUGUGUGGGAGACUAUCUAUAAAUGAGAAAAUGACCAUGGGGUAGGGUGGGAGGGAAAAGUCAGUCUUCCAGAAGGCUACCUGUUUCAAAUGGCCAUGGAACAGCUGAUGGAGCUCUGAGUUCUAUGGACUGGGUAUGUUUAAAAAUCAGACUGUGGGAGAGAGAUGUAUAUUAGUUUCAGAUGGGCUAAGAGAUGGGGGGGGGUGCAUAGAUGGACAUUUGAUUUAAGGUCAUUUAAUGAAAAACAAAUGCAAAGAUUGAGAAUUACAGAGAUAAGACAGAGGUAUUUAAGUAUUAAUAAAGCAACAGUUGAAAUUUACCCUAAAGACUCCUGAGUGCUCUCUACUGGGAUUGUAUAUAAUUUGGUUGAAGACAGCACUGGAGCAGAAAAGACAAGGAGCAUUGAGUGCGGGGACCUGGGAUUUAUAUAUAUAUAUAUAUAUAUAUAUACACACACACAAACAAAAAAAAGAAUGUCUAGUACUAAAUAGAGUUGAGCGAACCUGAACCGCAAAGUUUGGGUUCGUACCGAACAUUACGUUUUUUGGAUGCCGGACCCGAACACGGACAAAUUACUGUAUGUUCGGGUUGGAGUUUGGUGUUUGGCGAUUUAAUGAAAUGUUUUGAAAGGCUGCAGGACAGCCAAUCAACAGGCGUUUGACUCGUGUGCCCUUAGAAGCCAUCACAGCCAUGCCUACUAAUGGCAUGGCUGUGAUUGGCCAGUGCAGCAUGUGACCCAGCCUCUAUAUAAGCUUGUUACUUAGUAUUAUUAAAUUAUGCCCCUACUCACUAUACCGCGAUUAGGGGCAUGUCUAUUAACCCCUUAAGACCGGAGGGCGUACUAUUACGCCCUAUUUUAGGCGGCUCUAAACGCCGCCGGGUGUAAUAUUACACCCUCCCUUUUUUUUUUACUUACCCGGUCGCCGACGAUCCCAUGUCGGCGAUCGCGGCUGGGGGGACUCCCAGGGAGCCCCGCGCGGCACAUCCAACCUCCUGCAGCCCCCCUGGCCAUGUGAGAGUGAGGUCCUUGCGAGGACCUCACAAUCACAUGGCUGGGUUAGCUGGCUGCUGCAUUGCCAGCAGGGGGACUGCCUGUAAUGACAGUUAAUCCCCCUUAUGGCUAAAUUCAAAUAAAAUUAAAAGUUAAUAAGUGUAAAAAAAAAUAAUUAUAUACUUAGAUCAUAUAUAUAUAUGUUAUAUAUAUAUAUGAUCUAAGUAUAUAUAUACACAUAUACAUGCACACAUACACUGUCUAGGUGUAUUUUACUAUUAAUAUAUAUAUAUUAUAAAAUUAUAUAUAUAUAUUAAUAUCAAAUUACACGUAGACUGAUACUGAUUAAAUAUAUACAUAUAUAUAUAAUUAUUGUUAUAUAUAUUUAUAUAUAACAUUAAAAAAAUAUGUAAAUACGUUAAAAAAUAAAAUUUAAAAAAUAAUUAAAAAUAAAUAAUUAAAAAAAUAUAUACAUGUGUAUUAUUUCGUUCUAACUGUAUUGUGAUAUUAAUAUAUAUAUAUAUAUAUAUAUAUAUUUAUAUCAAAAUACACAUAGAACAAAAUAAUAUAUAUAUCUAUAUACAUAAAUAUAUACAUAUAUAUCACUAUAUAUAUAAACCUAUAUAUAAAUAAAAAUAUUAAAAAAAAUUAUAUAUAUAUAUAUAUACACAUACGUAUAUAUAUAUAUUUAUAUAUAUAUAUAUAUAUAUACAUAUAUUAAUUCUACAUUUAUAUUUAUGUCAUAUUUUUACAUAAUUAGGUAUCUUAAUUAAUUACAAUUAGCUGGACCUGCUUGACAACCCAUGCCGAAAGUAAAGGGAAUUUAAUUAGCUAGCACUAAUUUAACCCUAUAACUUUCCAAGACACCAUAAAACCUGUACAUGGGGGGUACUGUUUCACUCGACAGUACAAUGUAUUACAACGAUGAUAUCGCCAGUAAAAGUGACAUUUUUUGCAUUUUUCACUCACAAACAGCACUUACACGGACGAUAUUAUUACUGCAAUACUUUUUACUGUUUUGAAACACAAAUAUUUGUGUUCAGCAAAGUCUCCCGAGUACUACAGUACCCCUCAUGUACAGGUUUUAUGGUGUUUUCAAAAGUUACACCGUCAAAUAUAAGGCUUGUGUUUCAUUUUUUUCACAUUAAAAUUCGCCAGAUUGGUUACGUUGCCUUUGAGACCCUAUGGUAGCCCAACAAUGAAAAUUACCCCUAUGAUGGCAUACCAUUUGCAAUAGUAGACAACCCAAGGUAUUGCAAACAGGGUAUGUCCAGUCUUUUUUAGUAGCCACAGUCACAAACACUGGCCAAAAUUGGCGUUUUUUGCAUUUUUCACACAAACAAAUACUAACACUAAUUUUGGCCAGUGUUUGUGGCCAAAUGGCUACUAAAAAAGACUGGACAUAACCCAUUUGCAAUACCUUGGGUUGUCUACUAUUGCAAAUGGUAUGCCAUUAUGGGUGUAAAUUUCAUUCCUGGGCUACUAUACAGUCUCAAAGGCAACAUAACCUAUCUGGCGAAGUUCAAUUUCAAAUGUAACGUGCUAUAUUUGACCCUGUAACUUCCCAAAACGCCAUAAAACCUGUACAUAGGGGGUACUGUUUUACAUGUGAGACUUUGCUGAAUACAAAUAUGUGUAUUUUAUUGCAGUAAAAGCAAACAGUAUUAUGACAUUGACAGUUAAAAUGUCAUGUAGAACCAAAAAAAAUAAAUAAAUCUUAUUUUCUCCCAUUUUUUUCAUAUUAAAUUAUGUUUCAUAGAUAAAUAUUUGAUAUUAAAUGAAAGCCCUGUUUCCCCUGAAUAAAAUGAUAUAUAAUAAGGGUGGGUGCAUUUACUAUGAAAGAGGUGAAUUACGGUUGGAAAGACAUGUAGCACAAAUGCCAGGUUUUGUUUACAUUUUGUUUUGUUCACAACCCCUUAAGGGUCCUCCCUCAUUAUUUUUAGGAUGAGGAGGGUUGGUAGGCGUUAUUUUUUGGGGGCAGGGCGGUUCUAGGGGUUUGGGGACCCCUUGUCACCUGGGGGGGUUAAAUUUUUAUUUAGGGCCCCCACCCGCCGAUAAGCGGUGGGGGACGGGGGAGGACAGUAGGUUCCCCCCUUAUUGUUAUUUAGGGCCCCCACCCACUGUGCAGGAAUAGCCUUCCAGCUGAAGUGGUAGAGGUUAACACAGUAAAGGAGUUUAAGCAUGUGUGGGAUAGGCAUAUGGCUAUCCUAGCUAUAAGAUAAGGCCAGGGACUAAUGAAAGUAUUUAGAAAAUUGGGCAGACAAGAUGGGCAGAAUGGUUCUUAUCUGCCGUCACAUUCUGUUUCUAUGUUUCUAUGUAGGAUUUGCUUUAUCUUUCUAAUUCAUUGUCUACCUACUAAUGUACAUUUUUACUACUGGACAUUAAGGGUAUAUCUGCAGUUAUUAAUUUGUAUUAAUGAACUUAUUUAAUGGAUUAAUUUAUGCAUUUAUGAUAUGUUUAAUCAGGGACAUUCUUUUCUUCUUUUUUUUUUCUUUAUUUCAUUUAUUUUUUUUAAAUUUAAGAUCCUUUACGGUAUUUGUUUGUUCUGAUUUCUUAAUUUAUAUUUAAAGGACCACUAUAGGCACCCAGACCACUUCAGCUCAAUGAAGUGGACUGGGUGCCAGGUCCAUCUUGGGUUAACACUGCAACUGUAAACAUAGCAGUUUCAAAGAAACUGCUAUGUUUACAAUAGGGUUAAUCCAGCAUCUAGUGACUGUCUCAUUAACAGCCGCUAGAGGCGCUUCCGCACUUCUCACUGUGAAAAUCACAGUGAGAAGACACUGACAUCCAAAGGAAAGCAUAGACACUGAUGAUCCAUGUACUCAUGCUAGUUGUUUUCUUGGUUCUACACCUAUAUACCAAUUCAGAGAUAUGGAAAUUAUAUUAAAUUCAUAACAGCUGACCAGACCAAGUAGAAGAAUAGGGAACUUUUUGCUCUUUAUAGGAUAAAAAAAAAGUCAGAUUUGCUUUCAAUUCAUUAGGGUUAUAUUUAAAAACAGCUUGCAAAAAACAAAAACGUAAUUUCAGGCCCUCCCCUUCUUGUCCAGCCUAGAAUUUAUGUGGUUAUCCAAUGACAGGCUUCCCAGUGCAACUCAAGGAGAAGUAUUUGCAAGGCAGGUGUUCUGUGCUGUUGUCUGCUUGUUGAGUUUAGCUAAAUAACCAGGAAGUGACAGGACUGGUGGCCUGAUUGCCAGCCAGUGGGGUAUAAAAAGGUUAAUUUAUAAAAGUGCAAAAGUCUAUUGAAAGCUUCACUUUUAGUAGAAUGAAAAAGGGGGCACAGUUUUCAUACAUAUAUGCAUAUGCUUCAUGUGUGUGGAGUGGUCCUUUAAAUAUGAAAUUUAUUUUGAAAGCUCACUUCAGUAAAUAUGCCUGCCAUAAUUCCAAUGAGGAGGAAAAGUGAAUAUUUUUGUAUGGUAUUUUCAAUAAAUGUUUUGCACAGAAAGUUGCUGAAAGAAAAGUUAUUUGAGCUAAAUCUGUUCAAAGAAGAAUUAUAAAGAAAGUAUUUUUUUUAUAAACUUAUAGGUCAGUUGCUAUUAGCCAGUUCAAACGGUAUCUAAACAAAAUGAAUAACAUUAGUACCUUGGAUUAAAUAUCCAACCAGGUAAAUUACAUAUAUUAUACUCAUGGCUAUGUGCAAAUUUAGCUUUAUGAUGGGAGAAAACGGAUGUGCAUGCCAAUUUAUAGCUUCAAACUUUAAGAUAUGUAAUAUAUGUGGUCUUUAUUAUUAUUAUUAUUAAUAAUAAUAUUAUUAGCACUUAUAUGGCACUAAUGGUUUCUGCAUCACUAUUCUCAACUAUGACAGCCAAUCACAUUAAAAAAAUACAUGCUUGGGUCUCUUUCAGAUAUCUCUAAUAUUAAAAUCAAUAAUACAAAAAUAAAACGAAAGAAAUGUAGGAAGGCUCGGCAAAAGGCACCCUCAUUUCAUAACUGGGUAAGGAGGACCAGAUGGCAUUUGCCCAUUUCUCCACAGCCUGGGUUUGUGCACUAGAAAAAUGACAAAGACUCAACAAAACAUUCCUGAGCAUAAAAACCAAGUGUUGCUGAGCCCCUUCUGCUCCUAUUGUUGCCAACAGCUCUUUCUGCAAAAUAAUAAAGGCAUUUCUAUUUUUCGUACUAUUACUAUUACUAUUUUUUACUCUGGCAUUUAUGCUUGCAAUUUCACUUCUUCAAAAUGCUCUUGCCAAACAAGCGUUUUGAAGAAAGUUCUGUUAUAGAAGCAGGGAAUUGCUAGGGAAGCCCGCAUAGAUCUGAGUAAAAAUGUGAAAUCGAUAUACUAUGUGCUCAUUCAUGCCAUUGCAAUUCUUUCUGGAAAUGUUCUAGAGAGAUCAUAUCUAGAAAGUAAUGCACUUAAUUCUUAAUUUUUAUUCAUUUAAGUGUCAUAUGAAUACCUCAACACUAUAGAGUCCAUCCAUAAAAGUCUAGUGUGGGACCAAGUAUUUUUAAAGUUAAUCUCGAGCUACUUCAAAGUCUUAAAAAAGUCACAAAAUACAACCUAAUUACACUUCAGAGUUGAAUUAGGUCGAUUUGAACUCAAUGGACUUUUUCCAAUGCAGAUUACUUCUUAUCUAUGUAAUAAGUACAAGAAUAUGAAAUCAGCUAUUUACUAGACUUGUGCCUGAUGUCAAAAUUUGGCUCAGCCAAACCAUUUGUGGCAAAAAAAUUGUGUUUGGGUUGUCUGAUAUUCAUUAAACUUGGAGAUUUGUUUUGUCAUGAACAGCAAUUCGUCUGAAUUUGGGGCAAUCAGGCGAUCGGUCAAAUUACAAAACUCUGAGCUGAAAUGUACUCUAAUCCCGAACCAACCAAAAUGCGUAAUGACCCAGCAUAUCUGUUUCGGUUAUGAUUCUGGAGUCCGCCCGUGAUGCCAAAAAAGAGUUGAUUGAUGGGAAAAAGUUAUGAUUGAUGGCUAGGGACAGUCGCUAAAAGUUUACUUUAUUCACAGAUCAAAAGGUGAAAUGAUCAAUAGAGUGAAAAAGUAGAGCAGCUAUAAUUUAAAAAAUAAAUAAAUAUAUAAUAUGGAAAUAUUCUAAUGUUCUUAAUAUAGUCCAUGCAAAAUAUAUGGGAAUACAAUUUAGAACAAACAAUAAAAUCACCUAUUUAAUGGUCUGAAAAAUAUAAAUAGUACAUAUGUGUUUUACAGUACAUAGGCGCAUUUCCGUGGCAUUUGGUUCACAGAACAAGUGAGAAAAAGUAACCAAUAGAGGGAAAAUGAGGAUCAAUAUUUCUUAAAGAUAUAAUAUAUAAAUACUAAUAUAUAGAUUUUUUUUUUACUGCUCCUCCUUUUGUUCCCUUUACCGGUCACGUUUCACUUGAUCUGUGAAUAAAAUUAAAAUUUAGUGGCUUUUCCCUAAUCAUCAAAGAAUAAUUUUGUCCAUCAGUCAUCUCUUUCUUUUAAUGCAUGAACUGAAACAAACAAACAUGCUCAUCCAUUGUCUGUUCUUGAUAUAGAGUUCCAUCCAUGUUUUUCCAUAUAGCACUUUAGAGUUACAGAAUUCAGGGCUAAAACUCAAAUGAAACCUAGUCUAAUACUAUCCUUACCUUUUGUGUCACUUUACCCCACUCCCUCUAGCAUGUAAGCUCAUUGAGCAGGGCCCUCAACCCCUCUGUUCCUGCGUGUCCAACUUGUCUGGUUACAACUACAUGUCUGUUCGUCCACCCACUGUAAAGCGCUGCGGAAUUUGUUGGCGCUAUAUAAAUAAUAACAUUUUAAAUGGAAUGCACAAACCUACUAUUCAUACAUACAUGUUUAGGACAUGACUUCUAAAACCACACAUCUAGAGUUUUCAAGUUGCUCAAUUGAGGUUAUAGACACCUCAAUCAUUCAAUGACUUUUUGCUGGUUGAACUGAGCUGCCAACAGGGAAAACCAAUAGUAUUAAUAAUUACAUAACUAAGGGAAGAAUCCUUGAAUCUGCUCUCCAAAUUGCACAAAUAGUGUGGGUGUGACAGAAAUGACUUGGAGCAGUAAACCCUGGAUACACGGACAAUGAGAGCAAACUCAACAUAUGCAGGUUAUUCGCUAAAGUGAAAAUUCAAAGUGAUUUCCAUGUGAAUUUCAAAUUCAAGGUAAAAAUAGUCAGCUAAGAUUGACUACUCUGACCUUAAAUUAGAAAUUCACUUCGAAUGCACUUUGUAUUUUCAGUGAAUUUUUAGUGAAUAACCCUGUUAGUAUCUUCUAUUCCUAUUACACUUUGUGGGUUUUGUGCAAUGCAUGUAAGGGGUGACUUCAAGCACCCUCAUUAGAAUAAUGUUGUUUGAAGUUGUUGAAAAGUCAUGCCUUUGUUUUAAUAGCUCACUAAAUAGCAUCUAUACAGAAACAUGAUUUGAAAUGAAAUAGAUUUUUGCUGCUUGUAUACAGAUGUUAGUUUAGUUUCCUCAGACCUUAUGAAAUGCAAUUUGACACAUUCACAGUGUGGAGCUAAACCUCAAGCAUAAUUCAUGUAAUUGAUUGACAAUUAUGUAUAUGAUUAACCAGACCCUAACCAAACUUGUAGAGGUUACAAGCUAGUUUUAAUAACUUUAAAAAAAUAUAUAUAUAUAUAUUUGGGAGGCACUUAGGCAGUGACCUUUUCAUUGUCUUUUGUACCGGAGUGUCAUACUAUUUUUGUGUAUAUAUAUAAUAUUUUUGUGAAUAUAUAUAUAUAUAUAUAUUAUAUAAACAAAAAUGUAAAUAUAGCCUUACACAGGAUUUGAAUAAAAGCAUUUACAGAAGCAAACAUGGAAUGCACAGGACCACUAAGGGUGUGUCAGCAAGCUGAGGUUAAACUAAAGUCACCGAACAAAAUGGAUGUUUUACAAUGUUUAUAUAGUUGUAGGGUUUGAGCUAUGUCAAAAUGCUUAUGUAAUCUUGGAAUGUACAUACUUGAAUAAUUAUGUAUUCUAUAAGCCUGAGAAACAUAGCUUACAUUAUUGGUAUUUUGUUGUGUUUCUGUUAAAUUCUAUUGAAACAUAAGAGCUGGAUUCUCAGAUUUUACAGUGUUAAGUUGUUCUAUUUGUAAAUUUACAUUUUGUUAUUCCUUAUAACUACUCUUUAUAUCUUAUAUAUUCCUUAUAGCUACUACUACAACUAAAUUUAUGCUGCACUGUUUCAAAGUGAUAUAUAAGUAAUUAUGUUUAUAUAUACAGGGAGUGCAGAAUUAUUAGGCAAAUGAGUAUUUUGACCACAUCAUCCUCUUUAUGCAUGUUGUCUUACUCCAAGCUGUAUAGGCUCGAAAGCCUACUACCAAUUAAGCAUAUUAGGUGAUGUGCAUCUCUGUAAUGAGAAGGGGUGUGGUCUAAUGACAUCAACACCCUAUAUCAGGUGUGCAUAAUUAUUAGGCAACUUCCUUUCCUUUGGCAAAAUGGGUCAAAAGAAGGACUUGACAGGCUCAGAAAAGUCAAAAAUAGUGAGAUAUCUUGCAGAGGGAUGCAGCACUCUUAAAAUUGCAAAGCUUCUGAAGCGUGAUCAUCGAACAAUCAAGCGUUUCAUUCAAAAUAGUCAACAGGGUCGCAAGAAGCGUGUGGAAAAACCAAGGCGCAAAAUAACUGCCCAUGAACUGAGAAAAGUCAAGCGUGCAGCUGCCACGAUGCCACUUGCCACCAGUUUGGCCAUAUUUCAGAGCUGCAACAUCACUGGAGUGCCCAAAAGCACAAGGUGUGCAAUACUCAGAGACAUGGCCAAGGUAAGAAAGGCUGAAAGACGACCACCACUGAACAAGACACACAAGCUGAAACGUCAAGACUGGGCCAAGAAAUAUCUCAAGACUGAUUUUUCUAAGGUUUUAUGGACUGAUGAAAUGAGAGUGAGUCUUGAUGGGCCAGAUGGAUGGGCCCGUGGCUGGAUUGGUAAAGGGCAGAGAGCUCCAGUCCUACUCAGACGCCAGCAAGGUGGAGGUGGAGUACUGGUUUGGGCUGGUAUCAUCAAAGAUGAGCUUGUGGGGCCUUUUCGGGUUGAGGAUGGAGUCAAGCUCAACUCCCAGUCCUACUGCCAGUUCCUGGAAGACACCUUCUUCAAGCAGUGGUACAGGAAGAAGUCUGCAUCCUUCAAGAAAAACAUGAUUUUCAUGCAGGACAAUGCUCCAUCACACGCGUCCAAGUACUCCACAGCGUGGCUGGCAAGAAAGGGUAUAAAAGAAGAAAAUCUAAUGACAUGGCCUCCUUGUUCACCUGAUCUGAACCCCAUUGAGAACCUGUGGUCCAUCAUCAAAUGUGAGAUUUACAAGGAGGGAAAACAGUACACCUCUCUGAACAGUGUCUGGGAGGCUGUGGUUGCUGCUGCACGCAAUGUUGAUGGUGAACAGAUCAAAACACUGACAGAAUCCAUGGAUGGCAGGCUUUUGAGUGUCCUUGCAAAGAAAGGUGGCUAUAUUGGUCACUGAUUUGUUUUUGUUUUGUUUUUGAAUGUCAGAAAUGUAUAUUUGUGAAUGUUGAGAUGUUAUAUUGGUUUCACUGGUAAUAAUAAAUAAUUGAAAUGGGUAUAUAUUUGUUUUUUGUUAAGUUGCCUAAUAAUUAUGCACAGUAAUAGUCACCUGCACACACAGAUAUCCCCCUAACAUAGCUAUAACUAAAAACAAACUAAAAACUACUUCCAAAAAUAUUCAGCUUUGAUAUUAAUGAGUUUUUUGGGUUCAUUGAGAACAUGGUUGUUGUUCAAUAAUAAAAUUAAUCCUCAAAAAUACAACUUGCCUAAUAAUUCUGCACUCCCUGUAUAUAUAUAUAUAUAUAUAUAUAAACUUAUAGAUAGAUCUAUCUAUCUAUCUAUCUAUCUAUCUAUCUAUCUAUCUAUCUAUCUAUCUAUCUAUCUAUCUAUCUAUCUAUCUAUCUGUCUGUCUGUCUGUCUGUCUGUCUGUCUAUCUAUCUAUCUAUCUAUCUAUCUAUUUAUCUGUCUGUCUGUCUAUCUAUCUAUCUAUCUAUCUAUCUAUCUAUCUGUCUGUCUGUCUGUCUGUCUGUCUACCUAUCUAUCUAUCUAUCUAUCUAUCUACAUAUACAUCUAUUUCUAUAUAUAUAUAUAUAUAUAUAUACAUAUAUACACACACAUAUAUAUAUAUAUAUAUAUAUAUAUAUAUUUGCAUCUUAUCCUAAAUUGUGUUCUAAGCAGUUGUAUACUGCAAACACAAAUUAAAAGGAAUCCAUGUUUAAAAUGGAAUGAGGCAAAAAUGUGAUUCUUUGUUAAACUAAUUUGCAUAUGCCCACCCAGAAUCCUUUGCGGUUGUAACAUCACUGCUGAUUUGGAAUUUCUGUGGGAAAAGCAAGUCUUAUGUCUUGACUGGUGUGCAGAUUUUUGUUUAGCAUUGUAUUAACUAUCCACAUACUUCAGGUGGAAGGGGUUUUCAAUCACAAUUUUUUCCCACCAUAACCUUUUUGGAUUUUGCUUCCCAAGCACUACCAAGCCUCACUAAGCAAACCAGUAACCAACCUCAUGCUGAAGAGUUGCAUUAACAACGAAACAGCUGUCCAUGAGUGGUUCACUGGUUUUGCAUCUUAUCCUAAAUUGUGUUCUAAGCAGUUGUAUACUGCAAACACAAAUUAAAAGAAAUCCAUGUUUAAAAUGGAAUGAGGCAAAAAUGUGAUUCUUUGUUAAACUAAUUUGCAUAUGCCCACCCAGAAUCCUUUGCGGUUGUAACAUUACUGCUGAUUUGGAAUUUCUGUGGGAAAAGCAAGUCUUAUGUCUUGACUGGUGUGCAGAUUUUUGUUUAGCAUUGUAUUAACUAUAUAUAUAUAUAUAUAUAUAUAUAUAUAUAUAUUAAAUUAUGUAAUCUUGGAAAGUAUGUACAUUACAAGAUUACAUAGCUCAAACCCUACAACUAUAUAAACAUUGUAAAACAUCUAUUUUGUUCGGUGACUUUAGUUUAACCUCAGCUUGCUGACACACCCUUAGUGGUCCUGUGCAUUCCAUGUUUGCUUCUGUAAAUGCUUUUAUUCAAAUCCUGUAUAAGGCUAUAUUUAAGGCAGACAAAUAUGCAGCUGUCCAUUAUUCAAUAAUUGCAAAGACCUCUGCAAGGUUUAGAGCCUAACUUCUCCAGUUAAUUAUGAUAAUGUAGGCACCGGUUCUGUAAUUUGCGUACAGGCAUUUUAUGAUUAGUAAGUAUGGAAUUGAAGCUGAACUCUUCUACCUGCAACAGAAAGUUAAUGCGUUUUGCUUUCCCUAUUUAUAUAUUAGGGAUCAUAGGCGUGCGCACGGAGUGUGCCGGGUGUGCCUGGGCACACCCUAAUCCCCGCGGCACGCCUAUGUAUAUUGAGACUGGCAGAGGAGAUCUCAGGAUCUCCCCUGUCGGCUCAUGCAGAGCCGGCGCUAUCCGAGCGCCGGCUCUGCUCUCAGCCUCCCUCCCCACCGACCCACAGGCAGGGAGGGAGGCAGGAGAGGACCUGGGGAGCUCUUGCCAGUAGCUCCGCCGGGUUCCUCUCGUGGGAUUCUGAGUGUUGCCAUGGCAACACUCAGAUCUCGCGAGAGUGAACUCUAGCCCCGCAGGGAUAUUUGCUAAACGGCCCCCACACAAUGCACACAAUCACCCAAACAUACAGCACCCACAUACAGCACCCCCCACCCACAGCAUCUACACACAUACAGCACACACACCCUUACACAUACACACUAACAGCACCCUCACAUACACAGCACCCUUACACAUACACACACACAGCACCCUUACACACACACACACUAACAGCACCUUCACACACAUAGCACCCUUACACACACAGCACCAUCACACAUACACACUAACAGCACCCUCACGCACACAGCACCCUUACACACACACACUAACAACACCCUCACACACACACACUAACAGCACCCUCACACACACAGCGCCUUCACACACAGCGCCCUUACACACAGCGCCCUUACAUACACAGCACCCUUACACACAGCGCCCUUACAUAUACAGCACCCUUACAUAUACAGCGCCCUUACACACACAGCGCCCUUACACACACAGCGCCUUCACACACACAGCGCCUUCACACACACACAGCGCCCUUACACACAGCGCCCUAACACACACACACACAUAUAUAUAUAUAUAUACACGCGCAGCAUGUGUGUUUGUGCUUUAGGGUGCACACCCUUAUACAAUAGGCUGCGCAUGCCUAUGUUAGGGAUUUAAAGGACCACUAUAGUGCAAGGAAAACACACCCUCAGGGUCCCACUCCCGUGGCGCAGGAGGGGGAGAAAGGGGUUAAUCUCUUACCUUUUUUUCAGCGCCGGGCUCCCUCAGUGCUGGGACUUUCCUCCCUCUUCUGAUGUCCCUGGCUGAAUGUGCAUGCGUGGCUUUCCUAUGGACGCUGGCGUCUUCUCACUGUGAAGAUCACAGUGAGAAGCGCAGAAGCGCCUCUAGCGGCUGUCAAUGAGACAGCCACUAGAGGCUGGAUUAACCCAUAGGUAAACAUAACUGUUUCUCUGAAACUGCUAUGUUUACAGCAAAAAGGGUUAAACCUAGCUGGACCUGGCAACAGACCACUUCAUUAAGCUGACGUGGUCUGGGUGCCUAUAGUUGUCCUUUAAGUUUGCAUGCUUUGUUUUACAUAAACCAGACUCUUAUAUAAAUGAAUACAAUUUCACAAUAGUUGUAUAACCUAAAAUAAACAUUUAUAGACAUGCUCACAAGACUAGAAGAAUACUCAAGGAGUCCAUUUUAAAGAAGAGGAAAGGAGGGCAAGGGAGAUUGUCCUCUGCUAUUGACUUCUCUAACAAUUAUAGUAAAAGACCAGUAAAAGACCAGGAGGAUGCUUUGUCCCUUUAGUAAUCGUACCUCACACAAUCAAAAGGAGGCAUGAAAUCAGGACAGGAUGGGCGGAGCCAUAAGGGGACAUCAUCAAUAACAUGAUCCAUGUCACUGGUGAUGUCCAUAGUUGGGAACCCAGAAAAGGGACAUGCCAGCUUACUGACAGCCUCCCAGUCGGCCAACCUGCCAAUAUGCACGUGUGCUUGCUCUUCAUGGACACUUCCCAGGUGCGGGACACCAGGGGACUGAAGCAGGACUACAAAAACGGGGAUAAUUCUCACUACUACCCAGAUCCUUAAUGACUCUAAAUAUGUGCUUGAAAGAAAUGUCCAUAAUUCUUUUUAUUUGACAAAAACUGUAUACCAUAUACUAAAUCCUCUUUCUGGCAAUUUUAGGAUACCCACUAAAGAUAAAAAUGUUUGAAUAAGAAUCUUCAGCUUUAAUGCACAGGAUUAUGAGCUAAAGAGAAUAACUGUAUUGCUUUAGAGAGACAAUAAAACUCAAAAUACAGAUAUAUUUUCACACAGAUUUCUAGCUAUCAGGGUGGCUGUUUUGUAUUCUUUUGAUCCAUUUUGGAAUUAGCACACAAUACUUUUUUGUGGUAGAUCAAUCUAUUAUAGUUAUUGUAGACGAGAAAAAAUCAUGGUAUCAUUGGCUUUCAAUACAACACUAAACAAAAUUUGUAUAAUACAACAUACUAAUUUGGAUCCCUCAAAAAUAUACUAUACCCAAUGCGAAAGACAAAAAUUUAUAAAGAUAAAAUAUGAGGUACUAAAUGGAAUAAAAAAAAGGCAAAUAAUGGAAUUAAACAAUAAAAUUAGAUAUAAUAUCAGUGUGGGAAUCAAUGAAUCUCAAUGAAAGAAGGGAUUCAUGUAUUAAAAUCAACGGAGAGUCCCUCAUACUUUUGUUCUAUAAAUCACUGUGAUUUAAAGUCCUUAUGAAAGUCUUUAUAUGAGUCUUUUCAGAGGGGGAGUCCCUUUAAUGAGUAAAAGAAAGGAUGAUAUUCCUUUAAUCUAUUCCUUUAAUUACUAGACCUACAAUAUAAAAUCCAAAGGACAUAUAUUUCUCCCUAUUUCAUAUAAUCAUCCACAAUUACUAUUUUUAAAUAGUGAUGAAAGGCCAUGAGGAUCAAUAAUUGUCUCUCUCUGAAGCUUUUACCACUAUGUUCUCACUCUAUUGGAAUAUCCUGAAUGCUUCGCUUCGUCAGAGUCACAUAUUUGAAUGGCUAACAAUAGAGAAAAAAGUAAAUAGAAAAGGUUUUAAAAGACAUCCGUAAUAAGUAAUACAUUUUGAGAUAGAGUGGGAAAAAAACUUUAAUUCCGUCGACUGAAUUUCGUUUGAAGUCGAUGGUACAGCUUGUCUGGAUAUUGUCCAUGCAAAUGGUUCGGGAAAACCAUUUUUGGUUGAACCAAAAGAGUGCAAAAAAAUGAGUAAAAUUGAUACAUAAUGUGUGUAUGCUUAUACAUUUUGCAGUGUAUAUGCAUAUAUAUUUUGCCGUACAGGCUCAUUUUUGCAUCUGUUUAUUGAAGCUAAUUCUGAAUUAGAAGAACAAAUUCUGAAUAAAUAGACUGGUAUUUUAACCUUUCUAAUUCAGUCCUCAUUAGGUCAAUAUAUAUGAUAUUGAAUGUUCAUUUGACAAAAACUGUAUACUAUAUACUAAAUCCUCUUUCUGGCAAUUUUAAGAUACCCACUAAAGAUAAAAAUGUUGGAUUCCACUAUUGGUGUUUAUUUUGUUUGUUUUUUUUAUUUAACAUGAGACGCCAGUAACAGAACUCCUCAUCUGCACUAAAGUUUUGUCUACUUGAUCAUCAAGAAGGAUGACAGAUUGACCUCCAAAAAGCACUAUAUGGUACUUAUUACCAUAAAGACUAUUUUUUUCUCUUUGGGACUUUUAUUACUCUUAUAAUUACGUUAAUUCCAUUAUAAAAUGAUAAUAUUGUAAGUUUAUAUACACAUACUCAUAUUUGUUUAAUCAGUAAUUCACAUUUUUUUCCCUUGUUUCCUUUGGAUCACUGCGGUAUCCAACUAACAGAUUCUAUUCUGCUGCCUUUGGAGUUAGCGCUGUAUCUCCCCCUUUUCUUGAUGACUAUGUUAUGAUGAAAAAUGCAAUUCUAUAGUCUAUGUGUGUGAUGUUACUGAAUAUCCUGUGUCAUCAAUGCAAUCAGUCCUGCACAAUACGCUGAUCCAAUGGCUUAUAAACAAAUCUCCCCUCUGUUUCCUUUGAUUAAGAGAAUAGAAUAGAGGGCUAUUUUUGUUCUAAUGUGAAAAUUGCAAGCAGGUUAAGAUUGCUAAUGAUAAAUCCUACUAUUUUAUCUGUGCCUCCAUACUACAGUAAAAUAAACUUCCGAACAUCCAUUAUGGUGACCAUGGCAUGGUGAAUUAUAAACAAGAUUGGAUAAAUACCUGUAUAUUUACCAUCUAAAGUAAAGAUGAGUUUCUCAUCUUUAAAAGAUAAAAAGAGGGGGGGCGGAGCCUAGCUGUCGACCUGAAUGGGCGCAUCUUUGUUGAGCUCUGCGUGAGAUACCCUGAAAAAGCUGUCAAACAGAGUGAAAAACCCACAAAAAUGAAAAAAUAAAAAAUACUCACCCACUUGAGAAAACCAACAUGUUAAGGAAAAACCAAAAACUCAGAUCAGACAAGGGCCUGCCAGCCCGGGACAUCAGGAAAUUUUUCCGUAACUCCCAGAGGGCCACAUGGGACAACAUGGCGCACCUCGAUGCUCAUCUGAAAACCUUCUGGACAUGGGAGAGUGGAGCACUCCCAGCCUACAGACGGGACCCCGGCUGCCUCUGCUGGAGGAUAGCGACCCUGUCACUGCAUCGCUACUUAAGAAGAUGCUGGCGGAGCUCCGAGCCAACAUAGCUGGGGAUAUGGCCCACUUCCAGAAAGCGGUUGACGGCGCACAUGCAAAAAUUGCCGACCUGGAGGCCUCCCACUGCAAACAAGACACCAGGCUCUCCGGGAUGGAGAAGCAAUUGGAGGAACUCCACCGGCAGCAGAAAGCAACAGUGGACAGGGUGGAUGCCCUGGAAGACCAGUGGAAGAGAUAUAACCUCAAGGUACGAGGAGUGCCGGAGGCAUUGAGCCCAUAAGACUUACCACACUUUAUAAGAAGAUUUCUGGCCGCCAACCUACUGCCUAAACAGGCCAGGGCGGUAAAACAAGAUGGUGUAUUCCGCAUUCCUAAACCGUUGACCGCGCCAGAGACAUCCACGUUGGAUAUCAUAAUCCGUUUCAGUCUCUACAAGACAGAGCCUUACCCCUGUCAGACGUUAAGGAAAAUAACUCACUGCAGUUUGAGGGAGCUACCCUACAAUUGUUCCUGGACUUAACCAAUCGCUGGGGCCCACCAAGAGCCCUGAUCUUUACUGCCCACAGAGAAACUCGACAAGCGAGCACACUGCUGGAUUUGGAAGAUCACCUUCACAAGAUGGGCCUACUCAACCAGACCGCAUCAGCUACAGCGGCCCUGUCUCGUGAACAGGAUUUGGAACUGACAAUCAGGUCCCCAACACCACAGAGACUUAUUCUCUUCUACCACCAGUUAUUUUAAUCUUAUGUUUACCUUAGUACGUUUAUGUUAUCACUCUCACACAACUGACAGCAGUUCUUUUUAUUUCAUCCAACACUACCAAGCUCUCAUCGCCUUAUGCAAUAGAGACACAAGUCUCCCCCACUCUUAUAAUGCUUGCGCCACCACCAAGCCUACAUAGGGGGUAGGCUUGGCUUGGCUUCUCACUAUGACAGUCCAUCGCUUUUCUUAGUGCACAGCUAAUUUACUACCAUACCUCCCACCCUAUUUCGCAUGCCACUAUCUACUCGCCUACACACCGGAGCGCAGCUCAGAAGGGGGUUUCCACACUGACAUCACUCCAGUUUGUUUAGCAUGAUAGUUUUACGUGGACUCUACCUUUAACAUGGUGUACUUCUUAGUUACCCUAUUUUUAUAAAAUAUGAAAGGAGGCAGAACAUAUGGGGCAUUGGUGCUACGUGCAAAGCAUUUGUAUUGUAUUAGGGAAGCGACGCAUGCUCCAUGUGAACAUGCUCAAACCCUACCACGAGAGAACCGAGGACGUGGCAGCCAUUUGCACGCCCGCCUCGGAAGAUCAGGAGAACCUACCUCUCCCAGAUCUGUUAGAGCAGGAGGAGCAGAAGGAGCCCUCCCAGGGGGUUCAGCUGGGGGAGCGGCUAAGUCCUCAAGAGCGCACCCAGGUACAAGAACUGAUAGCGGCGAAGGGCGCCACCUUUUCUAACUUACCUGGGUACACUCCACUGGCCACUCACCGAGUAGAAACCCCAGAUUCCCAUGCGACAGACCCCAUAUCGGAUUCCCGAAUCCAUACGGGAGCAUAUGAGGAAAGAGAUUGAGGAGAUAUGCAGUUGGGGGUUAUCGAACACUCCGAUAGCCCCUGGGCAUCGCCGGUAGUCCUGGUUCCCAAGAAAGACGGUACAACCUGGUUUUAUUCUUUUUUUUAUAUUUAAAAGAAGAAAAACUACCACAACAAGAGGACAUAGUCUUAAAUUAGAGGGACAAAGGUUUAAAAAUAAUAUCAGGAAGUAUUACUUUACUGAGAGGGUAGUGGAUGAAUGGAAUAGCCUUCCAGCUGAAGUGGUAGAGGUUAACACAGUAAAGGAGUUUAAGCAUGCGUGGGAUAGGCAUAAAGCUAUCCUAACUAUAAGAUAAGGCCAGGGACUAAUGAAAGUAUUUAGAAAAUUGGGCAGACUAGAUGGGCAGACUAUGUAUUUCCAAUUGAUGUCUACCCGUGUGCACUAACCCUGCUUUCUAAUCCUGUAAUGCCAAAAUCUUGCCUCAAUUACGAGAUAUACCAGCAUUGUUUAGCCUAAACAUAUAACAAAAAUGUGCAAGUUCCUAUGCCAUUGUCUCCCCUGUAUGCCUACAUAUAGGCUGUUUUGGCGUUUGUAAAUGUCAUGUACCCAGCUGCACAAUAAAAAAAAAAAGAGAAAUAAACAAUUGAAAAAACAAUACCAAAACAUUUUCCAUAGAAUGGGGGUAACAUUAGACUCUGUGAACACACUGAGAUUUUGAAUAUUGUCUCCCCUUGUCCCCAACCGAGUUGCAUGAGUUCCUAGAAAAGAAGAUUGUAUGCAUAGCAUCGCAAUGAUUUGAUUUCUUUGAAGACAGCUUUGCAAAGAUACUGUAUCCUUGAUUUUAUUAGUUUGCGUUGGCUUGUUUUCUGCUCAGAGCCAUGAUUUCUGGAUAUGAUUAGAUCUAAUGAAGGAACAGUACAAGUUUAAUAGUCUUAAAGAUAAGAUAGAAAACUAGAGUUCUAAUCUGUAAUAGUUGAUACCAGUGUGCGUUUUAUUAAGUAUAAAAAUCAUUACAUUGUAAUUUUUAAAAGGCAUGUUAAAACACUUCUAUCCAGUAGAAUGAAUACACGCUAGCAAAUGUUUACUUUUAUUUCCUUGUCCAAGUAUAUGAGACGACAUGUUCCCUUCAUCAACAGCAGUCACAAAAUAAGUUUUAAAAUAGGUCUAUAAUUUGCAGAAUUCUGGUUUAUUCUUCUCUUACAUAAUUGAUAUAUAAGGUUAGAUCUUGUCAAAAUUAGAGAACUUACAGGAAAAUUACAGGAAAUAAUAUAACUAAUGUCACUAGUUUAUUUCUUUAACUUUGAUUAGUGUUGUGUUUACGUAAAAUAUUAAAGAUGAUCCCAGUUACCUUUUCUACAUGUAUAGGAAGGUAAUGGAAGUAGACAGCCCAGAACAUUUACAUGGAAUGGAAACAUAGGUUAAAUGGGUUCCUUUUUAUUUUUUAUUGAAAAAGAAAACAAACAUUUAAUAUAUGAUAAGCAGAUUGGCAGUUAAAUGUAAAAUUUUGAUUUAGAGGGAUUGGGGAGUCUAAAUGAGAUUGGAACAACCCUUUCAAUACAAUUAGAUUUAAUGAAUAAUUCAGGUGAUUUGUAAUUACCUAUUCAAAUUUGGACUUUGAGGAACAUCCUCCAGUCAAUUAAACAUAUUUAAGAUAAAGUAUUGAGUCUGUGACCAUGACCACAUAUUUAGACUGUAUAAGGUAUACAAUAUAUUAUGACCCCUAAACCAAAGUCAACAGAAUUGGAGGCAAAUUAGAAAAAGCCCCUCAUUUGGUUCUCUAUACAACCACAUUGGUAUAAUGUGAUAUUGCCUUCGUGUCUUUUAUGUUGGUUGAGGAGACCUCCUCCUACUAACCCAGCUUCCUUCUGUUAAUUUGGUGAGUGUAGGUUAAUGCCAUUUAAAUAUAGUAAACCUGUAUUUAAUUCCUGAUAGCUAAGGGUAAAUUGCUGAUCUUUGAUAUUACCAGUCCCUCAAUCAGUUGGCAGACUAACAGUUGUAUGAAAUGAGAACUACUUAGUUUCAUACACAAGUGACAAAUAGACUGUCCACACAGUUUUUUUUUUAAAAGUGGUCUGGAUAUCACACACAACUAUUAAACGUAUACUUGUUCUUCUGAAUAUAGUCUGAAUAAGGAACAUUGUCGAUAAGCAUUAAUAAAGAGGGGAAUUACAAUACAAUUACCCAACACGAGGCCUCACAAUGGAUGAAUUUCCAUAUAUGAUAGUACAAACCAGCUCUACCUUUUUUUAAUACCAAUUUGCUAAGUGGACUUGUGUAUAUUUUAUGAGUAGCAGAAUUCUAGACCUGCUUGCAACCUUGCAAGGGCAAGAGCUAAAUAUUUAGAAAUUUAAACAAACAUAUAUCACUGACCCUAUAGUGUUAAAACCACCAUCUAGCCCCUCUGCCCAUCCCUGAUCUCCUAAAUAUAGUAAAAUCUUACUUUUAGUCCAGUCUGCUGCUUUUGGCUCUGCCCCUGAUCUGCCUACUGUGCUGAAAUUAUUAGAAGUUUUGAUCAAAGUCGAUCACAAUGCUUUCCCAUAGUAAAGCAUUGGAUUGGCUAAGAUUGCCAAGGAAGCAAAUCAGGGGCAGAGCCAGAACAAGCCAAACACAGCCCUGGCCAAUCAGCAUCUCCUUAUAUAGAUGCAUUUAAUCAAUGCAUCUCUAUGAGGAAAGUUCAGUGUCUCCAUGCAGAGGGUGGAGACACUGAAUGUCAGUGCUGCACACUGUACAUCACUGCCCCAAGAAGCACCUUUAGUAAACAUAUGAGAAGUGGCGAGUGGAGGUAUCCCAAGGCUGUAAUGUAAAAACUGCCUUUUCUCUGAAAAACAAUAUUUCUAGCAAAAAGCCUGAAGGGAAUGAUUAUACUCACUAGUGCAAAUACAAUAAGUUGUAGUCUUUCUGGUGACUAUAGUGACCCUUUAGACAUCUGGGAUACUUAUGUGAAAAACAAGUUGUGUAGAGUGUGACAUCAUGUGUUUUAGAGGGUAUGUGUGUGGCAUCUGGCGUUAGUAAAAUGGUCAACAAGUUCAUCUAUCCAUGCACCUUCUCCUUCUCACAUUAAUAAAUAUUUAAUAUAACUAUACAGGCUCUGAAUAGCUAAUCAAGAAGUCUCAAAAGGGUCUGUAAUGAGUCUCUCUAAUGUUAGACAAAAAAUGUUAUACAUAUUUCAGUGUAAAUAAUCGUAAACCUUAACAGAUCAUCCAAUAAAAACAAAACAAGCAAAAUAAAUGAUAUCCACAUUUAAACAUAUUCUGCAUUUAAAAAAAAAAAAUACUUUUUUGAGAGUUUAAGCAGUUCAGCAAAAGUACCAUUUUUUCCCACUUCUCCUUUUGGUUACCAUCCCAAUCUAAUGACUGCAAGUAUGUGAGGCUGCCCUUUGUAUAGGGAAUACAUAGGAUACAUUGUUACACUGGCUACGAGAGAUACAUCCCUUAAUAUUUAAACUAUAGGAAAGCCCAAUAUCAAAGCACCACCUUUUAUAAAUGGACAAAUAAUUAAAAAGACUAAAACUUUUAACAUAAAAUUAUAGAAUACUGAUUUAAAUUUGCCAGCUAUUUUGGAAAGCGUUAUGGGAUUAUAAACGUGUUUAAUUGUUAGAAAAAAACAGUGUCACGUGUAUUUGAUAUAACCCCCCCUAUUGCAUUAAUGAUAAAAUUAAGACAAGUUUUACUUUACUAUACAAAAAAAAGCCUCAUUGCUUGCUGGAUUUCCUAUGAGUUUCCUUACAAAAACAAUGUGAUCAACAAGGUUCUGAUAAGAAUAUUUCUCAGAGCAUUCCACUACUAUCACAAGAAUUACUUUAGAGGGCCAUAAAAAUGAAGGGAAAGGGAUAAAGUCACGCAGAAACAGAGCCUGAACUCCUCUCAAUCUAAGAUUUCGUCUCAGUGACAAACUGUGCUCCAAACUGUAUUGAGCUUACUAUUAGAACAUUUUGAAGGCUUUUAUGUAAAAGCUAGUUAUGAAACUUUGCAAUACAGUCAUGGACAUGGAAAUGGCAAACUAUGAUGAUGUUUUAGACCCAACCUACACAUCUCUUGAAUUUGAAAACAUGCAACUUCUUUAUAAUGGCAGCGGUAAGUAGUGCUAUAUUUCAUUUGGAAAAAUAAAUCCCUGACUGUGAUUUGUGUAAUACAAACAAAAAUGAAUAUAUUUGUUGGGUUAUUCACUUAACUUGAACUUUUAGGCCAAAUUCUCUAAAUAGGAACAAUUAUAAAAAAAUUUUUUUUUUUUUACUUCUGUUAUUUUUGCAAAUUACUUGUAAAAGCACUAGAAUGCUUAGUUUUGUACUUAAAUUGUUAAGGGGUUUUCCACUAAAUAAAAUAUUGUGAAUAAUACACAAAAUUCAGGUUAAUAAACUACUGACUUUAAACUAGAUUGAUAAUUUUGUCAAUUUACUUAUUUUGAACUAUAUUUUGCAAUUUGGUUUUUAAUCCAGUAUAAUUCACAUACGUUUCUUUGUUUUGUGUUUCAAAGGACUUAUAAUUUCACUUCAAUCAUUAUGUGGAUUAUUUGAAACAGUUUAGCCCUUCAUCUCAACACAAACACCAUUUAUAUCAUGAGUAUGUAUAUAGUGAAUAAACUCAAAGAGUUAAAUUAUUUCGCAAUUUUUUUUCUGAUACAUAAGGAUCACAUAACUAAAAGCAGACAAACUAUGAUAGACCUUGUCUGAUCCUGAACGGGUAUUGUUGACAUAUUUUUCCUGCUAAAGGCUAAUGGUUAGCUAUGUGAUAAAUUAAAUAUUUAUCUAGUGUAACAUUUUAACUUUAAGGUAUAUUUUAAAGACUAAUUUUGCAUGCAUUUUUGGUUGUGGAUAAUGGGGUAAGAGUAUCUACAAAACAUAAGUGAAAUAUUAAUUUAAUAUAUUUUUGACACAUGCCUAUAGUUUCUCAGUUUGUAAAAGUUAAAAAAGAGUGCACUUAAGUGCUUAAUCACUUUUAUCACUGGAAACUUGAAUGGCUUUCUUUUGUAAGCAAAACUAAACAUAGAACCAAAUUUCCUUAUUUUUGUCACUGAUAACAAACAAUGUAUCAGGUUAAUAAUUAGCCAUAGCUAUUUCAUGGUAACAUUUUCUAAAAUAUAAAGAAUCUGCCAUUUCUAUUGUCCAGAUAUUCGCUUAAAUAAAGUUACAAUGGAUGGUUACAUUUAUUCUAUAUAUCUAAAUAUAUAUCUGUUGUAUCUAGAUUCCGCAGAUCAGUUGUCAAUUCAUGGUUGUUGAUUGUUUACAGAGUAUACUCUUUAAGAAAGAUUUGUGGGGUCAAAAGAAAAAAAAUCUAAAAGAAAAAAAAAAGAUUUUGUUGCUACAAAUCUGAUGAUAUAAACAAUUUUGGUAAUCAAAAGAACAAGAUACCCAAGAGUUUAUUUUUUGGGAUCUAUAUACCAGUGUAGACACUUCAGUAGUGUCCAAAGGGCUUAACCCUAAUAAUAAGCCAGGAAAGAUUCACCUAAUCCACAAUAAAGUGAAUGAGGUAAAAACUGGAAAAAUGUAAUCAGUAUCUGAAGGUAAAUGGGAUCACAGUCCAUUCUGCAUGCACCAAUACAUACACAAACCACAUAUAUCCCCAGUGCAAGUGAAAUAUACUAGCCAUGUAAGGCUACUCCUCUAUAUAGUAUAGAUAAUGAAUAACCAUUGGAUUAUCCAGACAGGCGCUUAAAAUAUUAAUAUACAAGCUUUAUUAAUUAGGCUUAUUUGUUGCACGUUUGAUAACCCUUUGUAGGUAAGUAGUGCACUGGAAAAUAAACCAGUGUACCAAGGUAGACAAGGGGUUAAACCAUAGUAUUAGUGUUAAAAAAAAACAUGGAUUACCUAGAGGUUAAACCAUAGUUCUGUCCGAAUAAAGCAGCAAUUAAUAGUACCUUCGUUAGUCCUUGGUAGGUAAAUAGUGCAUUGGAAAAGUAUACCAGUGUACCCAGGUAGACAAGGGGUUAAACCAUGGUCUAAGUGUAAAGUUACAGAGACUGAUUAAAGGUUAGACCAUAGUACUAUCCAAGUGAAGCAUGAAUAAACAUAGAUUGGAUAAUAGAGUACUAUAGUAUAUUCAGCUGCAACCUAAAAUAUCCAACAAAAAAGUACAAUGUACAGGAAAGUGAUAUAGGAAAUAGGUCGAGCAUAAGACAGUAAAGUGUAAAGCCUCUCUCUUUGUUAAACUGACAGAAUGUUCACAGAAACAGAUAUACAUUCCAGACAACAAUACAUGCGCAGCAGGUUCUUUAAGUCCUGCAAGUUGCGAGGCGGGGCCUUCAUGGAUUGGAUUUGUUGUUAAAGCACAUCCAACAGAUGCUCAAUCAGAUUGAGAUCUGGGGAAUUUGAAGGCCAAGGCAAAACCUUGAACUUGUUUUGAUGUUCCUCAAACCAUUUCUGAACACUUUUUGCAAUGUGGCAGGGUGCAUUAUCCUGCUGAAAGAGGUCGCUGCAAUCAGGUAGCAUCACUGCCGUGAAUGGGGUGUACGUGGUCUGCAACAAUCUCUAGGUAGGUGGUAGGUGUCAAAGUAGCAUCCACAUGAAUGCUAGGAUCCCAGCAGAACAUUGCCCAAAGCAUAACACUGCCUCAGCAACCCUUCCUUCUUCCCAUAGUGCAUCUUUCCACCAUCUCUUCCCCAGGUAAAUGAUGUACAUUCACACGUCAACCUUCUUCCAUUGCUCCAAGGUCCACUUCUGAUGCUCAUGUCCCCAUUGAAGGUGCUUUCUGCAGUGCAGAGUACUCUUUGCAUCUAACAAUUUUAAUAAGCUAAAGUGGUUUUGGUGACUUGUUGUAUAUAUGAUGAUGAAAGAUUACAGAAUAAAGAAGCUAAAAAUAACAAAACAUUAAAAAAAUAUUAUUAAAAUUUUCAUUUGACAUUUUUCCCAGGUUCCUGAUCUAUGCUGCAGAUUAUGAAAUGUGUUUAAUGAUAAGGUGUACAUUUAUUAGCACAAUAGUGUCACAAUUUUGUUUGAUAUAAUAUUUUGCACUUAAAUGGUAACUUCAAGCACUUUAGUGAUUCAAAGUGGUCAUGGUGCCAUGAAUCUGUAAAGUAUUUCUCUGUAAUAUGCUGCACGUGCCGAGCUUAACUCCUUCACUGUUGGAGGUGGCAUAGGGAUGUCAUUAGCCACCCUGAAAUAAGAGUUCUGGGCAGGCUAUUGUCAAUUCUGUGCUAUUUUUCUUUCACAGUGAUUCAUUCAUUGGAUGAGGAGUUGUUAGCUGCCUCUCUCAGACAAUAGAUGAUGACUGGAAAUGCAUUAACCAGGAGGAGAGAUAGUUUCGUAGCUCAGUAGGGAACUGUUACCUAAUGGUUUUCCCCAGUGUACAAGGCCAGGAUACUCCUGCACAAUAAUCACUACACUCUGCUGUAGUGGUUAUGAUGCUUUGAGAAACCUAAUAAAGGGAACUAUAGGCACCCAGACCAUUUCAGCUAAUUGAAGUGGUCUGGGUGCACUGUCCCUGUCAGUUUAACCCUGCAGUUGUAAUUAUUGCAGUUAUUGAUAAUUGACAAUGAUUACAUUGCAGGGUUAACUCCCAGUGGCGUCUUCAGGAUUAUAUUUGGGGGGGGCACAGAAGGGGCCUGGUAGAGGAGCAGUUAUAAAACAUAUAUAUAUAUAUAUAUAUAUAUAUAUAUAUAUAUAUAUAUAUAUAUAUAUACACACACACACACACACACACACACACAAACAUACAGAGGGCUUGACAAAUCCCAGGCUAGACAUUUCACCUGGCACCUGGCAUUUGUCAGCCCUUUGCUAAACAGCACAGGAAACAUUAAAGCCUGCUGCCGAGGGGAGCAUGGGGGCGGCGCGCAAGGGAUCAGUAACUUUCCUGUAGUUACACUCUGCUCCCUUAUGCGCUGUUUAGUGACAUGACGUUACUCCGGCCCCGGCAUCACUACAGAGAGUGAGCAAAAGAGAAGAGAGAAACUGCAGGAAGAUUGAGAGGAGACACACUGGACACCAGGGAAAGAUCCACUCAGCUCUCCAAAACAGACAGAGAUUGGGAGCAGAGCUUGCGUACGGUGAGGCGAUCUUCCAUACAGGGGCAGAGCUUGUGUGCCGGGGAAGUUGCUGCACAGUGCGGAACUAACAGAGUGGGCCCUGGUGCAAAAAUUUUUGGGCCCCCUGAACAUGCGGGCCAAAACAAUUAUUACUAUUUGCACGGGCCACUCGAUGGGCUCCAGUGUAACCGCAACACCAGCACUGCCUGUAGUUCCACCGCUGCACCUUCCUUAUUACAGGCAAGACACCUUUUCACGGAAACUGGAAGAUAAUUUUCCAGUCACAGGUUAAGUCCAGUCCCCCAGUGUUGGAGAUAUAGCAAGAAUAAGCUACAUGCCAAAACAAGAACUGAAUUGGCUCAGAGGCAGGAACACAGGCUUAGAACCAUAAAGUAACCUGUUGGGCACUUCUGUGGCAAGCUCGUCUGGCCAUCUAGAUGUAAUGGUGAGAACCGUGACACUGACCCAUACACAUACACAUACACAGACUGCCCCCCUAUUCACACACUGCUCCACCCCACAAAGACUGACCCAUACAAACACACACAGACUGACCCAUAUACACAGACUGUCCCCCACCACACACAGACUGACCCCCACACACACACAGACUAAACCCCCAUUCCUACACACAAACUGACCCCCACACUGAUGACCAACCCCACACAGACGGACCCACACCAGCCCAUACCAACCCACACAACACACUGAAGCACACACACACUGACUCACACUUACCAGCAGCUGCUUGGAUACCUCAUUCUCCCCUAACGCAGGGCAGUGAUUCCUCUCCCUGUCUCUCCCCUGCACUGUUAUAUAUGACCCAGGAGGACGUCCUCCCACCACAGUGCCCCCUCUGGCUGCACAGUUCCACAGUAACAGUGCUGAUGCAGCAAUUUCAAUUUGGCCACUGCAUGAUGUAGGAGUACAAUGCUUUCCAAUGAUGUAGUUCAAAUGGUAUUAAGUUGCUGCUGACGUCGGCAGAGAAGCAUAUUUUUUUUAACCCUUUCAUCGGGGUGAUGCGAGCAAGGGAGGCACUAUACAACUAUAAUUUACCUUUAAAUACAUCUAUAGUUUCCCUUUAAAGACAUGUUAUUUUGUUGGUGGAAAUAUUGAUGAUUUCACAAUUUAUUUAAUUUUUGAUUAUCUUUCAACUAUUUCUAGAAAUAUGUAUCUUGGUAUUUUGUACUUGUUGAGUAGAGAAACAAAUGAACAAAAAGAUAAAGUAAGUUUCCUAAAUUGUGUAUAAAAUAGAUAUUUCUGGUAUGUACCUUUCUAUUUAUUAAAGGGAAACUAUAGUGCCAGGAAAACAAACUCGUUUUCCUGGCAUUGUAGCUUCCCCUUCUGUCAAGGCCCCCUUCCACAGCGCUGAAGGGUCAAUAACCCCUUCAGUCACUUACCUGGGUCCAGCGCUAGCUCAGCUCUGCCCACACUCCUCCCCCGUUGCUGACUGCUGGCGGGGGAGCCCUAAUGCGCAUGCGAGGCAAUGGCUGUGCGCGUGCAUUAGACCUCCCUGUAGGAAAGCAUUAGUCAUUGCUUUCCUCAGGGGCAGAAUAAGAGCCCAGUGGGCCUGGUGCUGACAAAUAUUAUGGGGCCUAAUUACAGAAUCUUAAUGACCAAAAACACUAAAACAGUCAUACCUCUCAAGCGUCAUGUAUCUGAUGGAGUUGGUAUUGGAGGGAAACUCAAAGGAUGCAGCUAUAAGAAAACAGAUACUCUAUGCUAAUCUCUUUAUCUAAUUUAUGCUUUCAUCUUUCAACUAAAUUCAUACCCCUCCUAACAGCAGUGUUCAGUGAAGCAGGAAGUCAAUGGGCGGGGUAAAGGAUGGGCCACUGACGCGAGUCACGUGACCAGAACUGCCAAAAGGGGUGAACAUGGCCAAAAAGGGAGCAUGUCUGUCCACCAAAGAAUUGGAAGGCCAUCCUGGCAUCAGUGUCCCUAUGUAUCACAGUGUCAGUGUCCCCAUGUCACCCAGUUCCCUAGUCUCCCAGUGUCUGUGUCCCCAUUUCUCCCAGUGUCCCUAUGUCUCAGUAUGUCCAGUGUCAGUAGGAUACUAGGGGACACUCAGAGACAAGGGGACACAGUGAGACAUGGGGACACUGAGAGACCUGGGGACACUGAGACACUUUGGGACACUGGGAGACAUGGGGGCCCUGAGACACUUAGGGACACUGGGAGACAUGGAGGCACUUGUGAAUACAGAUAUGGGGACACUGGGAGACAUGGAGACACUGAGAGACAUGGGGACACUGAGACAUUUGGGGACACUGGGAGAAAUUGUGUCACAGACACUAGGGACACAUAGACAUGGGGACACAGACACUGGGAGACAUGGUGACACAUACAUUUAGGGAAAAUAAGUCACUAGGGACACUGAGAGACAUGGGGACACUGGGAGACAUGGGAACACAGGCACUAGGGACACUGGCUGGGAGGCAUGGGGACACAGACACUUGGGGACACUGGGAGACAUGGGGCACUCAUGGACAUAGACAUGGGAACACUGGGAGACAUGGGGAGACAGACAUUUGGGGACACUGGGAGACAUUAUUAUUAUUAUUAUUAUUAUUAUUAUUAUUAUUAUUAUGAUAUUUAUAGAGCGCCGUCAAUUUCCGAAGCGCUUUACAAUGGGUGGACGAACAGACGUGUAUUUGUAACCAGACAAGUUGGACACACAGGAACAGAGGGGUUGAGGGCCCUGCUCAAUGAGCUUACAUGCUAGAGGGAGUGGGGUAAAAUGACAAAAAAAGGUAAGGAUAGUAUUAGACAUGGAGACACUAGGGACACAGAGAUAUGGGGACAAACAGUGUCAUGAGGGACACUGAGACACUAGGGACACUGGCUGGGAGACAUAGGGACACUGAGAGACAUGGGGACACAGAGAGACAUGGGGACACAGACACUGGCUGGGAGACAUGUGGACACAGGGAGACAUGGGGACACAGACAUUUGGGGACACUCAGAGACAUCGGGACACUGGGAGACAUGGGGACACUGAGAGACAUGGGGACACAGACACAGGCAGACUAGGGGACACUGGGAGCCAUGGGGACACUGAGACACUAGGGACACUGGCUGGGAGACAUGGGAACACUUGGAGACAUCGAAACACUGUGUCCCUAGUGUCUCCAUGUUCCAAUGUGUCUCCCUAUGUCUCACAGCAUCCCCAUGUGUCUCAGUGUCCACAUGUCUCACAGUGUCCCCUAGUAUCUCAGUGUCCCCAUGUUUCCCAGUGUCUCAGUGUCCUGAUGUCUCUGAGUGUCCCCUAGUGUAUCAGUGUCCCCAUGUGACCCCUAGUGUCUCAGUAUCCCCAUGUGACCCCUAGUGUCUCAGUGUCCCCAUGUCUCACAGUGUCCCCUAGCGUCUCAGUGUCCCCAUGUCUCCCUGCUGCCUUUCCCCCCAUCCUUCACAUGCCUGAGCUGUAGUCUGCCUCUGCAGGCUGGGAGCUGCUGUCUGGACUCUGUGCUGUGUAGCUGCUCCCCCAUGGAUCAAUGAGUAGAGAGAGACAGGGAGAUGCUGUAACAUCCUAUCCCUGCCUCUGUCCAUAUACAGACCCCUACUGGCCGGUGCUGGUAUUGCAGAGUAAUCUCCGUUUAUACUUAGAAAAAUAUUUGCGUUUGUAUUGCCGGUAUUACUGCAAUACCGUCACGGCCAGGCAGCCUCAAAUACCGGCUGUGCCUUAAAAUACCAGUCAGGUGGCAAACCUAAGAGUAGUGUGUAAAAAAUAAAUAAAUAUAUAUAUAUAUAUAUACAUAUAUAUAUUUUAAAUGGGCCUAUUCCACGGGCCUGGAGCUUCAGCUCCAUCACCCCCUAUGUUAAUCCGGCCCUGGCUUUCCUAUGGGGAUUCCAGUGAGGUUCGACGCAGAGCGUGGUGACGUUGAACGUAAUUUAAAACGCAUUUGGUACUGUAAGAAUCUGGAAGCUGAGAGACAGCAGCAAGAGGUGGGAUUAGCCCUGUAAUCAAAACACUGCGGUUUCUCCAAAACCACAGUGUUUUGACUAACAGGGCUAAGGGGAGAGAGGCAAGGCACCCAGACCACUCCAAUGGGCAGAAGUGGUCUGGGUACCUACAGUGUCUUUAAAGUUUGAUAUUUUACCAAAGGCCGAAUUCUAUUGAAAGAGAGAAAUGAACCUCUGGUAACUGGAAAAUAAUUCUCAUAUUGACAUCUAUAGGAAAUUGCUAUUCAUUAACUAGAGGAAUGCAUAUCUUUUAUAAUACACUCUAGCCCCAAGUCCUCAAUGGGACAUGUCAUGUUUUUUUUCUUGACUGCACUGCUUCCUACACAAGGAAGAAUAGGUAUUCAUUGAGAUGCCAUGUUGUUUCAAACUGCAUAAUUAUCUGUAUGCUGUGUGACUAGCGUGUAAUAUUUAAGCAGCUAUAAUCGUGGUUACCAAUAACUAUCUUGAGUCGCUAAUUAAUUGAUAGUUCCUACCCACACACCUCAAAAUAAUUUUAGCACAUUAUUUAUAUACAAUUAAUUUCACAACCAUGUCAAUUAUAUUCCUCAUUUAUUGAUAUAUUAAUAACAUUUUGUAUUCAAUUUAUUUUGAACUUCCUAUAUUUCAGAACACCUAGCCAUAAUUUCUUUCAGUUUUUUUUUGUUGUUGUUGUUUUAUUAUUAGCUCUUCAUCUUAAGUCAGAUAAUGAACAAAUAUGAACUAAGGGUAUUUUUACGUUGUAUUUAGAAAGAGGGCUGGGAUUGCAAUAUUAAUCAUAGGUAGAAACAUUUGUAAAUAUCACAUGUCAUGUUCCAACAGACAGGCAUUUUGUGUCCUCUCCUCUCAAUCACAUGACAUAAUAUAUUUUUUUCUUUCAGUAAUGUUAUCGUAACUACUAUGACUGUUAACAGAAAGUUUGAAGAUCUAUUCUGUUCUACAUGUUAGUUCUAGUAUAUUUACAUACAUCAUUAACAGAUCACGUUAGAUUAACAGUCAAUAAUUUACAGAUCACCUAUGUGCAGUCUUGGGGACCUAACCUCAGGACGACCAGUAGAAACACUCUGAUAGGCCUGGCAAGGGGAGAAAAUGGCAAAAGAGAGCUGGUAAAAAGGGUUGCGGACUGCAGCCUCAAAUUAUUCUUCUAAAAAUUAAAGGAACACUCCAAGUACCAUAUCACUAUAGUGUGCUGAUGUGGUUAUGGUGCCCAUAGUGCCCACUACGGGCAUCCUAAUAUAAGUAGUCAAACAGUUUUAGACUUAGGGGCCCUCCUUCACACCCCCUAAUGUAAGUAAUCAGAUGGUUUUAGACCUAGAGUCUGUCAGUUAUCACUUCCUGCCUCCUCUGCAGGAAGAAGCUCUUAGCACUGAGCUAAGGUUGGCAGUGCAGGUUUUAACUGUUGGCUUAGAACAAUCAGCUGGCCCUGUACUUCUGUGCUUAGUACAGGGCCAGCUCCUUGCAGAACUUCUGUCUCUGUCUUCUGUAGGCUGCAGAGAAACGAGGACCCGCAGUAAGAAGUUCUAAAAAUGCAUCGAGGGGUUCCAGGAAAUUCAUAGCACCAUAAGCACUGUAGCCCACUGUUGCCAACCAUUCUCUGUACAUACAUUGCCUACCUGAUUAAUAUCAGUGGUAGGUUUACUGACAAAUUAUACCUUCUACAAUUUUUAUAACGGCAGCUGAACUAGCUGCCUACUAGAACUCACACUAAUAUCCUUCAUUUAGGAGGUGGGUUUUUAUCUUUGAAAUUUGUCAUAUUAUGUAGAUAAAUGUCACAGGGAUAUAGGUCAGCUUGAGAUAAAUCAUGAUCAUAUGAGUUAGGAAAACAGACAGGGUGAGGCAGGUUAUAAAAAAGCUAAAGAGCUGAAACCAAGAAAAAAACAAACAAAUAAAUGUUCUUUUUGAUAUGCUUAGUUAUAAGACCAGAAAUGUAAAAAAGCAGGAUUCAUGGAUACAUUAGUCUGCUAGGUUUAGAAGGAUUGGAAAAAACUAAAUAAAUAUUUAUGCAUUAGAAAAGAACAUGAAGACUUAUGGGAGAGAGAAAAUAAACCUGGAAACCAUUUGCAUACACUGCAAUUUAUUCAUUGCAUAUAUUUUAUAUGACUUAUAAUAUAUCUUAAUGAUUAACUAAUUUGGUUGAUGUACAAAGUACAUGUUUAGUAUUGUGCACUUUAAUUAUGAUAUUAAAAGGCUGAAUUUCCAAUAAUUGCUACCUAUAUUCUAUUCUGUUCAUUUGCCGUUUUGAAAAAGAAACACAAUUUUUACUCAAAUCUUCCCUUAACUGAAAAUGUUUAUUGUUUAAUAUUUUUUUCUAAAUCUUACUUCUACUGAGUGGUAAAUGCACAGACUAUACAGGCCAGUAAAAUGUUUAAUAUUUUCAAGAAUAUGAGUGGCUUUAUUGAGUAUCGAGUGAAUGCAGACUGUGUGUUUUUGUAGAGGAUGCAUUGUGUCUGUGUGUGUAAGUUUGUAGGUGUGAUAGGGGCUACAUUCUUUGGGAUAAACCUUUUUUUUUUUUUAUUCCUACCUCCCUGCCUCUUAACUGUGGACAGGGAGGGGUACACAACACUCCCUUGUGGUCUGGUGGCAUCAUGCAUGCUGCCAGGUGACCCUAUGGCAAUGAGAGAGCUCAGCAAAUGCUAUCUUCUGAUUUUGGCAGCUCCUCAAUCCAACUCUCAUGAGCCUGGUAUGGCGCACAGAGCAUUGCUGUGGUAAAUUGCAGCAAUGCUUUGACGGCUGGGAGCUCACGAGAGGCUGCAGGCUGUGUGAGUCACAGUCAGGGGAGCUGCUUCUAGAGCUGCAUAAACAGAAACAAAAUUUAAUAUACUCCAAAAUGGAAGAGCAUUGUGGAGUGAGACUGCAGAGCCAUGAUAUUUACACAGAAACCACUUUAUUAAAGUGACACUAUAGUCACCAAAAUAACAUUAGCUUAAUGAUCAUGUCCCUGCAGUAUGAAUGCUCAAUUGUCUGCCAUUAAGGAGCUAAAUCACUAUGUUUAUGCUGCCCUAGUCACACCUACCUGCAUGUGACUUGCACAUCAGUCCUAAACACUUCCUGUAAAGCAGGGGUUCUCAACGUUAGUCCUCAGGACCCCCUACCAGUCCAGGGUUUAGGGAUUACCUGGGUGUGUCUAAGGUGUUUAGAAAAAGAAAAAAAAAACACCUUAGAAUCUAAGGUGUUUUUUUUCCCUUUUUCGAAACACCUGAGACACACCCAGGUAAUCCCCAAAUCCUGGACUGGUAGGGGGUCCUGAGGACUGGGUUGAGAACCCCUGCUGUAAAGUGUCAUCUAAUGUUUACAUUUAUUUUUAUUGCAAAUAUUGUACUUAUCUCAUGCUUUGUUUAUAGCUUGCUAGAACCUACAAAAGCCUCCUGUAUGUAAUUACAGUUCAAUUUACAGAGCAGGAGAUAAAAACUUCCAGUUACAUCUGAUUGAAAAUGAAACCAUUUUGUUUUCAUGCAUGCUGGGUCAGUCACAGCCAGGGGAGGUGUGGCUAGGGCUGCAUAAACAGAAACAAAGUGAUUAACCCCUUAAGGGCCAAACUUCUGGAAUAAAAGGGAAUCAUGACAUGUCAUACAUGUCAUGUGUCCUUAAGGGGUUAAACUCUUCAAUUGCAGAUAAUUAAGCAGUGAGUCUGCAGGGGCAUAAUCUAGGCUGAUCCUGCUGAAAAAAAAAAGUUUCUACACAAAUGUUACAAAAUACUACUUUUUUAAAAUAUCUUUAUUAAAGACAAGGCAAAUGAUAAAAUAAAAGUGCAUUUCAUAACUUAAAAUUGAAAGAGAGUAGUCACGUUAAAGUUCCCAAACUUAGACCUCAAUUUAAUAUUUUGGAUAAACUUUUAAAACGUUUUAUUUAAUGUAUUGGAAAUAUUUAAGUACGUUGAUACUUUUUGAUACAUUAGUAUAUAUUUUAUAUAUGUAUGAUAGAUUUUUGACAUUUUUAUAUUUUGUGUUACAACUCACGCUAUCUUCUUUGAUGCCAAAUUUGUUGCUAAUUCAAUAUCUAAUUUGAUUGAUUUAUUUACAAAACUUAAAAUAAAAUAUUUCAGUUCAAGUUUUGUUACAAAUGUAUCUAGUUUUUGUAAACAAUUUAACAUUUUGGAUUCUUAAUUUGCUUCUCUUUUUUAUUUUUGCUAGAGUAGCUGUUUGUGAAGAUCACAUAGAGCAACUUUUAUACAUUCUUAGCUUAACUGAGCUACAUUUUGCUUUUUCAUUUAAUUUCACAGUCAAGUCUUUAUAAUUGGAAAAUUAAAAUGUUAUUUGUUCCUUUUUACAAAGAAGGACUAGGUUUAGUAAUUUUAAUAAAACAGGAGUUGUAACAUGAUUUAAAAAAAAAAGGGUUAAUGCUUGUGUGAAUGAAGAGAAGAAAUACAUAAUUUAGUAAUUUUUGUCUUUCUCAUAUAAGUAAACAAAACUUAUAUGGUGGGCAUUUCCCCUUCAAAACAAUGGAUACAGGGGUCACGUCCUGGGUAAAAAAAGUGACAUCAUCAGGAGAGGCCGUCCAACACCAUUGGCUGCAGGCUGCAGGGAGAGAGGUGAGUUUCAAAAUCCGAGUCCCCAGCCAGAGGCAGGGGAUUCGGAUUUGUGCUCUCCCUGCUCUGGCGGCCGCUUUUGCCAGCCCUGGGUCCUGCAGUACUAGUAAUGGGAAAGCGUCCCUGCUGUGGAGAAAGUGCAGGAACGCCAUUCCCACGCGUUCCUGCAGGACUCGAGCCCCGAAUGGACAUUAAAAAGAGCAUCCAGGCUAACAUUUAAUAUAGCAUACUAGAUCAUUAACUUGAUAAGUAAUUACCUCCCUUACAGAUGUAUUCAAACAGGCGUUUCAUUGUUCUUAUUAUUAUGUUUUUAUAUUGGCCUUGACUUCAUAUUUGUGGAUACACUUUUUUUUUUUAAAUAUUAAAUCAAUUGAAAGGUUUAACCAAAAAUAUUAAAUUAUUUGAAAAGCUUUAAUCUUCAUUUUAAUAUUUAAUCAAAUCCAAUAUUGGUUUAGACACCAACCAAAAUCUACGAAUUCCAAGUAUGACCCUUUAUAUAUACCAAAACAUAGUUUGAUUUUUUAUGAUCCAUUAGUAUAGGAAACAUAUUUGGGAAAAUUGUUUAGAGUUCUGAUCACUGUUUUUAUUAUUUUAUCAUUUAUUAGGAGAGAGAUUAAGAGACUGUGAGCCUUGUAUUAUAUAUAAUAACCAUAUUUAUAAACCAUAAACCAUAAAUAUGUUGAUAUAUUUAGAAGAAUAUAGUACCUAUACAAAUUAACUUUUUAACCAUCCUGUCUUUCUUGUUUUCUGGUUUUAUUUAUUAGAUUGUUCUCCAGGUGAAUCAGUCAUAAUGAAUACUGUUGAUAACGGCAUCAACAUCAUAUGUGCAAUAUGUGGAGACAGAGCUACUGGCAAGCAUUAUGGUGCUUCAAGCUGUGAUGGAUGCAAAGGUUUCUUCAGGCGUAGCAUAAGGAAAAGUCAUGUUUACUCUUGCAGGUAUUUCACAUAAGUUAAAGACCUUUUAGAGGAACACUCCAAACACCAUAACCAAUAGUUUACACUGUAGUGGUUAUCAUGCCAAAUGUGUUCUAGUUACAUUGUAAGUAAUCAGACCAUUCUAGCAUUGUUUGAUAUCCUUUUUGGCAUAGUUCCCCCACCUCUUUUCAUCGGCCAGGAGAGCUGGAAGCUUCUGCUUAGGAGUUUCUGUUAGUUUUCCUGGAUUAAGCCAUGCAGUGCAAUUCACUGAGAACAUUGGCUCAUUGCUCUCAGCCAAUUUUGCUAAACCCUGCACCACCACAAACAAAUACACACACAGAUACAGACACAAUCAUACACACACAGUUACAGGCACAUACACAUGAACAGUUGCAGAUAUACAGUCACACACACUUGCAAGAAGACAGUCACGCACACACACAAAUACACACACACACACAUAAUUACAGGCAUACAGUAAUACACCAAAUCACUGGGUGGGGGAGUAGAGGAAACCAUGGGCUGCAGUACCUGCUGUCUAGUUUCAGUCUUUGGUGUCUCCUUCCUGUUACCCCCUUGGCAUGCAUUGCAGCAGCUAACAGGCAGCGGGUUCUGGCGGGAUUUAACUACGCCCCUGCAGACUGUAUCAGUGAAGGAGCUUUCUGUAAGCCCCAGGUAGAGGUAGUGAAAUCCUCUAUUUGGGACCAUGCUACAAAGAGUGACAGGUGAGAUAGGGGUGAUCUGAGCACCCCCUCUGGCUAGUCACCAGGCGAGUACCACCACCCCAUUUUAGUAUGCUCCUGCCAGUGGAAGCCAGGACAUCUUGUGUGCUGAACCAAUGUUUCAUGCUUUUAUUAAACACUGGAACAUAGUAUUAAUGAUUAUAUACUUAUAGAACAUAGAGGCAUGGUGAUUUUGUCCCAUAACAGUAUUUAUGCUCAGUUUUUAUGAGCAAUGGUAGACAAGCUAGUUCUGUUACAUUCUUCCCAUAGAUGUUAUUUUUUGCGAAUUAAUUUUUUACAUCUGAGGAAGCUGUGCUGGAUAAUUGAUUUCACUUGUAAAUAAACAAAAGCAUCAACGCAAACUAUGCAUAAUUUAUUUUCUGAUCUUUCAAUGUUUUCAUUUACUUUGCAUAUCGACUAGAUUUAGCAGACAAUGUGUUGUUGAUAAAGACAAAAGGAAUCAAUGCAGAUUCUGUCGUUUAAAAAAAUGCUUCAGAGCUGGAAUGAAAAAAGAAGGUAAGAUAUUUAGAUGCCAUAAAAUGCAUUUUGUAGUCUAAUAAAAAUAUUAAUUUUCACAGCACAGCACUUUCUUCCUUAAAGGGGCUCAACAUGAUUUACUGUGAUCCCAUAGAAAAUACCUAAACCAAAUUAUUGACAGAAUAAUAGCUGGUACUAACACCAACAUUCUUUUAUGGGUUUUGAUAGGAGUAAAAGAUGGGUUUCUUUAUCUCAGGGAACUAGUUAUUAUAAUUAUUGGUAUUUAUAUAGCACCAACUUAUUCCGCAACGCUUUACAAUUUUCUGAAAUAUAACAAUAUGUGAGACAAUUGCAAAAUGUAACAGGAACAAUAGGUAGAUGAGGGCUCUGCUUAAAUGAGCUUACAGUCUAGAGGCUUAUUAAGACACCGUAGGAAGGGCAUCUUCGUUAACGUGUUUGUCAUAUGAGCUAGAUCAAAGUAUACUACAUUUUUGUCUUUGCCUUUUGUGUCACUGACAUUGUUAAAACAGUUUUUACUGACUUUUGCUUUUUAUACCACAAUAAACCACUAUCAACCAGCUUACUGCAGUGGUUAUGGUGCACACAGUGUAAGAGAAUACACUCUCAUAACCCUCAAGAUAGUUGUAAAUAAAUCUGAAGGGACAGUGCCCAAAGUCUCCUUGCACCAUAGACACUACAAUACACUGGAGAGGUUAUGAUACUUGGAGCACUCCUGUAAAUACUGUCAAUACAAAAUAUGUGUAUUAUUUUUCAUUUAUCAUAUCUCCUUGAAUACCGUAGGCAUUGUUAUAAUGUCCAAGUAAUACUAUAUGAAUACUAAAUCAAAGACUUUCUUUAGAACUUUGUCUAAUAUUUUACAGCAUUGUAUUAUGAUGAACUGUAGUCCUCACGCAAAUAAUCAAAUCUGUAAUCUUUAUUUUAUUACUAACUAUUUUUUCUGUGAUUACAUUAGCAGCUACAAAUAUAUCUAUGGCAGAUUUUAGAUUUGAGACUAGAUUCUUUUAUCUCUGAUAAUUGAAUAGCAAUGUUCUCAUGGAAGUAUGGGAAAAUUGCUAUUCAAUUACCAGUAAUAAACCAAUCUCUGGUAAUAGUAUUCAAGCCUUAGUUACAAAUGAUAACAUUUCUACUCAAAUUGUAAGACAGUUACCGAGCACGGACAUUUCAGCUCAGAUAAUAAUGACUGUAAAUCAACUGCACUGUGUUAUGAAGAGUCACUGGUUAAAAAUCUUAUUGGGAAAAAUGAAACCGGUAGCAAAAUCCAAAGAAAACCUUUUUUUGUAAGAAGAGGAAACAUAGAAAGUCCUUACAAAACCUACUAAGUCUACCAAGAUAAAUAGUGCUAAUGGUGGUACAAAACAAAAUUGUAUAAAUAAAAAAUACAAAAUAUCACUGUGUAUAUAAUAUAAACUAUAGAAAUAAAAUAGGCUCCUUUUUUGGUUCAUUAAUUUGUUAGUACUCUUAAAAUAAUUGUGGUGAACACUAAUGAACAUUUAUUAUUUGGAGACAAACAUAUAUUGUCAACAGACAUCCGAUCUAGGAGCAGAUGGCCACCUAGAGGCCAUAAUGGAAAAUAUACCUUGUUAUAUUUCUAAUUUCACUGUUUUUGAAAAAUAUAGUCUGUAAAUUAUAUGUAUGUUUAAAACACAUAUUACACAUAAGUAUUGUAUUCUCUUUAUGCAAAACUAUGCACCCAUUUUUACACCAGAUAAGAAUUUUUAAAGAAAAUUUUAAUGUGGAAAGAGGGAUAGUUUAGUUCAAAAUUAAGGAUUAGAACUGAAAGACAUUUAACAAACAACUUUUAUGUAGCUAAAAUUGGAGUUGCUUUCUAUUCUUUUUUUUUAAACAUAUCUGUGUGUUAAAAAGUAGUUGUUUUUUUUGUACUAAAGCUGUAGAAUUAAAUUUCUCUAAACAUUAUGCCAACUGAGCAGUUUAUGAAACAGCAUAAUUAGUUAUCAGUUUAUGCCUUGUAUAUAUAAGCAAGGUAUUGCACCUCUGUUUCAAAAAAUAUAAACUUCAAAGCAACAGUUUAUCUUCCUAGCAGUGUUUUGUUCACUCAGCCGUCCACUUUUCUAAGGCCAAUAUAGUCAAUCCCAUUGAGAAAAGUAAUUAUAUCUGUCUCUUAAAAUAUACUUGAAAAUGAGAGAAUAUUUCAAUGUAUCCUUACUAUUACAAGAUACAAAUGGUUCUAAACGUUACAAAAAUAUAAAAUAAAGAAAAAAAUGAAUCUAUAUUUUCUAUUUCAAAAUUCUGUUCAUUUACAGCUGUUCAAAAUGAAAGAGAUCGGAUAAGUACAAGAAAAAGCGUAUUUGAAGGAAGCAGUAUACCCUCCAUUAACACGUUGUCACAAGCAGAAGUUCUGUCUUGUCAGGUACAGGAAGCAAUCAUUUUUUUAUGUUUUUUUAUUUUUUUUACUAUGUUUUUCAAAAUGAUACAAUACACUGUCAUACAUGGGUUUUUUAAUUCCAUCUGGCCCCGGGAGGCAAACUGUUAUAUUAUAUAUAACAAUGAUCCAAUCAAAUUACAAAAAAUAUAUUUUCUAAUGUGACCAAUGUGUACCAAAACUUCUUGUAUACAUUUCAUAGGCAUUACAUGUGUGUACACAGGCUAUAUUUAAAUGUAUGUUACACAAAAACAUACCCAAUGCAUAUAUUAUGUAUCUAAAGGUACAUGUCAUACAAGAUAGACAUGAUGUACGCACACACAAACAAUGAGUAAACAUGAGUUAUAUAAAGGUAGAUCACACAAAUUUGGCUCCAUGUAAGUGUACAUACAAUCUAUGAAAUGAAUUAGGAAUUUAUAUCAAACACACAAUGUGCAACAAUAAUGUAUCACAGUGUAUGUGUAAAAUAGGCAGCAGAAUACAUGCAAUCAAAGACAGAUACCAGAAAAUUAAAUUUAAUGAGCAAUGCCGUCAUAUUUAUUGGGGUUUUUAAAUUAAACAUAAAUACAUCACAAAUUGCAGCAAAUAAACCCCCCUCCAAAAAAAUACGAAGACUUUAAAAACUGUUAGCUGAUAUGCUAUUUUCAGCUAGACCAUAAUAUUACAAUCUCAGCAAGUUCAAUCAUCAUUUAAAUUAGAGAAGUUUGCCCAAGCUUUCAAUAAACUACAAGGUAACAAUUAUUAGUAAUAAGGGAGGAUAUGGGGGACCUGUGAUAUAACUCUUCUGCUAAAAGGCUGCUCUCAACCAAAUACCCUGGUAUGAGAGAACAGUCUCUUACCUAAGCUCUCUUUAUAUAGGAAAUUUUCUACCAUGACAGUCAGCCAAUCAAAAAUCUUUAAGUACUGAAAAGGACUCAUGAUUAGAGCAUGCCAAAAUUAAAAAGGACAAUCACGAGUGCCCUAAACUACGUUGCAUGCCUUUUGCCACAAGAAGAUUAAUCCUUAGAAAAUGCACAGCAGCUCAUCAUAUACAAAGACACAAAGUCUUCUUCAUGUCUACUAGCUAAAACCACCUUUAAUCUAUACUUUACUGGCCGAUAGUUUGUUUAAAACAAAAGUCAAGAUUUUUUCCAUGUUGUUUAUUUUAGUCUAAAAUAAUGUAUCUAUGUUUUUUACUCAUUUCAUAUUUGACAGGGUUGGCUUAACUAUAUCCAAAGAUUUUAACUCUCUGCAUUCUCACUGUCUGGGGCCCUACAUAUAAACUAUGAGUCAAUUAAGCUUUAUAUUUAAAAGAAAAUGCUCCUUCCUGGAACUCUAGAUUCUACUGCAAGUCCAUCUUGACUGACGACCCUAUCUUAUAAGGGUGCAAUUACAAAAGGCAAAAGCCAUAAACUUUUUUGAGUGGUUCUGUUUUAGUUGGACUACUAGUAAAAUUAAGCUAGGGAGUAUUGACAGUACAGUGGAUUUAAAGCAAGCUUAAAGGGACACUUUAGUCACCCAGACUAAAGUGGUCUGGGUGCCAGGUCCCUCAGGUUUUAACCCUUUAGAUGUAAACAUAGCAGUUUCUGCUAUGUUUACAUAGCAGGGUUAAUCACACCUCUAGUGGCUGUCUUCCUGACAGCCGCUAGAGGCACAUCUGCGAUGCUGGAUGCAAAAUUUGCAUCCAGCGUGCAGAACGUCCAUAGGAAAGCAUUGAGAAAUGCUUUCCUAUGGACUGUUUGAAUGUGCGCACGGCACACUCAGGAGCUGACGUCGGCGGGGGAGGAGAGGUCACCAGCGUCGAUGGAGCCCGGCGCUGGAUUAAGGUUGUUAACCUCUUUAGCGCCACAGGAGGGGGACCCUGACACUAUAGUGAUCCUUUAAUUAAUCUUGCAACAGAUAUACAAAUCAAAUAUUUCCGUGUUGGUUGCUGAUUUUGUUAUUAGCAGCAAUUUGUUUAGGUUUAGUUAUAUAAAAAUAUGCAUAUUCAAAAUAGGUAUUUUAUAUUUUAUAUUCAUUAUAUUAGUUUAAAAAAAAAAAAAAAUGCAAUUUCAGUUUUUAAUCCAGGCUGCAAAUUUGUGAGAUACAAAUGAUCCAUUCUAAAAAGCGAUGCACACAUGUAAAAGAGGAGGAGUCACAAAUAGAAUGUGGGUGCUGGUUCCCUGUUUCGAUGGAGAUUAUCCACCUUCAGUACUUUAUCCCACUUUUUUAGAAGACGUCACAUAUGCUUCUUUGCAUCUCAUAAUGUGCAAACGCAGAUAUUUUUGCUGGAAUAUACACAUGUACAUACACUGAGCACUGAGCUGUAAAAAAAAAACACUCUUUGCAAACUCUGUUUAUCAAGAAAAACAAGGUCCUGAUUCACACUUGUCAUGUAUUGAGGAUAAUUGCACAUAUCAAAUAUGUUGUAUCUGUAUGUACAUUAAACUACAAGACCCAAAUAGUUACAAAAGAUAUGCUUUAGAAUGAUUUAUUUUUUAAAUAAAAAAAAGAACAAAAAAAACACAACCAACCGAAUGAAGUAUAUAAAUAUAAAAGUAGACGACUUAGAAAACUGAAAAACAAGUUAAAAAAGUUUAGUAAUAAAACAAUUACAUGAUCAUGUUGAAGGGAAGGUGGCCUUGUUGUUAACAUUUAUUGGCUUUGCUGUCAAGGCUAGAUAAAGUGUGAUUCAUAUCAACACCUAAUCAAACAACUAGCUGCACAUGUUGUAAAAGCAUAUCUCAUCAUAUCUGUGUUUGUAACAACAUAAAAUAUUGUGUUAAAAAAACUCUCAGUAGGGCAAGGUAAAAAAUAAUGAAAUGUCUAAGCUUUCACUUUGAUUUAAUGAAGUGAAUUAAAGUCAAAGCCAAACAUUCAGUUACGGUAUUAUAAUAUGUGAAAAUCAUUUAUUUAUAACAAAACAUAUACACUAUGCUGUCAAAGGAAUGGAUGGGCAAACAUAUAUCUAUAAUUAACCCCUUAACGCCGUUACGGCGUUCUAUGCCGUCGCGGCUUUAAAGGGCUUUAAAGCCGUUGCCGUGGCAUAGAACGCCGUAACGGCUUAAGCCCCCAGGACCUCGGCGGUACUUACCUCCGCCGCGAUCCUCUUCUGGAGGGCUGCCUGACAGCCCAGACAGCCCUCCUGUCUAUCAGAUAGUCCCCCUGCUGGUGGGAAAGUAAAAAAAAAAAAUUAGACAUGUGUAAAAAAUAAAUGAAAAGUAUUUAUAUAUAUAUAAUAUAUGUAUAUAUUAUAUAUAUAAUAUAUACAUAUUAUAUAUAUGUAACGUCAUACAAAGUGUAUUUUAAUACUAAUAUUAGUAUAUAUAUUAAUAUUAAAAUACACUUAGAAUGACGUUACAUAUAUAUAAUAUGUAUAUAUAUUAUAUAUUUAAUAGAUAUAUACACAUAUAUUAUAUAUAUAUAUACAUAUAAUUACAAUAAUAAAUAAAUAAAAUAAUAAAAAUAAAUAAAAUAUUGAAACAAAAUUUAAUAUAAAUUAUAUAUUCAUAUGUAAUUUCAUUCUAACUGUAUUUUGUUAUUAAUAAUAUAUAUAUAUAUAUAUAUAUAUAUAUAUUGGUAACAAAAUACACUUAGAAUGACAUUCUAUAUAUAUCUAUCUAUACAUAAAAUACAAAUAACCGCAAAUAUAUAUAUAUAUAGAUUAAUACAUAUAAUUACAUAAAAGAUUACAUUAUUAUACACAUAGAUACAUGAUAAUGCUUUGUCAGCUGUAGAUCUACCAUGUUCCCAUCCCUACAGGGUUGUAUGUGUGUGCAGUGUUUGUGUGUGAAUGUAGGAAUGUUUUUGUAAAGAGUGUUAUUUAUGGAGAAAGCAUGGGUGUAUUUAUGUGUAGUGUUGGCGUUUGAAUCCUGGGGUGUGUUUUAAUGUAGUGUUAGUAUUUGAAUGCAUGGAUUUGCUUGUGUGUAGUGUUGGUGUUUGCAUGCAAGGCUACAUUUGUGUACAGUGUUGGUGUUUGAAUGCAUGGAUGUGUUUCUAUUUCAUGUUGGCAUUUUAAUACACGUGUGUGUGUACUGUCAGCGUUUGAAUACAGAAAUGCAUUUGUGUGUGAUGUUGGUGUUUGCAUGCAGUAGUGUGUUCACACAUACACAAACAUUGCCACACACACACACAUACAGAUGCACAUUGCCACACAAUGAUACACACAGAAAAACUGCAACACAAGGAUGCACACAUACACAAACACACACAGAUUAACCCUGAGAGAUUUUCACUGAUUGACACAGAUUAACAGAUACAUUAAAACACGCAGAUCCACUUGUACACACACGCACAUAUUCCCACACUGGCACACAUGCAAACACUGACACACAUGCACACACUUAUACACACAUGCACAGAUGCACACAUACACAAACACUGACCCAUAUGCACACAACACACAAAUACACACUUAACUCACACUCACUUGGUGUCCAGCUCUCCUCAUCCUUAUUCAGUUGUGUCAGUGUUACUGGGAAGGGACCUCUGACCUGCUGUGGCUCUGAUGUGGUUGCACCAGCUACAUGGCCAGAAAGUCUGUGCCUGUCUGAUAUCCUGAUUUACUAAUACUGAUUAAAGUUUUUUUCUUGUGUCUGGCCAAAUUUACUCCAAAAUUAUAUUUACUACAUGGGCUAUGUAUGGCCAUCUAGUAGCAAUCUAAACCUCUCCUUCCCCAAUUUAGAUUGCCACAUUACCCUUCUAAUCAACCCCUUCCUUCCAUCUCCACUUGUUCUGCCCCUGUAUAAAGGCCAUUUUUUUUUCAUAGACCUUAUGCCUAGUGGGUCAAACGUAAGGUCCCACAGGACAAAAGACACUCUCACAUCUACACACUGCACAGAGUGCAUGGGGGUAAAGAUAGAUUAAAAAUAGAUUUAGGAAAGAAAGAUAUGGGAGAGCUGGUGAAGGACCUUCAUUUUCUUCCUCUACCUGUGCAAGAGACAAAGGAAAUGGCAGACUGGAUAGAGGUGUGGCACAUUAUUUAUGUUCCCAUAAUUUCCUGCACAAUGCUGAGUAAUAUGGGCAUGAAUUAUUUACAGAGUUAUAAACUAAAUUGAGAAAUGAAAGUGAUUUCACAUUGACUUUCAAAUUUAAGGUCAAAAUAGUCAAAAUAGGGUAGUCAGCUAUGCUUACAAUUACGCUACUCUCGGCUUUAAAUUUGAAAUUCACCUUGAAUUCAUUUUGAAUACGCUUUUUAAUAAAUAACUCUGAUAAUGUAGGAUCGAUAAGAUUCCUCAUUUAAAACAAGAGAAACUGUGCAAAAGUACUGCCUAUACCUGAGGAUUCAAGUUAUGUAAUUAGCCAAAAACUAGGGGAGCCAAGUUGAUUAUUUGUUACGUGGAAUUUGCCAAUUGUUUACAAACAUUCAUAUAUAUAUAUAUAUUUACAUACAUACACAAACACAUUUACACAUUUUGUCAUUGUACAUAAGCACAUAUUUACAAUUGCAAAAGAGGUUGUGCUUAAAAGAAUAUACAGUUGGAAUUAAAGAAAAAGGAUACGUGGAGGAGGAAAUGACAGGUGUGAAAAAGUUUUUCCUGAUUUUCCGUACUCCCUAAUAAUUUAUUCUAGGUCCACCUUUGUCAAUAUUUGACAACAAUCAUAAAUUCAUAGGCAUUCCUUUUUAGCAGCUGGUUUAACCCCUUAAGGACCAAACUUCUGGAAUAAGUGGGAAUCAUGACAAGUCACACAUGUCAUGUGUCCUUAAGGGGUUAAGCACAUUUAAGCUCCUUGUCUCUUGACAAAUAUAACCUUCAAAGGUUUAUUUUGCGAAGUUUGUCAAGGACAGAUUUAUUCAAGCUUUUUAUAUGCGUUCUUUUAUAGCAGCUUUAACUAGCUUUCAAAUGUGUGCAUCUUCACCCAUGACCCAGUGCAAUAAUAAGUGCAUAAUAUUUUAGCACUCUUUUGCCAUCACACAAUAAUAGCUUAUUAACAACACUUCAACAUUUUAUUCUGGGAAUUUAAAUGUUUUUCUAAUGAAAGGCUCAGAAUUUGUGCUUUUGUCACAAUUUGCAAGCCUUUGAUGAAGCACUAUAAUAUUAUUCAGAAUUAAUUCUCUCAUGUACUAGCAGAAAUGUAAUGAACACAAUGUACUUUAUAAUUCUAUUAUGCCUGUAUGUAUAUUGUGAUGUAAUAUGCUCUGUGUUCAUUUAUAACCACCAUAUACUUACCUCCUUUGCCGUACCAACUCUCUUCAGUAAUGUGGACUGAAGGGUCUAUAUAUACCGUCUAAAUAUGUGUUUAUUAUUUAAUCCCUUCAAUGCCAACAUCUUGUAUAAAUGUUUUCAUUUUAAUUUCCAUUACAAAGUAUUAUUGACCUCUAAUUUUUGUCUGUCUCUAUCUACAAUAACUAAAGGUCAAAAAUAGUCACAAUAUGUGAAAUCUAUAUUGUGAAAUCUAUAUAUAGGAGGUGGGAGGGUCUGCUGCUGAUUGGCUGGAAUGUGUCUGCUGACUGUGAGGUACAGGGUCAAAGUUUACUCAAUGAUGAGUCUGUGGUGAACCGUUCGUGGCGAACCGCUCGCGAACCGUUCGGUGAACUGUUCGGGACAUCACUAUGUAUAAGCAAUUAAAAGAAAUCCAUGCCUUAAGAAAAACUGAAAAAUAAACUAAAAAGCAGUAUAGUAAUAAGACAAUUGCAUGAUCAUGAACUCAUGAUCGUAGAGACACAGAGUCUUCUUUCUGUCCAUAUAUAUAUAUAUAUAUAUAUAUAUAUAUAUGUAUAUGUAUACAUUAUGUAUGCAUGUUCAGGUGAGUGCAACCAUCUUGGCUUCAUAUGUAUAUAUUUGGGAGUCCAUGUCAACUCCUUUGGUUUUGCACCCCUCCCUGUCAAAUUACUUUUUUCCAGGGCCCUAUUUAACUUCGCACUACAGAAAACCCCAGGAGGAAGAGCAGGCAUUAGAUUGCUAUGAUAGGACCUGCCAAAAACGGGGUACAAUAAUAUUGUGGCAGGCUUAUGCCAUGUACGACCAUGUACGACCAUGUACUGUAACUAAUCCCCUAUUACCUAAGUCAGGUAUUUACAAAACAAGCAAAAAAAACUUUUACAUUCUUUGGGCUUUGAAAUUGCUGUUUAGUGAGUGACUCGGUGCGCUGGAUCUUGUAUGCUUCAUAUAUAUGUGUGUUUUACCCCUAUAUAUUAAAUUGUGCUCCUGACCAAAUUCAUGUUACAAGAAGACCAGGGAUUAUAACCUUCUGACUAACGAUAAAAAUAAAACCCUUAAAAACCUGAUUGAGUUUUACUUUUUAAUAAUAAAUGGCUUUCCUGUCUUUUACUACAAGUUUAAAUUUGAACAUUUAUUUAUGUUCAUAUUAUGAACAACUACAGCUUAAUGGGUAUAGUAAGUCCAUGCAGUCUUUGUGCUGUAAACAUGGCUCCCUAGGGGCACGUCCAGUGGCAGUCACUCAGAUGGCUACUAGAGAUGCUUCUUGUGUGUGCAGCACAGACUUUCAGCGUCCUCAUGCUUUGCAUUGAGGCUCUGAACUUUCCCCGUAGAGAUGCACUCUAAGACGAGAUGCUGAUUAGCAGGUACAGCGUUUUGCCAUGCAUGGGCAAUAGCCUCCCAAUAAUUUACCAUAGGAAAGCAUGGGAUUGGCUGAGAUCGUCAAUUCUGAUUAUGUCAGCCAAGGAGACAGAUUGGGGUGCUGCCAACACCAAACAAAGGAAUAAAGGUGAGUUUUCUACUUAUUUAAGGAGGGGGGGGGGGGAGCUGGGAAGCUAAAUAGUGUUUUUAUCACUAUAGGGUCAGGAAUACAAGUUGGCCAUAUUUUGUAUACUCCAGAACUAAUUAAAGGGAUACUAUAGGCACUAAAACAAUUUUAGGUUAUUGACACAGUUAUGAUGUAUUGAUCAUAGCUAAACCCAUACAGUCUCACUGCUCAAUUCUUUGCCAGUUAGGAAUUAAAUUACUUUGUUUUUUCAGUCCCAGCCUCCCUCCAUAUGACUCACACAGCCUUCCUAAAUACCUUCUGUAAAGAGUGAUCUAAUGUUUCAACUUCCUUUAUUGCACAUUCUAGUAAAUUUAGAAUGUCUUACCUCCUGCUCUCUUAAUAAACCUUUAGACCAUACAGGAGCCUCCUGAGUGUGAUUAAAGUUUAAUUUAGAGCAGGGGUUCUCAACCCAGUCCUCAGGACCCCCUACCAGUCCAGGAUUUGGGGAUUACCUGGUAUGUCUCAGGUGUUUAGAAAAAGGGGGGGAAAAAACACCUUAGACUCUAAGGUGUUUUUUUUUUCUUUUUCUAAACACCUGAGACACACCCAGGUAAUCCCUAAACCCUGGACUGGUAGGGGGUCCUGAGGACUAACGUUGAGAACCCCUGAUUUAGAGAGUUAAGAGUAAAGUAAGUUAACAUCUAAUAAAAAAUGAAAGCAUUUUGUCUUAUAGACUAUGUGUAUCACAGCCAGGGGAGGUGUGGUUAGAGCUGCAUCGACAGAAAUAAAAGUGAUUUAACUCCUAAAUGGUAAAGAAUUGAGCAGUGAGAUUGCAGGGGCAUGAUCUGUACACCAAAACUGUUUCAUUAAGCUAACAUUGUUUUGAUGCCUGUAGUGUCCCUUUAAGGGCUGUAUACAGACCUGACUGCUCAUGGGAUAACAGGAAUGCAUGCGUUUCUUCUUCUUUUAUAAAUGGAGGCCCAAGGAACUAUACAUGUAUUACAGCCCCCAGUAUGGGUGAAUGAACUGAGGUUUUCCAGGGUAACCAUCAAACAUUAUUAUUGCUAAUCUUCACCCCACCAGAUGUUGUCUGCAAAUAAAAAAAGAUGUGUUAUGUCAUAUUAGGGAUUCCAGAGAACCCCACUUAUCAUAUAUAAGUUCUACCCACCAAUUUUGUAUGUUUGCAUUCAAUAUUUCCCCCCACCACCCCCCCCAUUUUUUUUACUCUCACUGGGGUAAUUGAGUCAAUUAGAAUAACUAAUUUUGCAAACAAGUUACCCUAGUACACAGGGAAGGAUUAAUAUCCCGCAGUGUCCUAGGUAGGCUACCAUUUUGGAUCCCCCUUCAUUUUUCACAUAGGAAUGGUGAAUGUUGCCAAACCAAAAUCCAUGGUUCUGGAUGCCUAUGUCUGACCCUGAAGCCCUAUGCCACUUACUAAGAUUACCUUAUGUUAAUCCAUGUGGUGUCUUUACUAAUUCACCUGUUCUCCAAUUAUACCUUUGAGAGUAGACCCCUAUGUUACUAUAAAGGUACAAUUAUAUACCCUAAUGUUGCUGAGCCUCUCCUACAUUCCAUUUGUGACAUGUUUAUCUUAAAAUUAACCUCUCAUGGUUAGCAAUUGCUAACCAGCUACAUGGAGAAACAGCAUACUCAUAAUGACAACAAGCGUUCAAACCUGAACAUCUUCUGUUAUUACAAUUAUGUUGUUGAUUUAUUACAUUCAAUACUAUUUGGUGAAGCUUGACUGCAGAUGCCAUUGCUCCAGAGAAGAGCAUCAUAUAGGGCCAAAGCACAGUUGGGACACACCAACAGCUGAUAAUUGCUUAUGGAAGAGGUUCUGUUCUUCCAAGUACUUUUACAUAUAGAUGGGUAGUCUAACCAUUUAAUGAAAGAGCUGUGAACUAUCUAUAAUUGUACAGUAGAAAGCUUAUAAAUAUAUCGAAUUUAAGAAAACCUAUUUUUGGUAUACUAUAUACAAAAUAAUUUUGGAAUACCAACCACAGGUUGAUUAAACUAUUUUUGAUAUACCAUCUACAAACUGAUCUCCUUUACCUCUUAACAGCAACUACAAUACAUGUUGAGUAAUUGUUGUGCUUAUUUUUUUAGCAAGGCCAUCUAACAUUUUGCCAGUGGGAUACAGAAAAGGAGUAACAGAGUUCCAAAUUGCAAUCAGUGAAGUCAGUGGGGGAUAUUCUCACAGCUUGGUAGAAGUGUUCACAAACAGGCCAACCAAUUAUGCAGGAGGGGAGUGAGAUUUCAGCAGUACUGAGUAUAGCAAUUAAAUAAAAAAGUAAAACCCUUAAUUGGAGAUGCCAAAAAAGCCAGCCUCCUUUCAGAAAAAUUGAACAAAAUGAUAAAAUAUAAUUCUAUGGGCAAGCAAGGAACAGAGUAAUGGAAUUUUUUCUUUUUUUCUUUUUUUUAUUCAAUUCAAAUAAUAAGAGAUCAUUUUUCCUUUGCAAAAUCAGUUACAGGUAUAGACUCUAAACAACCUCAUUACAUUUACAGGUAAAGGUGUAAAUAGAUAGGAUUUCUGAAUUGUUCAUUGUUAUUGUGCUAAUAUGCUCAAUGUAGGGUAUACUGUCCUAUCUAAAAUAUUCCUUGGUAACACUGCGAAGGAAAAAAAAAAAUGCCUUUUGCAUGCAAGUUGAUAGAUUCCAUAACACUUGGAGAAAUUUUCAAUUAUUCGCAUGACUGCUUCUGUGGGUUUUGUUUAAAAUCAGUUUAAUCCAAAGGUAAUGCUUUAUGUGAUUGGUAUUUUAAUAAAGUCUAUUCAUUCUGUUUUGCUUUUUUUGACCUGGGCAGAUUACUGGUUCAACUCCUGGUACGAAUACUGACAUAAACGUUAAGAAAAUUGCCAGUGUUAGUGACGUCUGUGAAUCCAUGAAACAGCAGCUGCUUGUCCUGGUGGAAUGGGCAAAAUACAUCCCUGCCUUUUGUGAACUUCCUCUGGAUGAUCAGGUGUGAAAUAUAUACAAAUGUCACAGGGAGGUGGAUUUGAUCAUGUAACAGUGAGUUUUUGUGAGACAGGUUAACAAGCUUGCUGCAUAAUGUGAGUCAAAAUACCAAGGUUGAAAAACGUAGGCAAAUUCAGAUUAUUUCCAGUUAUUUGACAAUUCAUUGUAGUUCACUGCAUCUCACUGUUUUGCAAAUAAAUUCCUAAAUUUUAUAAAGUAACUUCAGGAUUAAAAGUGGAUUUUCAGGUUUUGUUAACAUUUAUAGCUUUUUGUUUAUUUUAACAAUAACAAUAAAAUAAAUAUAUAAUCAGCACUGACAUUGUUACAUUAUUCAAAAGACUCAAACACAUACAUGGUUAUUUACUAAGGUGACAACUGUUGAGAACUUCAAAAUUAAUUUCUAAAUUUAAAGGGACACUAUAGUCACACAGAUUACUACAUCUCAGUGAAGUGGUGUGGGUACCAUGAUCCCUGUACUUCUCUAAAGUCUGUCAGUAUGACAGUAAUUAGAGGGCUUUCUGCUGCACUUCCCUUUAAAUUUCCUGAAAUUCUUAAUUUACUAGAUAGCCAUGUAUUAGAGCAUUUAUUCUCUUAAUACGAAAUUCUAAAGAUAGUUGAGGACAGUAAAUACAUACAUAGCAAACAAAUUAAAGUGUUAAAUUAUAAAUUCCACCUUUUAAAAAAUCUUAAUAUUAAGUAAUUCUGCACUACACCAGUACAGCUCAAUUGUGUUUUAUUUAUAGACCUUGUCUUAAUAAUGGUUGAGAUUUUAUAUUCGCCCUUAAUUCUGAACUUUAGAUUAAUUGCAUCUAGUUAGUUACAUUAUAUUAAAUUAUUUCCCUUUUCAGAUAGAACAAUCAUAAUUCUUUCAUAUUCAUAUCAUCAUAUCUUUUUAAAUACCAACCCUCAUUAGCAAUCAUUUCUCCACUGAUAUAUAUCUCCAUUUGACUUGCACAAGAGAUUAAUUACCCCUGUGUAGCUGAGUUGUAAAAACUACAAUUUAGCCCAACUAAGCAGGGAUAACCUAUUAUUAAAUUGUUAACUGUUAUUAAACUGACCAUGUACUUACAUUUUGACUGCUUGACGAUUGUACCAAGGGUGUAGUUCGAUGGUGUCUGUUCAGACGAGUUACUAUAAAUCCCUAUUUUUAAACCAGCAAUCUUAAAAAACAUUCUACAACCCUUUCUGAUACAGUCUUCAAAAAGUAAUUCAAUAAAUGUUUCCUCCAGAUGAAAUAUACAAAUAAGAUAUAUAAGAUGUUAAGCUGUGCAGCUGUUGCUAAAAUAUCUCUGCUUCUGUUGAGGCUAUGCUGAUCUAUGUGAAUAGUAAUUUGGACAUCACCCAUAACAUUUUUAUAUUGAUUACAUAAUGGAAUUUAACAGUUAUAAAUGUUUAAUGUUAUUGAAUGCAAGUAAUAGUUGAAUGACACAAUUAAAAACAAAUUAAAUAUGUGUUUAUAUGCAAUAAGGAUCUCACUGUAUUUACCAAAUACAAAUAUAGUGUAAAAAGUGUACAAAUAUAUGCACAAUAAAUUAAAAUACUAAACUAGAUGGAAAAUCUAAGAUUAAGAUUUUCACUAUGAUGAUUUGGAAAAUUUUAUAUAUUGCAUGACUUCUUUAUGAAUGGGUUAAAUUGAAGAAACCUAUUUAUUCUGAUGUUUUGUGUUUGUGUGUAUUUCUGCAAGACUCAAUAGUGAAUUAAUGAUCUGUGGUAUGUGAAAAAAAGAUGUAAAACAUUUAUGCCCUUGGUAUUCUAAAUUUAGUACACGCUAUAUUGCAUCUCUGCAAAUAAAGUCUUUUAAAAAAAUCUUUCAAAAAUAAUGUAUACUGCAACUCAACUGAUGCUUUGCCAGCCUCUUGAGUGGCAAAUCUCUAUGGUAGCUGUAUAUCUAGAAUAUCUGAAGAUGUAGUUAUUGGGCUCCCCUAAUAUUUGGAUAUAUAGUGGUAAAUGAUGCUUUUGCAUGGUUCAUGGAUAUAUUAUACCCGGGCACACUAUUAUUUUCCUCUAAUACAUAUUGCAGUUUUAUAUAUGUUUAACAUUAGAUUUUUAUUUUUUAUUUUUUUUAAGGUCAGGACUAGGGCUAGCUUUCCUCAAGGAACAAAGAGAUGAUAAUAUUUCAUUAUACACCAGACUGAAAGAUCCUUUACAAAAAUGGAUCAUAGAUCCUCUGAUUUAAUAACUAUGGAGAUGUCUAGGUCAUCAAGUACUAAAUAGGUAGAAUAUUCUAAAUCAUGUAGGGUUUUUAGGAACGUAGUCUGUAUGGGGUUAAUCUGAGGAUUACAUAUGGAAUACAUGAGCUACUCAUCUAUAUAACUUCUAAUUGCAACUGAUGUCCCUUGUUCGACUCUUGCCACGUCAUCGAUAGUGGCUAUUUACUAAAUGGUUAUUUACUAAAGUGAGAUUUGUCUGGCAUUCAAAGUAGCUGACUUGUAUAAUUCUCACUUUUAGUGAAUAAUCCUGAGUGUGUAUUUCUUUCCCAGACUUUCUCCUGGCAUAUGAAAUUAGUGUUACCAAAAAGCGGCACUGUUAUUGUCUUGGGACUUUGCAGAAUUUGGAAAGACCCCCGACAGUGACAUCGCCGUUGGGGGUCCAGUGGCCAUGGUGUGCAGGCAAAGUUGAGUUCUACCUACCUGAAUCUGUCCCUCACAGGUGCCAUCAUCUUCUUCUGGUAGGUCAUCUUAAGCUCCUGGUGCUUCAAUUCCAAGAGCCGACAUCACUGCACUACUCUUGUGUAGGUUCCUCCAAAGAUUAAGUAAAUUUACUGGUGACGGCUGGAGGGAUUGACCGUUCUAGAUGUGAUAGCUCCACCCCAUCCAUUCUUUGUCUAAGUAUAUCUCUAGACUGGGUUGUAAUUUCAUUGAAAUGCCAACACAGUCAAUAUGAGUGUUCCAUAAAGAUUCUAUGAAAUACUCUUUUGGGUGGGGAGGGGCAGGGAGUGUGUGUGUGACAGUGCCACUUUAACUACCACUCUUUUUAGUAGCCCACGAUUAUUACAGUGUUGUAUCAGAAUUCCUGUGGCUCUGGCAUGCAUGACAAGCUCAAGCCUUCCCUUUUUAUGAUACUAAUGGCUAUUUAAAUACAACAGCUGCUGCUCCAUAUUAAAUGUGCCUCAUUAAGCAUUGUUAUAUCAGUGUUGCUACCUAAUAACCAUGUUUGCAAACCAUGGUGCUCUAAUGAUGUGGAGCAGCCAAACUUAAUUAAUACAUUAUGCGUAAGACAAAUUACAUGAUUAAAUUUAUUUUUAUUUUUCACGCAGGUUGCAUUAUUAAGGGCACAUGCUGGUGAACAUCUUCUCCUUGGUGUAACAAAACGAUCUAUGGUUUACAAAGACAUGCUACUUUUAGGUGAGAGCACAAACAAUUUAAUUUAAAUUAUUUUAAGUGAAGCUUCUUAUAAACGAAACAAUUAACCUAUGUUAUCAUUAAAUUUGCUCUGUAAAUGCACAGUGGUUGUCUUUCAUUCACCGUGGUAUGAUAGCAAAACGUAUGAUAACAAUACAAUAAAGAAAAUCUUACUAUUUAUGUAUUUUUCAUUCUGAAGUACGGAAAAUAGGAGGUACUAGUUCUCUGUCUGGAUGGACAUUUUUAAUUAUGGAACCCUGAAGGUUUAUUUUGGACAAAAUAGCCAAAAUGGAAAAAGUCUGGUCUAAGAUUUAAAAUUGAACAUACAAAAUACCUAAUAAUUCACAUUUUACUGAAUGACUUAAAUACAAAGUAUACAUUUAGCAAAAACGCCCAAGAAAAAAAACCUCAGCCCAAAUGAUGCCAAACAUGGAAUUUAUUUAACCACCGACCUGGCAAUCUUUCAACCUUAAAACAGGACUUUAUCAAGUCUAAGGGUCAAGUGCAAAUUUAUAAUGAAAAACAGGUAAAUAGAUUACUCAUUUAUGAUGUUCUUUUUGUAACUUGUGAUUUGUUCCUGAUUUUUUUUCUAGUACUGUUUGGAUUAAUUUGUAUACUUAUUUUUCAUUAUUAAUAUUCACUUCCAUAUUUCUGACCUUCCAGCUUUUCAAUGUCAAAAUGUUGCAAGGUCUGUUUUGAUUGGACUCUUCAUUUACACUCAAGAAAAAUAUGUGCACCUACUCUGAUGAUGGUUUAUAACCUAUACAUUAAUGCCUAUGUAGCUAAGCUAAAAAACAAACAAGCAUACAUAAAAAUCAAGCUAGUUUAUGUUCAAUUAUAUAUAUUUUUAAAUUUGUCCUAACCCCUUAAGUACCAUAUGACAGUCAUGUGAUACUUAAUGGGAUUGCUUAUAAUUUUUCCAGAACGUAAACCCAGGACAUACUUGAAAACAAGAGAAAUCUCAAUGUAUCCUUCCUUGUAAAAUAUUUUAUAAAUACAUAAAAUAAAAAUAUCAAGCUUAGUUAUGCUUUAUUUCCAUUAAUCAAAGCUUUGCAACUAAUACAAUGUGAUUUUACACAAUAUUCUGUUUCUAAAGGUAAUAGCUAUGUAGUACAUCGCAACAGCUCUGAAAUAGAGAUUAGCCGGGUGGCUAACAGAAUUUUGGAUGAGCUUGUCCACCCAUUUCAGGAGAUUCAAAUAGAUGACAAUGAAUAUGCCUGUCUAAAAGCAAUUGUAUUUUUUGAUCCAGGUAAGCUUUAUUUUACUUCUAUAUACUCAUACUUGCAUAUGUUCAUGCAACGUACAUCCAAAAAAAUGUUCAACACUUAUUAAUGGAAACAAAAAUCUGCCCUGACACAAUCUGGUUUAUUUACUAAAGUAAGAAUUCAAAGUGAAAACUCAUAUUUUUUUUUAUAUCGCAGGUUAAUUCUGUAACUUACUGUUUAGUGUCUGUUUAGACAUGUAAAGUCAUCUGUUUAGCAUCAGAUACUCCUUCAUCUUCAAGGAGUUCCCAUCCUAAAUUAAAGGAACAAUAAUUUGCUGGAAUUAAUGUUUAGGUUACCAGCCCCUCCCUCUGUGGAAAUAAAAGGUGAGUCUUGCUGUCCGGCCUCCAUGGUUGAGAUCAUCAAUCUUGAUGAUCUCAGCCAAUCCAAUGCCUUCCCAUAACAAAGCAUUGAAAGGGUAUUGUGCCUGCACAGCAAAACACAGCACUGCUCCAUCCGCAUCUCCUCAAAGACAUGCAUUGAAUCAAUGCAUCUAUAUGGGGAGCUUUCAGCAUCUCCAUCAUGCUGAAUGUAGACCCUGCACACAGAGCACUGGAUUAGGAAUCACCUCAAGGGGUGUUGCCAUCGGAGUGACUGCCACUAGAGGAGUUACAAGGCAGCAAUGUAAACACUGCCUUUUCCCUAAAAAGGCAGCAUUUGCUAUGAAAAGCCUUCAGGGACAGGCUAUGGACAACAGAACAACUACAUUAAGCUGUAGUUGUUCUGGUGACUAUAGUGUGCCGCUAGAGCUUGAUUUAUUUUGGUCUUUGUUGAAUAAUCUUGCACUGUCUUGGUGCCUAAAAAAACUCCAUGAUGCUGAUCCAUAUUUGGUUUAAUGGAGUACCUUUAUGCAUCACAAAUACUAUAUCUGUCAAUGCAAAAUUGUCAGGAGCAUCUGUAUAUAAAUCCAUUGCACAGUGGAAAAGGACCCUGAGCAGAUAAAAAUGCACAAUAUUUUCCAUCCACUCAUAGGCUUAGUUUAGAUUUACCAAUACAAGGAAUACUACAAAAAUGAAUAAAUAAAUAGACUUUCUUUCUCUCCAUUCCAGCACAUAUUCUUGCCCAAUAGAGAUGCAUUUAUUUAUUGUUUAAGCUUUUUAUAUUGUUGUGUGUAUUGAUAUUAGUAUAUGCUGACAAUACUCAGAUUUACCUGUUCUCCUCUGACCUUUCUCCUGCUCACAAACUGCCUCUCUUCCACCUCUAACUGGAUGUCUUCACAUUAUAAAAACAUAUUUAAAACAUAAACUUUCUAAAACUAAACUUUCUCAUCUUUUCUCUCUUAAAUAGUUCACCUUCAUCUAUCUCCCUGCACCUCAAUGGGACACCUUUUACCCCAAUCACUCAAGCUCACUGCCUUGGAAUGUUUUCCACCGGUCUUCCACACUCCACUUUUACUAGCUUACUUUGACACAGGCAUCGUAUCUAUCAAUCCCUUCACCACUCUGACAUGAUGUUAUUCCUCUUAUUCUUCUUUAUCCCUUUCUCAUUGUAAGCUUGUUUGAGCGGGGCUUUUCUUCACUUUUUGUCUUUGCUAAUAUUCUGUACGUUAUUUUCUUGUCAAUUAUCUCAAUUUUUGGAAAUAUGCUGUGAAAUAUGUUGGUGCUAUAUAAAUGCUAAUAAUAAUAAUAAUAAUAAAAUUAAUAAUAAUAAAAAUAAUAAUCAUCAUCAUCAUCAUAUGGUAACUUGCAUUUAUCUAAAACUAGCCCAGCAAUUUUUUUAAGAAAAAUGAUAUGUAAUAUCUAUUAGUGUUUUGAAUAUGAAUUGUGUCUUGAUGUCCCCAGAACCUAAUGAUAUUUUUAACAAACUAUUGUAGUAUAAUAGUUGCAUGUAAUCGAUACUCUCUAUAUAUCUAUAUAUACUUGUAUUUUUCCAGAUGCUAAAGGACUCAGUAACCCAAUGAAAAUUAAAAAUAUGCGUUAUCAAGUGCAAAUCAGUUUAGAAGACUACAUCAAUGACAGACAGUAUGAUUCUAGAGGAAGGUUUGGAGAACUCCUUUUACUGUUACCUACACUCCAGAGUAUUACCUGGCAAAUGAUUGAACAAGUUCAAUUUGUGAAACUGUUUGGAAUGGUUAAGAUUGACAAUUUACUCCAGGAGAUGUUAUUAGGAGGUGAGAUAUUCUACUGAACCUGUUGGAAAUUUAAUCAGGUCACUACAAAUGUAUUUGUAAAAUGUCCUAUUAUAGUAGUACAAUGAGUUAACUCUCUAAGUUCUGCAAUUCUUUGUUGGUUAAUGUCUUAAACAUUAAGUAGCUGAAAUCUUCUGAAAAAAUAAAUAAAUUAGAUAGCAGCUUCUAAUGUAUUUACAAACUGUGAUUAUGUGGAUUGUGUAUAUUUACUUUCUUCUAUACCCCCAAAAAAUCUAAUUUACAUUGGUUAAAGAAAAAAAAAACACACAAUGCACACACACACACACACACACAAACAUUUUCAAGAGUGAAUAUACAUCAAAGUGAAUAUUGCCUUAUGUAUAAAUAAUGGUAGGGAAGGGCUUAAGUAAUAUUAAACAUCAUGAGAAUAAGGGUCAUUGUUUCCAGAACCUCAAAAUGGCAUUUUGUUAUUGUAAUACAUGCACUGGUUUUAUAUGAUAUAUAAUAAAGCAUUUUUAAAUACUUAGGGUUACAAAUAGGUCUAGACUUGAGGCAUAGGUUAGUCACACAUGUGUACACUAACACACCGACACACACUUGCAAUUAUUUUUUUCAACAUAAUCUGAAUGUCAUAUUUUCCACAUCCCAGAGGCUGACCUAGCUUUUUAUCAUUUGAAGAUUGAUAAAAUGAAUGCCAUAUCUAACAUAUCCAUCUAUCCAUUAUACAUAUAAUUCUGGUUCCCUUUCAACAUCAUUUUCCUCCUAACAACAUGCAUACUUGGACUAAUAUUUAUCUUGUCAUGCUAAUUUCUCUACUGAUUUCUUUCUCUUGGAACGUCUAUAGAGUAAAUGCUGGAACUUCCUUUCUCAUACACUUUACAAAACAAUGUGCAGGUCAAACAUCAAGAGUACCUUCUACCAAUUAGGACUCUAGAGAAGGACUCUAUAGAAGAGAGGGAAUAUUCUAAGAUGGGUACGCAGGACUGUUUUCUAGGCUUCAGUGGCACAGUUGCAUGGAAUUGUAUCUAAUAUACAUGGGCCUUAUGCAUAUUAUUAGCAUUUCCAUAUUUUUUACAUUACUAGGAAUCUACAUUCACAUAAAUACCAAAACAGUCUUUACAAAUACUGAUACUCAAAGUAAUCUGCUAAUUUAUACUUAUCUAUUUUUGCUGCUUUAUGUUACUAGCAGUAUUUCUAUCCAAAAAUCUUAGCCAAUGUUUGAUAUAAUAAGAGCUAACCCGUGUUUUAAAAGAUAAAUCCAACCUCCCCAUACCCCAUGUUUUAAAAGAUAAAUCCAACCUCCCCAUACCCCAUGCUUUAAAAUAUAAAUCCAACCUCCCCAUACCCCAUGUUUUAAAAGAUAAAUCCAACCUCCCCAUACAUUUGCAUUUUACAGUUUUUUACCAUUACAUGUAUUUAAAAUAUUAUCAUCCAAAUGGCACAUUUUACGUCCUGACUGUUGAAUUAAAAAUAAAUAAAUACAUACAAAUAUUAAAGAUAAACAAUAUUUCAGAGUGAAAGAAAACUCUUGUACAGAUACAAAUCAUCAGUAAGAUCACCCAUGAUGACAUUGUAACGAUAUUGUUUACAGGUACCGCUGGUGAAGUUAGUCACAUACAUCAUCCAACACAUCCGCAUUUAACUCAAGAUCCUCUACUGGGGCAAACUCUUCUUAUAAGUUCAAUGUCAGCUUCAUUACAUUCUGAACAGAUUGGUAAGUUUUAAGAAAACGUUAUUUUAUUAUUUUAAUUUCACUAUGAACAUAGUACUCUGAAUGCUUCACUUUUCUAAUGUCAUGUAAUCAAGCAUGUAAAUUAAUUUAUGAAGAAAACUAUAUUUUCCUAUUAUGACAGAUAAAAAUAGAUAGUUUAUGAAUUAAGAACUCUGGGAAAUAGCAAAAAGGUCAUUAAUAUUAAUAUUAGUAUAAGAAAACUUUUCUAGAAUAACAGAACAUUACCAGUUGAAUAAAUAACCAUUUUUUUGUUGACAGUGCAAAUUUAUUUUUUGUAAACAGCUGAAAUUGAAGAAGUGUUUUUUUUUUUAAUUUCUGUACACAAACAUAUUGUGUAUACAUAUUUGUAUAUGUAGUCAAAAUUUAAAAGAGAAGCGGUCAUAUUUCUAUUGUAAACUUUAUGCGCAUGAGGUAUGUACCACAAGCAAUAUUAAAUCCACAGCCUCCCUUCAAGAUAUGUACACCCAUGCAUAAUAUGCAUCUUUCAAUUAUUACCUGGGGGCAUUUAUUGGGUACCUUGAAUUUAUGUUGGGUCCAGUGGACCCUUGAUAUCAUUAACUCUCAGAGAGUAUGUGGAGGGCCAAUCAUGAACAUUUGGUUAAUUCGGGUGAAACAUUAAUUUUUUUACUUCUGUUAGGAUCAUUUCGAGCUGGCUCCAGAUGUGGCCAAUGAUUAGCACAAGUAUUGACUGUCUUGAAACCACCAGAAAAAACAUUUUUUUCCCUUAAACAUUUGUUCACAAAGAUAAAUCUUAAUAGACUUCGAAAGAACACCUAUAUUUAUUUCAUGACAAAUAAUUGCAGCAAUUAUUUGGCCUGCAGGUUUUUUUUUUGAUAGAUAUGCAAUAAAAUACUAUAUAUCUCACAUAUUUUAAUAUCUAAAUAUUAACCCAAUGUAAUUAUGAACCCACUCCUGUUUAAUAUUCAUCUUUGCUCGGUAAUACUAAUUAAUUAACAAUCUUCUAAAUGAAUUAUGAACAUCUAUGUGUCUUUGUGUCUGUUUAGUUCCGUAACUAAAUUCACAGAAGAUUUCAAUCUUGAUGCAGAGUUUAUUAUAACGUUGUAACAUAAGUCAUCAUUUUACUUUUUCCCAAAGUUUUUUUUAUGACUGAAAUAUUGAUUUUGAAGUUUAAAUGUCCCAUGAAGGAACUAUAUAUUUUGUUCAUAGAAAAAUGGCUAGAUUGACAGACAAACAGACGAACAGACAAGCGUCAUAAGAAAAAAAAAGAUUUUUACAAGUUUUAAAAUAUGCCACUUUAUUGAAUACUAAAAAAGUAUAAAAAUUCAAUUAUAAAAUACAUACUAUACACAAAGAAUACUAUACAUCAUACUACUUUGUAUUAGUAUUACUGCAAUUUAAUUUGUAAAAAAGGGAUUACAAUAUUUUGUUUUAUCAUUCUUAUAGUAACACCAGAAACACCUAUGCCUUCACCUCCACAAGGAUCAGGACAAGACCUUUAUAAAAUCUCUACAAACCAUGCAACAGUGAUUACACACCAGUCCAUCUUGAAACAAAAACCUCAGUGAGAAGAACAAUAACUGAUUCAACAGUGGGUAUUGUCAAAAACUGGACAGAAAAUAAUGAAAACUGCCAAAGAAGAUUUACAAUACAGACAAAAUCCAGCGUUCAGCCACCCCUAUAACAAGUGCCCUAAAAACUUGCAACAUUAGAUAAUCUUUUAUAUAUUGUAUGUUCUUUUAUAAAAAGGUUUUUUUUAUUAUUUGUGAAUUCUUUACAGUCUGAAAUAAUUCUAUUGUGUUAAUUUAAUGAAGAAUUUGUUUUCUUUUGACAUGUCUGUAAUAAGCUAUGCUGUUGCUCUAAUGCUAAUCUACUCACAGUGCUAUUGAAAUACAAAUUGUACAUAGUGAAUAAUUAAUGUAUAUUCUCUAAAUAUUUGCUAUAAAAUUCAUAAAAAAUAAUUCAUGCACUAAUACAUCUGUUUAUAUUGAAAUUCUGUUGAUGCAUAUAAUGCAUCAUUUAUGUCGGAGUGAUACGGCCUUGGGGUAAUUUUAUUUUAAAUUAAUUUUCCUGUUUAAAAGUGCAUUGCAAAAUAAGUAAAUAAACUAUUACUUACUAAGGCUGAAACAACAGUGUUGUUUGGUUUACUGGUUACAUACAUGGCACAUUAAUUUUAUCAAAAGAGCUCGCCAG